CCUCCUGAGCAGUUGGAGCAUUCCCAGCCUCGCCUCGGGUGGAGGGAUUGCGAGGAGGGAAAGCAAAACUACACGGCCUCACUGUGUAGUUUUGUUUUUUUGGGGGAUAUUUCGAGGCUCGACCGUUCUCUCCCUGGAUUUUUGUGGAAACCCUUUAGGGAUAAGGAGACGGUUGCUGGUGGGUCGGAGGGCUCCAGCCCAUCAGUCAGGGCGCUCUGGUGAAACAGAGUGCCGAUCAUCAUGUCAACACAAGCGCCAUCGUUCACGCAGCCGCUUCAGAGCGUCGUAGCACUAGAGGGUAGUGCUGCGACGUUCCAGGCUCAAGUUAGUGGUUCUCCAGUUCCUGAGGUGAGCUGGUUCCGUGAUGGCCAGGUUCUUUCCGCCGCCGCUCUGCCCGGCGUUCAGAUCUCGUUCAGCGACGGCCGCGCUGUUCUGAGGAUCCCCGCUGUGACCGCCGCACACAGCGGGAGGUUUUCUGUCAGAGCCACCAACGGCGCCGGACAGGCCACGAGCACCGCUGAACUCCUCGUUACAGCGGAGACGGCUCCUCCCAGCUUCGUCCAGAGACUGCAGACGUCCACAGUGAGACAGGGCAGCCAGGUGAGGCUGGACGUCCGAGUCACAGGAAUCCCAACACCUGUUGUAAAGUUCUACAGAGAGGGAGCCGAGAUCCAGAGCUCUGCUGACUUCAGGAUCCUCCAGGACGGAGACCUGUACAGCCUGCUGAUCGCCGAGGCCUUCCCAGAGGAUUCUGGGACGUAUUCUGCCACCGCCACCAACAGCAGCGGCCGGGCCACGUCCACCGCCGAGCUGCUGGUUCAGGGUGAAGAAGCUGUUCCAGCAAAGAAAACCAAGACAGUGAUUCCCCACCGACAGCCCCGAGGAGACAAGAUGGAGAUGCCGGCUGACGGUGCCGAGCAGCUCGCUCGCAAGACUCCGCCCAGAGUUCCCCCCAAACCCACGUCCAAGUCACCGACGCAGCCGUCGCUGGCCGCCAAGGUGGCGGCAGGACGCCAACAGUCACCUUCACCUGUCAGACACGUGAAGGCGCCCACGCCCACACCUGUCAGGCCCGUUAAGUCACCAGUCACCACACGCAAGCAGUCGCCCGCCGGCGCCGACAUCCGUCCGCCGUGGAAGCAGGGAGACGUACCUGAAGGGGGCGUGGCCCUGCUGGAGGCCAAAGAGGCUGGGGGAGGGAAAAGAGCCGGGGCGGUGGCCACGGUGGUGGCCGCCGUCGACCUGGCUCGGGUCCGCCAGCCGGUGCAUGUGGAGGGCGGUCGAGCCGAAGAGGAGGAGGUGGAGGCUGUAGAGUUCAGGCAGCAGCACGGACUCAGCUGGACGUCAACGCGAGUGCAGGCCGGACAAACGCUCACUGCUCAGAGCUUCACUUCUGAAGCAGCCCUGCAGCCUCAGAUUCAGAGAGCGACAGAAACCUCCUCCCGUGUGGACACUGGUCUCAGCCCGUCUCCAGUUCCACAUUUCAUGGUUUCUAAAGUUUCUGUCCCAAAACCCGAGUCUAGCUGCGAGGUUUCCAUCGCCGGCUCGGCCAUCGCCACACUGCAGAAAGAGUUUUCCUCCUCCUCCUCCUCCUCCUCCGUCACUCGAAAGAUCACCAGGUCCGUCAAGUCUCCGAGUCCGUCUCGCUCAGCAGUCGAGACCAGAGAGACGAUGGAGUCCGUCCCGCCGCCGUUCAAAGGCUUUGCAGAGAAAUAUCAGAGCGGUUUUGAGUUUCAGACGGUGCGCUCGGACAGAAUGUAUGAGCACUGGGGAGCUCAGCAGGUGAUGGAGGCAGCCGCCGUGCCGUCUGCAGGUGGCGCUGUGGUCCCGCCCACACUGGUGUCGGGCCUGAAGAACACGAACGUGACCGAAGGCGAGUCGGUGACGCUGGAGUGCCAGAUCAGCGGUCAGCCGGCCCCCGUCGUCAUGUGGUUCAGGGAGGACUACAAGAUCGAGAGCUCCAUCGACUUCCAGAUCAGCUACCAGAGCGGAUUCGCCCGGCUGGUGAUCCGCGAGGCGUUCGCCGAAGACAGCGGCCGCUUCACCUGCACAGCCACCAGCGAGGCGGGAACCGUCAGCACCUCCUGCUACCUGCUGGUCCAGGUGUCUGAAGACAUCGAGAGCAGGGAGGAGGUCGCAGCCCCUGAACAGGUUGAACCUGCUCACGAGAAACUAGUGACUGAAGAAGCCAGAGAGGAGGUGACCACAGUGGAGUCCGACACUGCUGCUGCUGCUCCCUUCUUCAUCAAGACGCCCACCGUCCAGAAGCUGGUGGAGGGAGGAAGCGUCGUGUUCGAAUGUCAGGUGGGCGGAAGCCCCAAACCUCACAUCAUCUGGAAGAAGAGCGGCGUGCCGCUCACCACCGGAUACAGAUAUAAAGUUGCCUACAAGAAGGAGACUGGAGAGUGCAGGUUGGAGAUCUCCAUGACCUUCGCUGAUGAUGCCGGAGAGUACUCCGUCUUUGCCAAGAACCAGCUGGGAGAAGUUUCAGCCUCCGCCAGUCUGCUGGAGGAAGAGGAAUAUGAAGCCUACAUGAAGAAACAAGAAGCGACCUUUAAGACUGAAGUGACAGCCGUGGUGACAGAGCCCAGAGUGGGAGAUGUUCCCCCCGUGGAGCUGCUGACCACCACCAUCAUCUCCGGACAGGAGUUCCAUCUGUCUGCCAUUGAGCAGAGGAUCAUCCAGGAGAUUGAGAACAACAUCAUGAAGAUCACAUACAAAGAGAUAGUGACAGAAGACGGAGAGCUGAUGGUGUCCGUCAGCGCCACCGAGGCGGAGCAGCCGGCCUUCGACACUCCCGUCAAAAACUACAGGAUCAUGGCAGGAAUGGGCGUCACUUUCCACUGCAAGAUGGCUGGAGUGCCGCUGCCCAAGAUUGCUUGGUACAAAGACGGCCAGCGCAUCAGGGCUGGAGACCGUUACCAGAUGGAGGUCCUUCAGGAUGGACGAGCCAGCCUGCGUCUGCCCGCUCUGCUGCCGGAGGAUGAAGGCGUGUACACCGCCUUCGCCACCAACAUGAAGGGAAACGCCAUCAGUUCUGGGAAGCUCUACGUAGAGCCAUCCGGAGCAGUAACCCCUCAGAGAUACACUCCACAGCCGGCAAUGCAGAGGAUCAGGUCCACAUCUCCUCGUUCUCUGAGCCGCUCACCUGGACGUUCUCCCAGCCGAUCUCCUGGACGUUCUCCUGCUCGCCGGCUCGACGAGACCGACGAGGCUCAGCUGGAAAGACUCUACAAACCUGUUUUUGUCAUGAAGCCUUCCUCAUGUAAAUGCUCUGAAGGACAAACCGCCAGGUUCGACCUGAAGGUCGUUGGCAGACCGAUGCCCGACACGUACUGGUUCCACAACGGCCAGCAAGUGGUUAGCGACUACACCCACAAGAUAGUGGUUAAAGAGGACGGUACUCAGUCCCUGAUCAUCGUCCCAGCUCUGCCACAGGACUCUGGAGAAUGGACCGUUGUGGCUCAGAACAGAGCCGGACGCUCAUCCCUCUCCGUCACUCUCACCGUCGAUGCUAAAGAGACACUGGUGCGUCCACAGUUCACUGAGAAGCUCAAGAACAUCAGUGUGAAGCAGGGAACUCUGGUAGAACUGGCUGUCAAAGCCAUCGGAAACCCCCUGCCUGAUAUCGUCUGGCUGAAAAACAGUGACAUCGUCACCCCUCACAAACACCCAAACAUCAAGAUCGAAGGAACCAGGGGCGAGGCCAAAUUCCAGAUCCCCUCAGCAGCUGGCUCAGACAGCGCCUGGUACACCGCCACAGCCAUCAACAAGGCUGGCAGAGACACCACCCGCUGCAGAGUCAAUGUGGAGGUGGAAUAUGUUGAGCCUGAGCCAGAGAGGAAGCUCAUUAUCCCCAAAGGAACCUACAAAGCCAAAGAGAUCGCUCCUCCUGAAGUGGAGCCUCUUCAUCUGAGAUAUGGUCAGGAGCAGUGGGAGGAGGGCGACCUCUACGACAAAGAGAAGCAGCAGAAACCACAGUUCAAGAAGAAGCUGACCUCCGUCCGCAUGAAGCGCUUUGGUCCGGCUCAUUUCGAGUGCAGACUGACUCCUAUUGGCGACCCCACCAUGGUGGUGGAGUGGCUGCAUGACGGCAAACCUCUGGCUGCUGCCAACAGGCUGCGCAUGGUCAAUGAAUUUGGCUACUGCAGCCUCGACUAUGAAGUCGCUUACGCCAGAGACAGCGGCGUCAUCACCUGCAGAGCUACCAACAAGUACGGAGUCGACCAGACCUCUGCCACCCUGAUCGUCAAAGAUGAGAAGGGGCUUGUUGAGGAAACCCAGCUCCCUGAAGGCAGGAAGGGAGCUCACCGAAUCGAUGAGAUGGAGCGCAUGGCUCAUGAAGGGGGACCGUAUGGAGUCACUGCUGAAGAAGAAACUGAGAAAAUGAAGCCAGAAAUUGUGCUUCUUCCUGAACCAGUCAGCGUCUUGGAGGGCGAAACAGCCCGAUUCCGCUGCAGAGUGACCGGUUAUCCCGCACCCAAGGUCAACUGGUACCUGAACGGACAACUGAUCCGCAAAAGCAAGAGAUACAGACUUAGAUAUGAUGGUAUCUACUAUCUGGAGAUCAUUGAAAUCAAAUCCUACGAUGCUGGAGAGGUCAAAGUGGUGGCAGACAACAACCUGGGCUCAGCUGAGCAUAUCGUGAAGCUGGAGAUUCAACAGAAGGAAGACUUCAGGACUCACCUGCGCCGAGCCCCUGAGGCUAAGGCAGCUGAGGCUGCACCUGAACCUGGAAAAACACCAUUUGAGGUUGUGAAGGUGGAGAAACCUGCAGAUGACUCUCAGCUGAAAGAGGUGGUCAAGCUCAAGAAGGCCCAGAGGAUCGUCCAUGAGAAAGCCACAGAGGAGUCGGAGGAGCUGAGGGGCAAGUUCAAACGCAGGACAGAGGAGGGCUACUACGAGUCCAUCACUGCUGUGGAGCUCAAGUCUCGUAAGAGGGACGACUCCUAUGAAGAUCUGCUGAAGAAGACUAAGGAAGACCUGCUUCAUCGCGCCAAGGAAAAGGAGGAGGCUGAGAAGAAGAAGGAGGAGGAAAGCCGCAAAGUCACUGCUAAACCCCUAAAACCAGAGAGAAUCAAGCUGUCAGCCAGCAUGGAGGCGCCGAAGAUCCUGGAGCGCAUUACCAGCCAGACAGUCGCUCAGGGCGAAGAAGUCAAGUUCAGAGUCAGAGUCGUUGGCAGACCAGAACCGGAGUGCCAGUGGUUCAAGAACGGUGUUCAGCUGGAGAAGUCGGACCGUGUUUACUGGUACUGGCCUGAAGAUCAUGUUUGUGAGCUGGUGAUCAAGGAUGUGACAGCCGAGGAUUCUGCUAGUGUCAUGGUCAAAGCCUCGAGCAAAGCCGGAGAGACUUCCAGCCACGCCUUCCUGCUGGUUCAAGCAAAGCAAGUCAUCACCUUCACACAGAAGCUGGAGGGCGUCAAUGCCAAGGAGAAGGACACCAUGGCUACUUUUGAGUGUGAAACCAACGAGCCUUUCGUGAAGGUCAAAUGGUUGAAGGGCAACAUGGAGAUCUUCUCUGGAGACAAAUAUAGAAUGCACUCUGACAGAAAGGUCCACUUCUUGUCUGUGCUGGUGAUCGGCAUGAAGGACGAUGCAGAAUAUUCCUGCGUGGUUAUAGAGGAUGAGAACAUCAGGACGAGUGCCAUGCUCACUGUGGAAGGAGCUCCUCUGGAGAUCCUGAAGCAGCUGGAGAGCACUGAGGUGCCUGAGACAUACUCUGGAGAGUUUGAAUGUGUCGUGUCUCGUGAGGACGCUGAUGGCAGCUGGUUCUUUGGAGAGAAGCUGCUGUCUCCGAGCAGUAAAUACGUCAUGUCCUCCCGCCGUGGAAGACACACUCUGUCUGUGAAAGACGUGAAGAAGGAAGACCAGGGAAAAUACACCUUCACAGUGGGCGAGUUCAAGACCAGCGCCUCCCUGAAGAUGAAGUUGCGCCCGGUGACCCUGAUGCAGCCUUUGACAGACCUGACAGUCUGUGAGGGCGACAUCGCUCAGCUUGAGGUGAAGUUCUCCCAGGAGAACGUUGAAGGAACCUGGAUGAAGAACGGGCAGCCCGUCACAGCCUCAAACCGUGUGCACAUUGUUAUCGACAAACAAAUCCACAAACUCCUGAUCGAAGAUACCAGCAAGGACGACUUUGGCAUGUACUCCUUCGUGGUUCCCGCUCAGGAGAUCUCAACCUCUGCAAAGCUGGUCAUUCAGACUAUCGGUAUUAUAAUCCCACUGAAGGACACCAGUGCUGUUGAGGGCACCAAGGCUGUCCUGGAGGCCAAGAUCUCCGCCCAGGACAUCAGCUCCGUCAAAUGGUACCACAACGACAAACUGAUAACGUCCAGCGAACGAAUCCAGAUGGUGGCUAAAGGAGCCAAGCAGCGCCUGGUCUUCACCAGGACCUUUGCCUCUGAUGAGGGCCACUACAAGCUGGUUGUUGGCCGAGCCGACACCACCUGCAAAUUCACUGUUCAGCCCGUCCAGAUCGUGACUCCAAUGAAGGACAAAGAGUGCUCCGAGUCAGAGAACGUCACCUUUGAGGUUGAGGUUUCUCACCCGGGCAUUGACGCCUUCUGGACCUUCAAGAGGCAGCCGCUCAAAGCCGGCGCCAAUCACAAGAUGGAGUCCAAGAACAAGCGCCACACCCUGACAGUCAUGAACGCAAUGAAGGAUGAAGAGGGAGAGUACAUGUUCGCCGCUGGUGAGAAGAUGUGCAGUGCCACGCUCACCGUAACAGGUGGCGCCAUCAAGAGGCCGCUGCGUGAUCUGGUGGUAGCCGACUCCCAGACCGCUGUGCUGGAGUGCGAAGUUGCCAACCCAUCUGCAGAGGGCAGGUGGCUGAAAGAUGGCCAGCCGGUCGACUACAGCGAGAACGUGCGGAGUGAGGUGGACGCCGCUGUGAGACGUCUGGUCAUUGUCAUCACCAAAGGCACCGACAUCGGAGAGUACACCUACCAGGUUGCCACCUCCAAGACCUCCGCCACCCUGAAGGUUGAGGCUGUGAAGGUGAAGAAGACCCUGAAGAACCUCAAUGUAGUCCAGACUCAGGAAGCUGUGUUCAGCCUGGAGCUGACUCACGAGAACGUGAGGGGAGCACAGUGGAUUAAGAACGGGGUUGAGAUCCAGCCCAGCGAUAAAUACGAAAUCAGCAUUGAAGGCAUGGUCCACACCUUGAAGAUCAACAACUGCAACACACACGAUGAGUCUGUUUACUCCUUCAAACUGGGAAAACUGUCUGCUAACGCCAGACUGAACGUGGAGACCAUCAAGAUCCUGAAGAAGCCAAAAGAUGUGACGUCACUGCUGGGUGCAACAGCUGUAUUUGAAGUUGGCAUCUCUGAGGAUGACAUCCCAGUGAAAUGGAUGUUCAAAAACACCGAGCUGAAGCCCAACGAGCACUACAGGAUCCUCUCUGAGAAGAAGACCCACAAACUGAUCGUCCAGGACGUGGACAACAGCAAAGAGGGCGAGUACACUGCCAUCAUAGGCCACCUGCAGUGCAGUGCUCGCCUCAUCGUGGAGUCUCUGAGAGUCACCAGGCCGCUGAAGAGCGUGGAGGUCCCAGAGACCCAGGUGGCCACGCUGGAGUGUGAAGUGUCUCACUUCAACGUGCCGUCCACCUGGCUGAAGAACGGCGUGGAGAUCGAGAUGAGCGAGAAGUUCAGGAUCGUGGUUCAGGGAAAACUGCACCAGCUGAAGAUAAUGAACACCAGCAGGGACGACUCUGCAGAGUACACCUUCGUCUGCGGGAACGACCGAGUGUCGGCCACGCUCACCGUCAGCCCUAUCAUGAUCACAACGAUGCUGCAGAACGUGAACGCUCAGGAGAAAGACACGGUCACGUUUGAGGUGAACGUCAACUACGAGAGCAUCACAUACAAAUGGCUGAAGAACGGUGUGGAGAUCCGGUCCACGGACAGAUGUCAGGCUCGCUGCAAACAGCUCAGCCACACUCUGAGCAUCAGGAACGUCCACUUUGGAGACAGCGCCGAGUACACCUUCAUGGCCGGUUCUGCAGUUACUACAGCCAAACUCUACGUUGAGGCACGUGUGGUUGAAUUCACCAAACACCUGAAGGACCUGAAGAUCACAGAGAAGAAGAGGGCGACUUUCGAGUGUGAGGUGUCUGAACCGAACGUCCAGGUGAUGUGGAUGAAGGAUGGUCAGGAGCUGGAGAUGUCCGACAGGUACAAGAUGACCUCAGAUAAAUUUGUGCACCGUCUCGUUGUGCCCUCGGUGCGCCUCUCUGACGCUGGUGAAUACACCGCUGUGGCCGGGUCGAGUAUGUCCAAGGGCCACCUGGGAGUCGAGGGACGGGACGUCAAGAUCUCAGAACCUGCUAGCAGGGACAUCACAGUUGUUGAGAAACAUAGAGCCAACUUUGAGUUUGAGGUGAACGAGGACGACGUUGAAGGUCGCUGGAUGAGGAACGGAGUGGAGAUCGAGCUCUCAGUGGAGGAGAGGUUCAGCUACGUCACCAUCAGGAAGCUGCACCGCCUCACCAUCUCUGAGACCUACAGGAGCGACGCCGGCGAGUACACCUUCUUAGCCGGCAAGAACAGGAGCUCCAUGAACCUUCACGUCAGAUUGCCGGAGCCUCCUCAGAUUGUCCGCCACAUGCAGCCCCAGACGGCGACGUCGGGCAGGUCGGUCCGGUUCUCGGCGCAGGUGAGCGGUAUCCCCCUGCCUCAGGUAUCCUGGUACAAAGACUCCCAGGCGCUGUCCACCAGCUACAAGUGCAAGUUCCUCCACGACGGCGAGGAACAUACGCUGCUGCUGCUGGAGGUCUUCCCCGAGGACGCCGCCGUCUACAGCUGCGAGGCCAAGAACGACUACGGAGAGGCGACAAGCUCCGCCCCUCUCACAGUGGAAGUUCCUGAGGUGGUUGAAACCGUGGCCCGAAUCUCUCCUCCGGUCCUCAUCUCUGCCAUGCGUGAUGUUCUGAUCUCAGAGGGAAGCCCGGCCCAGUUCCAGUGCAGCAUCUCUGGGGAAGAUGUGCAGGUUUCUUGGUUCUGUCAUGACAGAGAGAUCAAGCAGUCAGACAUCUUCAGGAUGUCUCAUUUUGGUGAAACCUGCCAGUUGGACAUUUCCAGAGUUCUGCUGAGCCACGAAGGAGAGUACUCAUGUGUUGCCACAAACCCGGCAGGAAUGGUCACAUGUGCUGCCACUCUGAAUAUCGACGAUGAGAAAGCCUUAGCUAGUGUGUCGACCACUGGGGCUGAGACUAAACUUUUUCAGAGCCUGGAGGCUCGGACGGAGAGUUUCAGCUCUCUGUCGGUGGGACAAACCACCCACAGUGUUGAGUUUACCGAGACGGUCACUGAGAGUUCCUCCGUGUCGUGGAGGACGUUUGAGAUUCAGAUGGAAAGCUCUGAGAGCAGCUUUGAUUUCAAACUCUCAGCCAGCCCCGAGCUGCUGAUGGAAAUGAGCGACGUCUGGGUGCAAAGCGGCGAGAUGGCCGAGUUCAGCUGCUCGUUUGACGGGCAGCCCUUCAGCGCCGUGGUCUGGGAUCAUAACGGCCAGAACCUGGCAGACACGGAGCGGGUGAGGAGCUCUCAGAGCGGGGCCGUGUUGUCCCUGGUCAUCCAGGGUGUCGGUGUGGCGGACCAGGGCCGGUACCGCUGCACCGCCACCAACCCACACGGCCAGAACAGCUGCUCCGCCCAGCUCACUGUUGAAGCUAAAGAAGCGAAUGUCAAAGCAGAAACCCCCAUCCCUACCGAUUCUGUGCGUAAAGUGUCUCAGGCAGACAGGGAGACCCCUAGAGAUCCCCCUGACCAAGACAAGCAGGAGGCGCUGGAGAAGCCGGGACCAUUGCCUCCGUCUUCCCAGAGACCUCACAGCCUCAUCAGCCAGCUGUACUUCCCCGACGUCCUGCCUCACGACAAGCGACUCUCCAGCUGCCCCGAGUUCCUGGUCAAACUCCCCCCUGAGCUGCUGGUCCGAAGCAGAGACAGCAGCUCCCUGUAUUGCGUUAUGAAGGGGCUCCCCACUCCGUUUGUCAUUUGGCUUUACAACCGGUUGAAUGUUGAGGACUCUGUGUCUUACUCUCUGAAACAUGACGGCCCCCUGUGCUGUAGAAAUGUUAAUGUGGGACCCGGACAAGGGGGCUCUUACACUUGCAAAAAUGUGAGCUCAGCCGGAGAUGCUGAGUGCAGCACAGUGACGAAAGUGACUGCCGUGGAGGAGGAACCUGCGAUUCACGUGCAGGAGGAAGUGAAAGUGAAGCCUGUGUUCAGGCACAGAAUCGUUCCCGUGGAGAUCAACAUUGGCGGCAUGGCCAAGUUUGACUGUGAGACUGAGGAUGCUCCCAACGUGAGCUUCAAGUGGUUUAAGGACGGCCACCCCAUCAAAGAGGGUGAUAAGUACAGGAUUAUCAGCCGCUUCAGCACCUCCUCCCUGGAGGUCCUGAGCCCAUCCAAGGACGACAGCGCUGAAUACACCUGCAAGGCGUCCAAUCAGCACGGCAGUGACGAAUGCUCCGCCUCCCUCAGCGUCACAGAGCAAAGCCCUCCAGUCUUUAUAAGUAGGCCUGAGCCUCAGACUGUGUUUGUUGGAAAGAGGGCAGUGAUGCAGUGUGUAAUAACAGGAUCUGGUCCUCUCAGCGUUGUCUGGUUUAAAGACAGCCAGGCUCUGCCCACAGUGCCGACACACUACCAGACCUCUUGUGAAAAGAAUAAGCACACUCUUGACAUAACCAAGCUGGAGGCAGCUGACUGCGGCCUUUAUGUGUGCAAAGCUUCCAAUAACGUUGGGACGGCCGAGUGCAGCGCAGAGCUGCGAGUUAUUGAUCAGCCCAACUUUGUAAAGCCUCUGGGUGCAGUCGCUGCUGUGGUGGGAGCUCCUCUGCACCUGGAGUGUCAGGUGGAUGAGGACACUGGAGUCACCGUCACCUGGACCAGAGACGGUAGAAAAGUCCACCAGUCACCCGACUGUAAACUGUCUUUUGAGGAUAAGACAGUUACUCUUGAUAUCUUGAAGACCACACUGAAAGACUGUGGAAAUUAUGUGUGUGUGGUGACUAAUGAAGCUGGGAGUGCGUCCUGCUCCACAUCGGUGAAAGUCCAAGAGCCGCCAGUCUUUGUAAAGAGGCUGGAAGCCACAGCAGUUUGGAAGCAAGGCAGCGCCGCUCGGCUGCAGUGCACCGUCAAAGGAUCCCCCGAACUUCACACCACCUGGUUCUUCAACAACAGCGAGCUGUCUGCUGGUGGCAGAUACGCCAUCAGUUUGAAAGACGGUGUCGCCACGCUUGAGAUACAGGAUGUCAUGUUGAGUGAUAGUGGAAACUACACCUGUGACGUUCUCAAUGAGUCUGGCUGUGAAAGCUGCAGCAUUAAAAUAACAGUGAAAGAGCCCCCAUGUUUCAGGAAGGAGCUCGUCUCCGUAGAGGCGGUCAGAGGAUCAGUAGCUGUGUUGGAGUGUGAGGUUUCAGGCUCUGCGCCCUUCGACGUGACUUGGAAAAAGAAUAAGAAACGCCUGUCAGCAGACAAGAAGUUCAGAAUAGUCUCACAGGGAUCCCUGAGCUCUCUGGAGAUCCACUCCUUCGAGAGCGCUGAUGUUGGUGAAUACGAAUGUGUCGUAUCAAAUGAGGUUGGGUCAGUCACCUCAAAGUCUGGGGUGAAACAGAAAGAGCCACCCGUGUUCUCAAAGAGAGCUGAAAGUGCUACAGCAGUGUUGGGAAACACAGUGAAGCUGCAGGGAACCCUGAAAGGCUCAGCUCCCAUCACUGUCAAAUGGAUGAAGGACUCUGAGCUGCUCAGAGAUGAUGAUCCAAAUGUCAAAAUGGCAUUUGAGAACAACAUCACCAGCAUCUCCUUCUCCUCUGUUGAGCUGAAGCAUGGCGGCAAGUAUACUUGCCUUGCUGAAAAUGAGGCGGGACAGCAGAAAUGUGAAGCUGUGCUAACUAUCCAAGAACCUGCUAGAAUCUUAGAGAAAGCAGCAUCCAUCAGUGUGACGGCAGGCGAUUCGGCCACGCUGCAGUGCACCAUCUCUGGAAGCCCCGAGCUCAAAGUGAAGUGGUUUAAAGACGGCAAGGAGAUGAUCGCUGGCCGUAAAUAUAAGAUGACUCUGAAGGAGAACACGGCCAUUUUAAAGAUUCUCACUGCAGAUAAAGGAGACACUUCAGAGUACAAGAUGGAAGUGUCCAAUAAAGUGGGAAAAGACCAGUGCACCUGCUCAGUCUCUGUGAUAGAUCGUGCAGUUCCACCUUCCUUCACCAAAACUCUAAAGAAGGUGGAUGGCAGUGUUGGUAGUAGUGUCGCCUUGGAGUGCAGAGUGUCUGGAUCUCAGCCGAUGGUUGUGACCUGGUACAAAGACAAUAAAGAGAUCCACAGUGACGACAAAUAUAAGGUUGAUUUCAGUGAGAGCUCAGCCUCUGUGACGAUAACUGGCCUGGACCAGAGCCAUGGGGGCGUUUAUACGUGCCGGGCCUCGAAUGAAGCCGGGGAAAAAGAAACCAGCGGCACUUUGUCCAUCAAAGAACCUCCAGCCUUCACGGUGAAGCCUGAAUCCCAGGACGCUUCACCGGGAUCAAAUGUUGUCCUGAAGUCGUCCUUUACUGGAUCAGCUCCACUGGUUGUUAAAUGGUUCAGAGAGGAGAAAGAGGUUUUCACUGGAGGAAAGUGUUUCAUAAAGAAAGACGCCUCUUCGAGCUCUUUGGAGCUCCACUCUGUGAAACCCAGUGAUUCAGCUAAAUACACCUGCCAGGUGUCCAACGAUGCUGGGAAGGUGGACUGCACUGCAGUCCUCUUUGUGAAAGAAGCUCCAACAUUUACAAUGAAGCCAGAGCCUUCACAGCUGGUGAGAACUGGACAUCCUCUGAAGCUGUCCUGCAAAGUGCAGGGUUCUCCGGUCAUUACUGUCACAUGGUUUAAAAACGGCUCAGAAGUCAUUUCUGACCACAGACACACGAUGUCCUUCGACAGCUCGAUAGCGACGCUGCAGGUAGAGAGCUGCUCUGUUCAGGAUAGUGGAGACUAUGUGUGCGUGGCCACCAGCGAGGCCGGCAGAGACCAGUGCAGCAGCUCAGUCACAGUGAAAGAGCCUCCGGUGUUUAUGAGACCUUUCGAAUCAGCUGAGCUUGUGAAAGGAUCCGACAUUCUCUUGGAAGGAACCCUUUCAGGUUCUGCUCCGUUUGAAACAAGCUGUUUCCUCAACGAUAAGCUGAUCAGAAAUGACAAAAGGCAUAAAGUCAGUGUUGAAAACGACACGGUCACUCUUCACAUCUCAAACUGUGAGAGCGCUGAUGCUGGAUUGUUCCAGUGCACCGUCACAAACGAUGUCGGGGAGACAUCUUGUUCUUGCCACAUUUCUCUCAAAGAAUCCCCAUCAUUUGUUCAGAGACUAGAGGAUGUGUCCUGCAUGGUGGGCUCUGAGAUCUCUAUGAGGUGCAUGUUGUCUGGAUCACUGCCCAUGACUUUCUCCUGGAUCAAGGACGAUCAUGAGCUCACAGAAGAUGAGCAUGUUAAGAUGUCGUCUGAAACCAAAAGUGCCGUGUUGAAUUUGAAAAACGCUCAGUUGUCACACGGUGGGAAAUACGUGUUUGAGGCACAGAACAAAGCCGGGACUCAGCGAUGUGCCGCUGUGCUCAUAGUUACAGAGCCUCCUCAGUUUGUCCUGAAACUGCCUCCCACUACCUUUGUGAAGCAGUGUGAGGGACAUCGUUUCGAAUGCCAGGCCACCAGCGCUCACUCCCUGCAAAUGUGCUGGUACAAAAAUGACCAAAAGAUAACUGACGGAGGCAACUGUAAAACAAUGUUUGUUGCCUCGACCGCGUACCUCCAGCUGUGCAGCACAAGGUUUGAGGAUAACGGAGUCUACACAUGUGAGGCUCAUAAUGAUGCUGGCAGUACAAGCUGCAGCAGCAUCCUCACAGUCCAAGAGUCCCCAUCCUUUACUAAAACUCCGAGCCCAGUGGAGGGCAUUAAAGGGAAAGAUGCCAGUCUGCAGUGCGAGAUGUAUGGCACUCCACCUUUCCAUGUUAACUGGUACAAAGACAGAAGGCCUCUGAAGGAGAGUAGGAAGUACAAGAUGGUCAGUGUAGGCAGCUCUGCCACGCUCCACGUGAUGAAACUGGAGCAGGAUGAUGCUGGUGUUUAUGAGUGCAUGGUGUCCAACAAUGUCGGAAGUGAAACCUGCCGCACCACCAUGACCCUAAAAGAACAACCAGCAUUUGUGAAGAAGCUGGUCGACCAGUCGGUGAGAGUCGGUCAGCAGCUGACUCUGACGGCCACAGUGAAGGGCUCAGAUCUGACAGUGUCCUGGGUUCAGGACAAAGAUCACGUUCUCAGAGACGGUGACAACAGGAAGAUCACCUUUGAGAACAAUGUGGUGACUCUUGUAGUUCCCAAAGCUGACUCGACCACGGCUGGAAAAUACACCUGCCAGCUGAGGGGUGAAUCUGGAGUAGUGGAGUCUGUCUCUCAAGUGACCGUUCUAGAACCUGCUGCUAUUGUGGAUAGCCCAGAGUCCUUGAACGUGAAGUCAGGAGAAAGUGCAGCUCUUGAGGUAACAGUAUGUGGCUCACCAGAACUAAAAACUAAGUGGUUCAAGGACAACAACGAGCUCUCUGCUGGUGCCAAGUACCAGAUGUCCUUCUCGAAGAAGGUGGCCACCCUGAAGAUUCGGUCUGCAGACAAAGCAGAUGCUGGAGAAUACAAACUAGAGGUUACGAAUCAUGUUGGCACCGCCUCGAGCAAAACUAAGCUCUCUGUCUCAGAUAAGUUGAUUUCACCGAGUUUCAUAAGGAAGCUGAGAGACACCCACCUUGUUGUGGGAAAGCCUGGUGAGAUGGAGUGUAAGGUCACGGGGUCUGCUCCUUUAACAACCUCCUGGUUCCACAAUGGCCAAGAGAUCCAGAGUGGGCCAAACUAUGACAUCAGCUGCACCGAUAACAGCUGCAAACUCACAGUUCCGUCUGUCAGCAUGUCCGACUCGGGCAAGUACACGUGUAAAGCUGCGAACGCUGCAGGAGCCAGUGAGACGAGUGCUUCGAUGAGUGUGACAGAACCUCCAUCUUUUGUGGAAAUGCCCGAGGCCAGAGAAACAUUGCCCGGCAAAAAUGUGUCUUUCUCGGCAAAGGUGAAAGGCAGCGCCCCCCUGAGGGUAAAAUGGUUCAGGGGACCCAAAGAGAUGCUGCAGGGCCGAGGCUGCGACAUCACCCUGAAGGAGGAUGUGGCCACUCUGGUGCUGAACAGGGUGGAAACGUCCCACGCAGGAGAAUACACCUGCCAGGUCAUUAAUGGUGCAGGGAAGGAAAGCUGCCCAGUUUAUCUGUUUGUGAAAGAACCAGUCCACUUUGUGAAGAAGCUGAGGGACAUUUCCUCUGAAAAGGGUAAACCUCUGAGGCUGGAGGUCACAUUUGCUGGAACCCCCAGAGUGAAUGUGACCUGGAAGAAGGACGGUAAACUCAUCUGGGCUUCGUAUCAGUACAAUGUGAUCACCACAGACACCUCCUGCAUCCUGGAGGUUCUUAACUCUGACAGGUUGGAGGCAGCCGGUAGAUACUCUUGCGAAGUAGACAACGGAGUGGGAAGCGACAGAUGCGAAGCACAAGUGUCGAUUCUAGAGCGACCAUACUUUGUCGACAAGAUGGAGCCGGUGGCGGUAACCGUGGGUGACGCAGUUACCCUGAAAUGCCGCGUUGCAGGAACUCCUGACAUCUCUGUCGGUUGGUUCAAAGCUGACGCGAAGCUGCGCAAGUCCAACACUUGUUCAACAGACUUUGCAAAUGGUGUUGCCACUUUGAAACUGACCAAAACGUCCAAGUUCGAUCACGGUGAAUACGUCUGCCAGGCCGAGAACCGGGUCGGUUCUGCCUCCGCCAGCUGUCACGUGACGGUCAAAGAACCCGUUCGCUUUGUCAAGAAGCUGGAGGACGUGGCCCAUGAGCUGGGUAAACCCCUGAGACUGGAAUGCACUUACAGCGGCAGCCAAAGGGUCUCUGUGACCUGGAAGAAGGAUGACAAGCUCAUCUGGGCUUCUUACCAGUACAACGUCAAAACCACCAACUCCUCCUGCCUUCUGGAGGUCCUCUACAGCGACAGAGCCACUGCUGCUGGGAAAUACACUUGUGAAAUUGCCAAUGCUGAGGGAACUGACACCUGUCAUGCUCAUGUUCAAAUAGAGCGUAAGGUCCCUCCAAACUUCACCAAGAGGCCUUCUGAGUCCAUGAUGGAUUCAGUCGGCAAGACAGUAAAGAUGGAGGGCCGGGUGUCUGGCUCGCAGCCUCUGACCGUCACCUGGUUCAAGGACAACAACCAGAUCUCCGCCUCCGACAAAUAUGAGGUCAGCUUCAAGAACAACUUGGCCAUGCUGAGCGUCAGAGACUCCGCCCCCUCUGACAGCGGUUUGUACACCUGUGAGGCCUCCAACGAAGCUGGCAAAGCUUCAUGCCGGGUUUCUCUCAGCGUCUCAGAAUCUGGCCAGGCUCCUAAAUUUGACGUUCCUCUGGAGCCGAUGACGGUGAGCGAAGGGGAGAAGCUGAGCCUUAAAUGCCACGUCGGCGGCUCUCCUCCCCUGAACAUCCAGUGGAUGAAGGACAGGAGGGAGCUGAAGUCCAGCGGAAACACCAGAAUCACGUUUGUUGGUGGAACGGCAUGUCUGGAGGUCAGCCCGGUCUCGAAGACUGAUGCCGGAGAUUACCUCUGCAAGGCUAGCAACGCCAACGGCAGUGACUUCUGCAAGUCCAGGGUCACCGUGACAGACAAAGGAGCCAAGACCGCCACCGCCGAGGCUGCUGCCCCAGCUGCAGCCGCUCCGGUCAAAAGGCUCGACAACCUGUUCUUCAUCGAGGAACCCAAGAACGUUUCUGUCACAGAAAAGGGCACCGCAACCUUCAUCGCCAAGAUCGGGGGCGACCCGAUCCCCAGUGUGAAGUGGAUGAAGGGCAAGUGGAGGCAGAUCACCCCCGGUGGUCGUAUCUCCAUCGAGCACAAGGGCCAGGACGCCAAGAUGGAGAUCAGAGAGGUGACCAAGUCCGACGCUGGACUCUACAGGUGUGUUGCCACCAACAAACACGGUGAGAUCGAGUGCGGUGCUGAGAUCGAGGUCAGCAAAAAGGAGGAGGCCGAAGGACUCGGAGACCUAAGGACCAGGCUGAAGAAAACUCCGUCCAAGCAGAAGAGUCCCAAAAAGGAUGAGGAUGUCGAUAUUGUGGACUUGCUCAGAGGUCACGACCCCAAAGACUACGAGAGGAUCCUUCGAGAACACAACAUUCACGACUACCGAGCCAUCCUGCAGGCCGUCGAGUUCCUGAAGAGGGAGAAGGAGAUGGAGACCGGACGGCCGGAGGUGGAACAUGGAGGUCGGGUUGAAGAGGAGGACAUGGUCCGGCUCAUCCAGCAGCUGGAGGGUCGCGUCGGCACAGAGCCCGUCUCGGUGCUGGAGGACAUCACCGACCAGACGGCCUCUGAGACCGAGAGCGCCACCUUUGAGUGCCAGAUCAGGAUCAACUACCCGGAGAUCGCUCUGACGUGGUACAAGGGAACGCAGAAACUGGACAACAGCGACAAGUACGACAUCAGCAGCGUCGGCGACCGCCAUUACCUGAAGAUCAAGAACUGCCAGACCAAAGACCAGGGAAACUACCGCGUGGUCUGCGGUCCUCACAUCUCCAACGCCAAGCUGACCGUUACAGCCGAACAAAUUCAGUUCACUAAAUCCAUCCGAAGCAUCGAGGUCAACGAACGCCACUGCGCCACCUUCGAGUGCGAGUUGUCCUUCGACAACGCCAUCGUCUCAUGGUACAAAGGCUCGUGGGAGCUUAAAGAAAGCCCAAAAUAUAACUUCAGGACCGAAGGCCGCCGGCACUUUAUGACGAUCCGCAACGUAGCUGCAGAAGACGAAGGCGUUUACUCGGUGAUCGCUCGUCUGGAGCCGAUGGGAGAAGCUCGAAGCAGCGCCGAGCUUUACCUGUCGGGCAAAGAGAUUGGGUUAGCAGGGGUUCCUCAGGACGUCCCUGAUUCGUCGGUUCUUGUCCCAGAAGCAGCGUCUCUGGUGGUGUGCUCAGAUUCCUCCGAGUUUUAUCACUACGAGGAGAGAACUCAAGUCGAAGCUUUUCAAAGAGUCACAGUUGAAGAGGAAACAGUUUCAGUUCGGUUCUCCUCCGUCACAGAAGAGAAAAAGCCGGUUGAAGAGAUUGUUGAGCGGAUUCAGGUGGAGGUCAGAGAGGAGACUCCUGCAGUUCCUGAGGUUUACAGGAGGCCAGAGGAGAAACCCUCUGAGGCUGCAGCUCCACCUCCAGCUAAAGUACCAGAAGUAAAGAAGCCUGAGGUUUCUGCUGCGCCUCGGAGAGACGAAGCUCCAGCUCCAGAAGUAUACGCAGAACCGGAACCAGAGAUGGUUCCCACAAAGGUUUCUCCUGAACCUUACCAACCCAGGCCAACAGCAGAGCCAAAAACGGUUCCUGCUGAGCCAAAAGUUCCUCCUGUGAAACUGGCAGAACCUGAGCCCAAAGUGGCCAAAAUUAAGCCGGAACCUGAGGCUCCGAAAGCUGAAGCUGCCAAGAAAAUGCCAGAAGCCCCGAAACCGAGAGCUGUAGUGGAACCAGAACCAGCCCCCGUUCAGCCACUCGCUGCCAAGAUCGCUCCACCAAAGACCCAAGAGGUUUUAACCAAAGUACCAGAACCCUCAAAACCAGAAGAGCCUGUAACCCGCCCAGCUCCAGCUGUGGUCACUCCAUCGACACCAGAACGUCUUCCAGCUAAAGAUGCACCCAGACCAGAACCAGUGGUCCAGCCGCCUGCACCUGCAGCUGCUCCACCGAAGGCUGAGGCCGUCCCGACUAAAGUUGUCUCAGAACCAAAGACACCUGAAACUCCCAGAAAACCGUAUCUGCUGGCUGGUAAACAUGAACCAGAAGCACCAGUGCAUACUGCUGACACAGAGCCAGAAGAGCCAGAGAAGAUUCCAGAAACACCAAAGAAGAUUCUUGAAGAAACAAAGAGGAGAGCUGAGGUGCCGAAGAAGGUUCCAGAAGAACCAAAGAAAGUACCAGAAGAAAUCAAGAAGGUAACUCCAAAAGUUUCUGAAACCCCAAAGAAAGUUGUGGACAAACCAGAGAGAGUUCCAGAAGUUCCAAAACUGGUUCCAGAAACUCAGAAGAAGGUUGCAGGCACUCCAAAGAAGGCUCCAGAAGCACCAAAAAAGAUUGUGGAAGAACCAAAGAAGGUUCCAGUAGUUCCACAAAAGAUUCCAGAAACUCCGAAGAAGGUUCCAGAGGCACCACAAGAACUAAAUAAGACACCAGUGGCACACAAAAUGGUUUUGGAACAACCAGCAGAGCCAGAGAAAAGUCCAGAAGAAGCAGCACCUCAUCGCAGAACACCAACACCACCACAAGAACUGGAAAAACUAAUUCCUCAGGCUAAAAAACCACAGCAACAAGCUGUGACCACAGUAACACAGACGGAGACUCUGCAGGAAACAGCAGCACUAACUAAAGCAAAGCUGCAGGCGGGUACAUCCAAAGGUAAACUGGAAAUAUUUCUCAGGUACUUUAAGAACGUCGUCACGUGUUUUUGUAGUGUGACAAAUGAUAUGUAUUUGUCCUUGAAACUAGAUGAGGUUAUUCCUUGUGGAAAAGUAGGAGUCCAGCCAAAGUCCAGAGAAAUCCUGCAGCAGAGAGUUCCUCUGAAGACUGACGACAAGCCGACAACAGCUGUGGGUGAAGACAGACAGGAGUCUUUUCUACAGAAGGUUCUAGAAGAAAGGAUUCAUCUGACAGCCGGACACAGAACAGAGCAGCUGUAUGGAAGAAGAGUGGAGCUCACAGAGUCGACCGCAACAGAAGAAAAGACUUUGGAGAGGGAGAUAAAACUAAUUACAGAUGUCGCUGACGUGGUUUCUGCUUGGUCCAGUGAAGACAAUCAGACAGAAGACACUGAACUGGAGCACGGUGAAGCUCAUGUAGAGGAGAAGAAAGAAAUGUCUUGGAGCUCCGUUUCUCCACCUCGACAAGAAGCUGUCCUUCUUCCAUCCAAACGAGACGUCACACCUCCAGCUGACAUGAAAGAAGUUUCCCCUCCUGACACAUCCAGAGCUGAGGUUUACAAGAAGACUUCCCAAGACAGAAAACAGAAGGACGCUGAUGUUCAAACAGAGCAGAGAGAAGCUCCUGAGCCACACGUGUCAGUGCGUCAUGAAGAAACUAGGGAUGAAACUGUCUCCUCAACAGACCAUCUUGGUAAACCUACAAUCUCUGCAACAUCUAAAGGAGUUCCUGUACCACAGAAGACUGGAGCACCUAAAGGGUUCUCUGUUGAAGACAACGUUCCAUCUUCAACAUCCAUUGAAGCUGUUUCGCAUCCCCUUGAGCAAGACCUACCUAAAGCUCUUCCCAGAACCACUGGCUCUCCUCCGAAGAGAGAAGUAGCAUCCUGUCAAAAGAACGAAGAACUCAUGAAAGCUGCAGGAAAAUAUCUUGAAGACACAUUACCUCAGGACCAACCAGCUCCUGUGUCUGAGGAAACGUAUUUUGAAGAGGAACUUGUCCCAACAUCAGUGUCGGUUCCAGCAGUCCCAGCUGGAAGUCCUUCCCCUGAGCAGACAGUCCAUGUGGAGGAAGAGAUUUUACCAACAGAAGAAUCUGUUCUUCCUGCAAAGAAAAGAUCUUCCACCCUUCCCAAAGCGACUGUUGUCCCGACAGCCGAUUUUCCUCCUGAAGAAGUGGCCCCACCCAAAGAACCCAAAGAACCCAAAGAACCCAAAGAACCCAAAGAACCCAAAGGCAAAGCUGCUCCACCUAAAAUGUCUCAAGUUUCACUGCAGAAGAAACGUGGAACUCCUGAGCAAGAAAUUAUUUCCUCCAAGAAACCUGCCUCUCCCGCACAAAACGAAGCGGCCACAGUGGAGGUGGACUCCUCUGAAGAAGCAACUAAACCUCCACCAACAAGAGAGGAAGCAAAGAAGGCAUCGUGGGAGGCUGAACAACGAGCUCUUCAGAAAGUGUCUGCUCCGGAGGAGAAGAAACCUUCAGCACCAAAGCCUUCACCACCUGCUCCUCCUGCUGCUGAACAGAAGGUUGCUGCUCCUGCAGUAUCUCCUCCAGAGGAGAAGAAACCAUCUCCUCCAGCACCAAAGCCUUCGCCUCCUGCUGCUCCUGCUCAGAAAGUUGCUCCUCCUGCAGAGGAGAAGAAACCAGCAGCACCGAAGCCUUCAGCUCCUGCUGCUGCUGCUGCAGCCAAAGUUGCUCCUCCUGCAGUGUCUCCUCCAGAAGAAAAGAGACCUUCUCCACCAACCACAAAGACACCAGAAGAAAAAGUUGUUGCUCCUGCAGCUCCAGUUGCUCCAAUCAAGAAGGAACCAUCUCCUGCGUUAGAAGAGAUCGCUCCACCUGAAGACAAAGAACCAGUUUCAGCUCCUGGACCAACUAAAGUGCCACCUCUUAAGCAAAAGGGUAAGAUUCCUGUUCAGGAAGCAAAGACACCAGAGUCGCCCAAGCGGAAGAGUAGGUUCACCAGAAUACCCAAAGAGAAAGAACCAGAACCAGAGGUCAUAACGCUGAAGAAGGUUCCAGUAAAACCUGCAGAGCCUGAAAAACAAGUCGUAACUCACAAAUCAGAGGUGACGAGACAUCACGACCCAGAACUGACGGUUCAUGAACUUCGUGACCGAGAAGACCGAGAGAUCGUAACACUCGGCCGAACUGAACGAGUCUUCACUGCAGAGGAGCAGAUGAUUCAUUUAGGCCACUUUGAAGAAGUUGAGAGAAUUUCAGUUGUACAAAAAACAGAGAGUGAAGGCUGGACGAGAACCCCAAAGCUGCAAAAAGAGGAGGAACCUGAGGUGCUGACUGGAGAGAAGAAGAAAAUAACCAAACUGCCAAAAGCAGAUGAGCAGAAAGAAUCAGUCAAACUGAAACCAUUUGGGAAAUCAGGGAAAGCAGAAGAAGAACAGCAAAGAAUCCAACUAAAAAAGGUGCCGACGAAGCCCAAAGAGCCUGAGAAGGAAAUCAUCACUCAGAAAGUUGAAGUGACAAGACAUUAUGACUCAGAGUUCACUGUUCAGAGGCUUCACGACAGAGACGAUCGAGAGGUAAUAACACUUGGCAGAACCGAACGAGUCUUCACUGCAGCCGAAGAGGCUUCUGAACUCGGAUAUGUAGAGCAGCCUGAACAGCUGGAGGCAGAAGAUGAAAAAUCGAGGUGGAUAAGAACCCCGAAAGCCCCGAAAGAUGAGGAAACUGAGCCAGAUGCAGCCAAAAAGAAAAUAAAGAAAUUACCCAAGAAAGACGAGGAGCAAGAAGUAGUGACACUGAAACCAUUUGACAAACCACAGAUACAAGAGGUGGCCGAACUUCCGAAACCUCAGAAAGAAGCUGAGGCAAAGACAGGCAAUGAGCGAUCUCCACUGAAGAGAAGUGAGAUUCCACAGAGAGAUCAACCCAGCACUGCUGUAAAACACAGACAAGAUCAAGACGCUCCCCUCAAGAGUCCAGACACAAAUUCAGAUGUCAGCAAAGACCAGAAGGAAAUCCCGCAGAAGAAAAAGGUCGAUCAAGCACCCAAAGACAAAGAAGUUGCUGCUGACGACAAGCUUCGUGGAAAACCCAAAAUCAUUUCCACACCAGAUCAAGAGAAAGAGCAGGUUGUGUUGAAGCCUUUCACCAAAGUCACCAAGCCUGAAGAAAAGCCAGAAAAAACAUCAGCGGAAUCAAAGUCUGUGGACGCAAAGGUACCAGGUCGAACCCCAAGAGAGGAACCUGCCAAAGCGCCAAAGGAACAGCAGCUGAAGAAACCUGAAAAGACUGCAACACCUAAAGAAGUUGAGAAACCUCAGGACAAAGAGACACCAGCUGUUCCAGCUGAGAAGCUCAGUCCUCCAGGACCGAAAGCAGCAGAGGAAGAGCUCCCACAGAAACAAGCUGAGGCCCUGAAGAUAGGUAGCGAACCCAGAAAGACUCCUUCACCCAGAGCUGGUAAGGAGAAGGUGGAAGAGGCAAAACCCCUCAAGCCCAUCGAGCAGCUUAAGAAGGUUGAACUGAAAAAGACUCUGUCACCAAAGCUGAAGGAGGUGGAGAAAAUCCCAGCUGAUAAGAAGCCAAGUGCUGAGAAGGUCAAACAGAUUCCCAAAGCUGCUUCACCAAAAGACACCGCUGAAGCUGUGACACUCAAAAAGACCCCUAAGAAGCCGUCACCAGAGGAGCCGUCAGAACCCGAGAGGCCCAGUAAAGGCCGCAUCCCCCUGACGAAGGAGGUCUCUCCAGGAUCUGUGCAGAUGAGGAGGGUGACCACCCAGCCAGAGGAGGAGGUGUUUGAAGAGGAGGCCCAAGAUGAGGAAGGCGAGGACGAGGAGGCCUGGGGCUGGGAGCUGGUUCCCCCAGAGGACUGGGAGGGUGUAGGGGUGGACGGGGCGUUGGAGACUCCAGGGAUGCCGGGCGCCAGACGAGAUGGAAAACCGUCAGAAGAGCCGCCCAAAGGCCGAGGCCGAGGAUUCGGGGCGAGACAAACCCCGUCUCCCGGUGACGGCGGCAGGGGGCGGGGCCUGAAGCCCGGCGGAAAGGGCCCGUCUCCACCAGAGGAGCCCUUCGGAGGAUUCAAGCUCAAAGCCGUCCCCCUGAAGUUCAUCAAGAAGCUUCAGGACAUCGUGCUGACGGAGGCCGAGUCCAUCGGCUCGUCUGCUGUUUUCGAGUGCGAGGUGUCGCCCUCCACCGCCAUCACCUCCUGGAUGAAAGAUGGCAGCAACCUGCGUGAAGGCCCCAAACACAAGUUCACCUCAGAUGGCAAAGAUCGCAAGUUGAACAUUAUUGAUGUCCAGCUGUCGGACACCGGUGACUACACCUGUGUGGCCAAGAAUGCUGGAAAGGAGAUAACGUGCACAGCCAAGCUCAUCGUUGAAGAGCUGCCUGUGAAAUGGAUCAAGGAGCUGGAACCAGAGACCUCCUGUAUGAAGGGUCAGCCCAUGUACCUGACCUGUGAGCUGAACAAAGAGAGAGAUGUGGUCUGGAAGCAUAACGGCGCUGUCCUCAAGAAAAAGGCCGGAAAAGUGGCCAUUAAUGUCAUCGGCAUGCAGCACGCCGUGACCCUCCAGAACUCCACCGACGAGGACGCCGGCACCUACACCUGCGAGGUGGACGGACAGGAGGACGUCAAGACGACCACCAACGUUAAAGUGAUUGAAAUCAUCAAAGACUGGCUGGUGAAGCCUCUGAGGGACCAGCAUGUGAAACCGAAGGCAAAGGCCACGUUCAAGUGUGAGCUGUUCAAAGACACCCCCAACUGGAAGUGGUUCAAAGGAGACAACGAGCUCACGCCCUCCGACAAGGUGGAGGUCAACAAAGAUGGAAAGGACAUGACGCUCACCAUCAGUAACUGCCAGCCGGACGACGUGUCCGACUACACCAUCGAGGUGGAGGAUCGCAGAUACACCGCCAAGCUGACGCUCGGAGAGCGUGAGGCUGAGAUCCUGAAGCCGCUCUCCAGUGUGGAGGUGGUCGAGAAGGAGGAGGCCAACUUUGACACGGAAAUAUCUGAGGAUGAUAUAGCCGGUGAAUGGAAGCUGAGAGGCCAAGUGCUGACGAGAUCUCCGAGCUGCGACAUUAAAGCUGAGGGCAGGAAGCGCUUCCUCACGCUGAAGAACGUGCAGCUGGAUCAGGCCGGCGAGGUUUCGUACCAGGCUCUGAACGCCGUCACCAGCGCCAUGCUCACCGUCAAAGAAAUCGAAAUGGGCUUUGUUGACCAGCUGAAGGACGUUUCUGUGCCUGAAAAGAAACAGGCUAAGUUUGAGUGCACCAUCACCAAGGAUGUGCCAAAGGUGAUGUGGUUCAGGGGGGUGGAGGUCGUCACCCCGAGCCCCAAAUAUGAAAUAAUUGAUGAUGGGAAGAAACACAUGCUGAUUAUAAACAGCUGUGAGUUUGACGAUGAGGCUCAGUACACGAUCGAAGUGUUGGGCCAGAAAUCCACGGCUCAGCUGCUGGUGGAAGGCAUGAGGCUCAAAUUUGUGCAGCAGCUUCAGGACCAAACAGUGAAAGAAGGUAACACGGUACGAUUUGAUCUCGAGCUGAGUCACGAGAACGUGCCGGUGGUUUGGUACCGAAACGAAGUGAAGCUCCACGUGAGCCGAACGGUGCUCACAUACGUGGAAGGAAAGAAACACACUCUAGAAAUGAGGACGUUGACUCUAGAUGAUACCUGCCAGAUUAAGGCAGAGGCCAAAGGGAUUUACUCGGCGGCCAAACUGACGGUCAUAGAGGGAGACGCCAUCUUUGUGGUGAAGCUGCAGGACUAUGCGGCCACCGAGAAAGACGAGGUGUCACUGGACUGCGAGCUGAGCAAAGACGUUCCUGUCAUUUGGUACCACGAGGAGAAAGAAAUCACCUCCUCCAAGAUGGUGGUCAUGAAGUCAGAAGGUCUGCGAAGGUCUCUGGUCCUGAAGAAAGUGGAGCAGAGCGAUAAAGGAAAAUACGUAUGUGAUUGUGGAACAGACAAGACGUCGGCCAGCAUCAAUAUUGAAGCUCGGGACAUUAAGGUCGUGCGGCCGAUUUACGGCGUGGAGUUGUUCGACGGAGAGACAGCUCGGUUCGAGGUGGAGAUCUCCGAGGACGACGUUCAUGGACAGUGGAAGCUGAACGGAGAUGUCCUCGGCCCUUCAUCUGACAUCGACAUCAUCGAGGAGGGAGGAAAGCACACGCUGAUCCUGUACAACUGCAAAGUCUCGAUGACCGGCGAGGUUUCGUACGCCGCCGCCAACGCCAAGUGUUCUGCCAACCUGAAGGUCAAAGAGCUUCCACUGAACUUCCUCACGUCGCUGAGCGACGUCCAGGUGUACGAGAAGGAUGAGGCGAGGUUCGAAGUCGAGGUGUCGAGAGCUCCGAAGACUUUCCGUUGGCUGAAAGGUUCUCAGGAGCUGCAGAGCGACGAGAAGUACGAGAUGAUCCAGGAGGGAAAGGUGUACGUUCUGCUGAUCCGAUCGGCCGCCUACGAUGACGAAGCCAAGUACAUGUUUGAGGCCGAGGACAAGAGAACGACGGGCAAACUGGUCAUACAAGGUAUUCGUCUGGAGUUUGUCAAACCAAUCAAGGAUGUGACGGUGAAGGAGCGCGAGACGGCAGAAUUCAGCGUGGAACUUUCCCACGACAAAAUCUCCGUGGUCUGGUACAAAAACGACGUCCGGCUGCAUCCCAGUAAAGUGGUUCACAUGUCGGAUCAGGGAAAGAUCCACACGCUGGCCUUCAAGGAGGUCACCAUCGACGACACGUCCAUGAUCAAAGUGGAGGCCAUGGACAAGACGGUGACCGCCAUGCUCACCGUCAUCGAGGGCGACCUGUACUUCACCACCAAGCUGCAGAACUACACGGCGGUGGAGAAGGAUGAGGUGAAGCUGGUCUGCGAGCUGAGCAAAGCUGUUGCCGAUGUCAAGUGGUUCAAGGACGGGAAGGAGAUCACUCCGUCCAAGAACAUCGCCGUCAGCACCGAUGGCAAGAAGCGCAUCCUGAUGGUGAGGAAGGCGGAGAAGGCCAACAUCGGAGAGUACACCUGCGACUGCGGUUCGGACAAAACCACGGCCAACCUCAACAUCGAAGAACGUGACAUCAAGGUGGUCCGUCCGCUGUACAGCGUCGAGGUGACGGAGACGGAAACCGCCAAGUUUGAGACGGAGAUUUCAGAGGAGGACGUCCACGGAAACUGGAAACUGAAGGGAGAGGCUCUGCACCAGUCUGCAGAUAUUGAGAUUAAAGAAGAAGGAACCCGACACAUGCUGAUCCUCUACAACGUCAGGAUGGACAUGGCCGGAGGUGUCGACUUCUCAGCAGCCAACGCCAAAUCCAACGCUCAGCUCCGAGUCAAAGCUCGGUCCAUCAGCCUGAUGCAGCCGCUGAAGGACGUGACGGUGACGGCCGGAGAGACGGCGACCUUCGAGUGUGAGCUGUCGUACGAAGGCAUCGCUGUGGAUUGGUUCCUGGGAGGACAGAAGAUGGAGGCCAGCGACCGGGUGAAGACUCGGGCGGCGGGUCGAGCUCACGCUCUGACCAUCAGAGACGUGAAGCUGUCGGAGGCCGGCGAGGUCAAACUGACCACCAAAGACUUCCAGACUCAGGCUCAGCUCAUCGUCAGAGAGCCGCCGGUGGAGUUCACGAAGCCUCUGGAGGACCAGACGGUGGAGGAGGAGGCCACCGCCACGCUGGAGUGCGAAGUUUCCAGAGAGAACGCUGAGGUUCGGUGGUUCAGGGAUGGACAGGAGAUCAGAAAGACCAAGAAGUAUGACACGACAUCUGACGGACGCAAGAGAGCGCUGAUCAUCCACGACUGCUCUCCGGACGACGCCAAGAUGUACACAUGUGACGCCAAAGAGUUCAAGACCUCCUGCUUCCUGGAGGUUACACCUCCUCAUGUGGAGUUCACGAAGCCUCUGCAGGACGUGGAGGUCAAAGAGAAGGAAUCUGCCAAGUUUGAGUGUGAAGUGUCUCGGGAGUCCGCCAAGGUUCGCUGGUUCAAGGACGGCAGCGAGAUCAGGAAAGGAAAGAAGUACGAGAUCGUUGCUAAGGGCGUCCAGAGGAUCCUCAUCGUCCACAAGUCGGUGUUUGAUGACGAGGCCGAGUAUGAAUGCGACGCCAGAACCUCCAAGACGUCCGGCAUGCUGACCGUCAUCGAGGAGGCAGCCAGGUUCACCAAGAACCUGUCCAACGUGGAGGGAACAGAGACGGACAGCGUGAAGAUGAUCUGUGAGGUCUCGAAGGCCAGCGCCGACGUCACCUGGUACCGAGGAGACGAGGAGCUGCCGGAGGGCGGCCGAUACGAGCAGGUUAUGGACGGACGUAAGAGGAUCCUGAUCAUCCAGGACCUGAGGAUGGAGGAUGCUGGAGAAUACAACUGCAGGCUGAGUCCCAGCGUCAAGACGUCGGCCACGCUCAGACUCAACGAGCUGGCGGCCGAGUUCAUCGCCCGUCCUCAGAACCAGGAGGUGGUGGAGGGCGAGAAGGCCGAGUUCGCCUGCUCUGUCUCCAAAGACACCUACGAGGUGAAAUGGUUCAGAGGCGAUAAGGAGGUGGAAGCCGGAGACAAGUACACCAUCAUCAGUGAAGGAAAGAGAAGGGCUCUUAUUGUGAAAAACUGCGACCUGAAGGAUGAGGGAGGCUACGUUGCCCACAUCGGCAGCGUUAAAGCCUCGGCCGAUCUGUAUGUGAUUGAAAAACUGAGAAUCGUCACGCCGAUUAAAGACACCGAGGUGAAAGAAGGAAGCGAGAUCGUGUUCAACUGUGAGACGAACGCUGAGGGAGCGAAGGCCAAGUGGCUGAAGAACGAAGAGACCAUUUUCGAGAGCAGCAAGUACAUGAUGGCUCAGAGGGACAACGUCUUCUCUCUGAGGAUCAAAGACGCCCAGAAGGCCGACGAGGCCACCUACACCAUCAACCUGACCAAUCAGAGAGGAGAGCAGGCCAAGAGCUCCGCCAGCGCUAAAGUCGCAGAGGAGAAGCUGAAGUUCCUGGAGCCCAUUGAGGACGUCGAGACUCAGGAGAAGAAGACCAUCAGCUUCGUCUGUAAGGUGAACCGUCCGGAGGUGACCGUGAGGUGGAUGAAGGCUGGCCAGGAGGUGACGCUCAGCAAGCGCAUCGUCUACAGAGCCGACGGCCUCAAACACACCUUGAACAUCAAGGACUGCGUCAUGGAUGACGAGGGCGAGUACACCGCCAUGGUCGGAGACGACAAGUGCGCCGCCGAGCUGAUCAUCAGCGAGGCGCCGACAGACUUCACGGCGCAGCUCAAAGAUCAGACCAUCACCGAGUUCGAGGACGCAGAGUUCACCUGCAAACUGAGCAAAGAGAAGGCCGUGGUCAAGUGGUACCGCAACGGACGGGAGAUCAGAGAAGGACCCAGAUAUCACAUGGAAAAGGAAGGCAAGAUGUGCAGAUUGAUCAUCAAGGUGUGCCGACCUGAUGAUGAGUGUGAGUACGCCUGUGGUGUAGACGAGAGGAGGACCAGAGCCCGGCUCUUCGUUGAAGAGACUCCGGUGGAGAUCGUCAGACCUCCUCAGGACGCCUUCGAACCUCCGGGCUCGGACAUCGUGUUCGAGGUGGAGCUCAACAAGGACCGGGUGGAGGUGAAGUGGAUGAGGAACAACAUGAUCAUCGUCCAAGGAGACAAAUACCAGAUGAUCAGCGAAGGCAAAGUGCACAGACUGCAGGUCUGUGAGAUCCGACCCAGAGACCAGGGAGAGUACAGGAUCGUGGCCAAAGACAAGGACGCCCGAGCCAAGCUGGAGCUGGCAGCUGUUCCAAAGAUCAAAACCACCGACCAGAAUCUGGUGACGGACGCAGGCAAACCCUUCGUCAUGAGCGUGCCCUACGAUGCUUACCCGCGCGCCGAAGCCGAGUGGUUCUUUGUGGGCACCAGUCUGCCCGUCCAGAACAUCGACACCUCUGCCGACAAGACAGAGUACCGCCUGAAGAGCCCCAGCAAGGAGGACCAGGGCCGCUACAAGGUGGUCAUCAAGAACAAGCACGGCGAAGGAGAGGCGUUCAUCAACCUGGACGUGAUCGACGUCCCUGGACCCGUCAAGAACCUGAGAGUGGUUGACACUGCCGACGGAGAGGUCAGUUUGGCCUGGGAGGAGCCGGAGAGCGAUGGCGGCAGCAAGAUCAUCGCCUACGUUGUAGAGAGACGCGACGUGAAGCGUAAAACGUGGACUCUGGCGACAGACCGAGCUGAUACUCCAGAGUACUGUGUCAGUGGCCUCCAGAAGGACUCCAUGUACCUGUUCAGAGUCUGCGCCCGAAACAGAGUCGGCAGUGGACCUAUUGUCGCCACUGAGGAUGCCGUUCAGGCCAAGAACAAGUUCGACGUUCCUGACGCUCCAGAAAACGUUGCCGUCGCCACAGUGAACAGGUUUGGCGCCACCAUCACCUGGGAGCCUCCCAAGUUUGAUGGCGGCUCUGAGAUCACCGCCUACGUGAUCGAGCUCCGCGACAGGACGUCUGUGAAGUGGGAGGCGGCGAUGGUCUGCGGCGCCAGCGACCGCUCAGCUGCGCUGAAUGACGUGGUGGAGAAUAAGGAGUACAUCUUCAGAGUCCGAGCCGAGAACAAGGCCGGCAUCGGCAGGCCCAGCGCCGCCACCAACCCUGUCAAGAUCAUGGAUCCCAUCGAGAGGCCGAGCCCACCGCUAAACCUCAACUUCAGCGAUCAGAUCAAGACGGCGGUGACACUGAGCUGGGAGACGCCUGUGAGCAACGGCGGCAGCAUGAUCACCGGCUACAUCAUCGAGAAAUGCGACGACGGCUCUGACAAGUGGCUCCGCUGCAACGCCAGACUGUGUCCGGACCUCUCCUACCGGGUGUCGGGACUGAAACCUGGUCAGAAGUAUCUGUACAGAGUCUGUGCUGAGAACGCCGCUGGUGUCUCUGAUCCAGCGGAGCAGCUCGGACCGCUGCUCGCCGACGACCCUCACGUCGGCCCGACGCUCGACCUGAGCGGCUUCAGGAACGGUCUGGAGGUGAUCGUCCCUCAGCCGCUCACCAUCAGAGUCCCCAUCACCGGAUACCCCACUCCUGCCGCCAAGUGGACAUUCGGAGAGAAGGAACUGACCACUGCGGACGAGCGCGUCUCCAUGAUGACAAAGUCCUCCUUCACAGAGCUGAUCAUCACGCCGAGUGUCCGUCCGGACAAAGGCACCUACACCCUGCAGCUGGAGAACGACGUCACAUCUGUGUCUGGAGAGAUCGAAGUCAACGUGAUCGCGUGCCCCAGCGCUCCUAAAGACUUCAAGGUGGCUGAGGUGACCCGACACCACGUCCACCUGAUGUGGGAGGCUCCGGAGCACGAUGGCGGCAGCCCGGUCACACACUACCAGAUCGAGAAGAGAGAAGUGUCUCGCAAGACCUGGGCAAAGGUGGCCACAGGCGUCCUGGACCUGGAGCACACAGUGACCGACGUGAUCGAGGGAAAAGAAUACCUGUUCAGCGUCACCGCCUGCAACAAGUGUGGACCUGGAGAGCCGGCGUACAUCGACGAGCCCGUCAACGUCUCGUCUCCGGCCACGGUACCUGAUCCCCCCGAGAACCUGAAGUGGCGCGAUAAGAGCGCCAAGAGCAUCUUCCUGUCCUGGGAGCCUCCGAAGUACGACGGCGGCGCCAAUAUUAAAGGCUAUGUGGUGGACAAGUGUCAGCGUGGAACCGACAAGUGGGAGCCCUGUGGUGACCCCAUGCCUGAACUGAAGUUCCAGGUGACCGGCCUGAUCGAGGGCCAGUGGUAUGCCUACAGGGUCAGAGCUUUCAACAAGUUGGGAGCCAGUCGACCGUGCAGGGCCACCGAUGAAAUCCAGGCGGUGGACGCUAAAGAACCUCCAGAGAUCCAGCUGGACGUGAAACUGCUGGCCGGUCUGACGGCCAGAGCCGGUACCAAGAUCGAGCUUGACGCCGAUGUCAAAGGAAAGCCCGACCCCCGAGUGAAGUGGACCAAAGCGGACCUGGUCCUGCGGGCCGACGAUCGCAUCACCAUCGACACCCAACCGGGCCACUCCAAGCUUUCUAUCGGCAACACCACCAGAGGAGACACUGCCACGUACAUCAUCGAGGCAGUCAACACCUGUGGACGUGCCACCGCCACCAUCGACGUCAACAUCCUCGAUAAACCUGGCCCUCCUGCCGCCUUCGACAUCUCUGAAAUCACCAACGAGUCCUGCUUCCUGGCCUGGAACCCUCCACGAGACGACGGUGGCUCAGCCAUCACCAACUACAUCGUGGAGAGUCGUCAGACGGACAAAGAGGAGUGGGUGAAGCUGUCAGCAACUGUGAAGCAUACAACCUUCAAGGCCUGCAAGCUCACAGCGCUGAAGGAGUACAUCUUCAGGAUCAGCGCUGAGAACCAGUACGGCAUUGGCGAACCUGCCGAGCACGCCCCAAUCAUUGCCAAGUAUUCCUUUGAUCCUCCUGGUCCUCCAACCAGGGUGACUCCCUCCGACGUUGCUAAGGAUGCUGUGACUCUGACCUGGUUUGAGCCAGAUGAAGACGGCGGCAGUCCCAUUACCGGAUACUGGAUUGAGAAGUUCGAUCCAGAAAGUGACAAGUGGAUCAGAUGCAACAAACUGCCCAUCAAGGACACAACCUUCAGGGUAAAGGGACUCCCCACCAAGAAGAAAUACCGCUUCCGUGUUCUGGCUGAAAAUCUGGCUGGACCUGGAAAACCAAGUGCAGAGACCGACCCUGUCCUCAUCAAAGAUCCCAUUGAUCCUCCAUGGGCUCCUGGUAAACCCGUCAUCAGGGACAUUGGCAAGACCACAGCCCUGCUGGCAUGGACCCGACCAGAACACGAUGGUGGUGCUAAGAUUGAAGGCUACAUCAUUGAGUUCCAGAAGACCGGAAGCGAUGAAUGGAUCCGUAUCGCAGAAGAUGUUCCUCAGACCGAGCAUCAGCUGCAAGGUCUCAUGGAGAAGCAGGAAUACUCAUUCAGGGUCAAGGCCGUGAAUAAAGCCGGUGAGAGCGAAGCCAGCGAGCCCAGUGACCCCGUCGUCUGCAAGGAGAGACUUUACCCUCCGACAGCUCCUCAGUGGCUGGAGGUGACCAACAUCACCAAGAUCAACGCUGAUCUAAAGUGGCAGGCUCCCAGCAGUGAUGGCGGCUCGCCCAUCACCAACUACGUAGUGGAGAAGAGGGACGUGAGGAGAAAGGCCUGGCAGACCGUCGACACCACUGUCAAGGAGCUGAAGUACACGGUGACUCCUCUUAACGAAGGAUCACUGUACGUGUUCCGGGUCGCUGCUGAGAACGCCGUUGGAAUGGGUGAAUUCUGCGAGCUGGAGGACGCGGUGCUCGCCAAGGACACAUUCACAACUCCUGGACCUCCUUACGCCCUGACGGUGGUGGAGGUCACAAAGAGACACGUGGAGCUGAAAUGGGAGCCUCCCAAGAGCAAUGGUGGAAGACCCAUAACCAAGUACGUGAUUGAGAAGAAAGAAAAGGUGGGAACUCGCUGGCUGAAGUGUUGCAAGACUCCAGACAGACAGACUCAGUUCAAGGUGACGGACGUGGACGAAGGGUCGGAAGUGCAGUUCCAGGUCAGAGCCGAGAAUGAGGCUGGAGUCGGAGAUCCAAGUGAACCCACCGUGAUCCUCACCAUCGAGGAUCCAACCAGUGCUCCAUCUCCUCCUCUGGAAGUGGCCGUCCCUGAUGCCAGCAGAGAGCACAUCAACGUCACCUGGAAGCCUCCGGCCAAGGACGGCGGCUGCCCAAUCACUGGCUACCACGUGGAGGUGGCAGAAGCCCGUCCAGAGCUGAAGUGGCUCAGGGUCAACAACAGACCCAUCAAGGAGCUGAAGUUCAGAAUCGAUGACGGAAUCAAACCAGAGAAGAAGUACGUCAUCAGGGUCCGUGCCAUUAACUCUGUUGGCGUCAGCGAUCCCUCUGAGAUCUCCGACAAGGUUGCCACCAAGGAUCCCGACUGUGCUCCAACCAUGGAUCUGGAGGCUCAGGACGUGAUUGUGGUCGAGGGUGAGAAGCUGCACUUGAACAUCCCUUACAGGGCAAUCCCGACACCCAAGAUGGUUUGGCAGAAGGACACAGUGGAGUGUAAGGCUGACGACCGGCUCUCCAUGACUGUGGAGAUGAACAGUGUUCACCUGGAGCUACUGAAGUGCACCCGUGCCGAUGCCGGGGCCUACGCCGUCACUCUGGAGAACAGUUUGGGAACUGCCACCGGCUCCAUCAAUGUCAAAGUCAUCGCACUCCCUGGUCAGUGUAAAGACAUUACCUCCAGCGACGUCACUAAGAACACCUGCAAGAUCAGCUGGGAAGCCCCAGAAGACGACGGCGGCACCCCCAUCGUCAGCUACACCUUGGAGCGCCGCGAGGCGUCCAAGAAGACCUACAUGCCUGUUAUGUCAGGAGAGAACGUCCUGACCUGCACCGUCAAAGACCUUUACGUCAACUGCGAGUACUACUUCAGGGUGAAGGCCAUCAACAAAGUGGGAGCAGGAGAAUACCUGGAGCUGCGCAACCCGGUCAUCACAGAAGAGGUCAAACAGAAACCAGACCCGCCCAUCCAGGUAGAGGCUCGUGACCCGACAUCCAAGUCCAUCACAGUCACUUGGAAGGCCCCAGACUAUGAUGGCGGCUGUCCCAUUCAGGGCUACAUCGUGGAGAAAAUCGAGAAGGACGGCGACCGCUAUGAGAGGGUCACCCCAAGCCUGGUGCCCACUCUCAGCUAUGUGGUGACCGGCCUGAAAGAGGACAUGGAGUACCAGUUCAGGGUCCGAGCUGAGAAUGCUGCCGGAGUCAGCGAGCCUUCACGCAGCACUCAACCCAUGAAGGCUGCAGAUCCAGUUGAAAAACCAAAGGUCACGCUCCAUCCCCGUGUGCAGUCUGGUUUGUGCAUCAAGAAGGGUGAGGAGAUCCGCAUCGACGCCUUCAUCUCUGGCUCACCGUAUCCCAAAAUCACCUGGCUAAGGAACGAUGAGGACGUCACCAAAGAGCCAACCAAGAAGAUCGUUCCUGUGGUCAAGAAGAGGACCAAGGCUAAGGUUCCAGAACCAGAAGAGGAGUUUGUGACUCCUCUACGCGAGCGUAUGGGUCUGGACCAGACCCAGAAAGGCCAGUCUGCACUGAUGGUCCGUGACGCUGUCAGAGUCGACCACGGCGACUUCACCAUCAAGGUGGAGAACACUCACGGUGUUGCCACCGCCACUUGCUACGUCAAUGUCAUGGACAAACCUGGCGCUCCAAUCAACUUCACCUUCGAUGAGAUCAGGAACACAUCAGUCAUUUGUAACUGGGAGCCUCCUGAGGACGACGGUGGCAGCGAGAUCCUGAACUACAUCUUGGAGAAGAAGGACAACAAGAAUGACGAGAUUGGCUGGAUCACCAUCACCUCCACCCUGAAGGGCACCAGCUUCCCCAUCACCAAGCUCAUCGAGGGGAAGGAGUACAUCUUUAGAGUCACCGCCGAGAACAAGUUCGGCUGUGGCCUGCCGUGCAUCUCCGAGCCACUCGUGGCCAAGAACCAGUUCAAUCCUCCUGACGCUCCCAACACUCCCAGAGUCCACGAGGUGACGGCGAGCACUGUCCACAUCUCCUGGCACGAGCCAAAGGACAACGGCAGCCCGAUCCUAGGCUACUGGAUCGAGAGGAAGGAGGUGAACAGCAAACACUGGACCCGAGUCAAUCGAGCCCUCCUCAACUCUCUGGAGGUGAAGGUCAGCGGCCUGAUGGAGGGCCUCACCUACAUCUUCAGAGUGUGUGCCGAGAACCUGGCCGGCCCCGGGCCCUUCAGCGAGCCCACCGACCGCACUCUCACCAUGGACGCCAUCCUUCCUCCUGGUCCUCCCACUCCUUGGAUUGUGGACACUGGAAAGGACUGUGUUAUUGUGGCCUGGAAGCCCCCGUUGUUCAACGGUGGAGGAGACAUCCUGGGCUACCAUGUUGAGAAGGUUUUGGUUGGAGAGAAGGACUGGACUCGCAGCACAGAGUUCAGGUGUAAGGAGCUGAUGUACACCGUGACCGGCCUGACCGAGGGAGCAGACUAUUACAUUCGGGUCAUUGCCGUCAACGAUGCAGGUCCUGGAGCUCCCGGAGUUACCGAACCUGUCACCGUCAAAGAGCCUCAAGAAUCUCCCGCCGUGGACUUCGACAGCUCUGUGAAGAACGGCGUCAUGAUCAAGGCCGGUGAGUCUCUGAGGCUUCCCGCCGUGGUGACCGGCCGACCCCAGCCAGAGGUCAAAUGGGCCAAAGAUGAGGCCGACAUCGACAAAGAGAGAAUGAUUGUAGAGACAGAGGGCAAGAACAGCACACUGUUCAUCAAGAAGGCAGUGAGGGCGGAUCAUGGAAAGUACCAGAUCACCGGCACCAACAGCAGCGGCACCAAGACCGCCGAGACCAGAGUGGACGUUAUGGAUGUCCCUGGACCGGUUGUCGACCUGAAGACAGUCUUGGUGACCAAGAAGAACAUCACCCUUACCUGGUCUGACCCCGUGGACAACGGUGGCAGCGACAUCAUCGGCUACGAGGUGCUGAGGAAGGAUGCCAAGAUGAAGCUCUUCCGCCAGCCCAUCGAGAUGGCAUCCUGCAAGUGCGACAUCCAAGGCCUGCUGGCCGGCGAGGAGUACGACUUCAGGGUCAUCGCCAGGAACAAGUACGGAGAUGGAGUUCCAGCUGACCUGGGCCCCAUCUUGGCUGAGGAUCCUAAAGGUACUCCAUCUGCCCCCGAAAAGCUGCACUACACUGACAGAAGCAAGAACACCAUCACUCUGGCCUGGGAGCCUCCUCGCAGUGAUGGCGGCAGCCCCAUCAGGGGAUACUAUGUGGAGAAGAUGAGGUCUGAUGGCAAUGAGUUCGAAGUGGCCAACCGCAAGAUCUUCACAGAGUGCUGUGGAACUAUUGAGAACCUUUCAGAGAACCAGGAGUACCAGUUCCGUGUCAAAGCAGUGAAUGAGGUCGGAGAUGGAGAUCCAUCAAAACCAAUCACUGCAAAGAUCCAGGACGAUGAGAUCGCUCCAGUUAUCACGAUUCUGAAGUUCUUCAAGAGCAAUGCCAUCAUUGUGAAGAAAGGCGCUGCAAUUGACAUCCCUGCGGAGGUGAGGGGUCUUCCUCUGCCGACGCUGCAGUGGAUGAAGGAUGACGUUGUUCUCGAGACGCCUGAUGAGGAGAAGAUGACGAUGGAGACGGAGGAGGUGAACCGGACAACAAUGAAGACGAAGAUCGCUAUUCCAGAAACCAUCCGGCAGGACAAAGGCAACUACAAGCUGGUCGCUGAAAACUGUUACGGCAAAGCUCAGCAUGUGAUCCGAGUUGAGAUCCUUGACCGUCCUCUUCCUCCGAGGAACAUCGUGGUCUCAGACAUCAAGUCGGACUCGUGCUACCUGACCUGGGAUGCUCCAGAGGACAACGGAGGCAGUGAGAUCACCAACUACAUCGUAGAGCGCAGAGACGCGAGCAAGAAGAAGUCUGACUUUGAAGCUCUGACCAUCAACCUCAUCGACAGGAGAUACGGGGUCUACAAACUGGACUUGAACGGUUCCUACCAGUUCAGAAUCAAAGCUGAAAACAAGUAUGGUGUCAGUGAUGGCUGCGACUCAGAGAAAAUCCAGUUGCGGGAUCCAUUCGGCCUCCCUGGACCUCCACGUAACCCCAAGAUCAUCGCCACCACAGCGACCACCGUGACCCUGACCUGGGACCCCCCGCUGGACAACGGCGGCUCCACCAUCCAGGGCUACUGGCUGGAGAAGAGGGAGCGCGGUGCCGUGUACUGGGGUCGCGUCAACCGAGCUCCGGUCACCAAACCGGCAGUGAAAGGCCUGCAGUACACCGUGCUGAGGCUCAUCGAAGGAACAGAAUACCAGUUCAGGAUUGCAGCCUGCAAUGCUGCAGGCGUCGGACCGCCCAGCGAGGCCUCCGAGUGCCGCUUCACCAUGGACCCAUGCAACCCCCCCAGCCCACCUGGAGCCCUCGAGGUUAAAGACAAGACUAAGAGCAGCAUCACGCUCAGAUGGAGCCCGCCGGACAGAGAUGGCGGCAGCCCGAUUAAAGGUUACAUCAUUGAGGUUCAUGAGGAGGGCUCUCCUGAUUGGAGGAGGGUGAACCCUGCCGACAAGCUCCACCCAUCCACCGAAAUCACCGUCCCUGACCUGAAGGAGGGCAAGAAGUGCAAGUUCAGGAUCUAUGCCGUGAAUGCCGCCGGCAACUCAGAUCCUGCAAAGACGGCCGACAUUCUGGUGCAGGACAUCCUGAUCGAGCCGACUGUGACUCUUGACAUCAGUGCUCACGACCUGCUGAACUGCAGAGCCGGAACAAACGUCCAGAUUCCUGCCACCAUCACCGGACGGCCCGUUCCCAAAGUCACCUGGACCUUCGACGGAACCGCUGAGACCGAGAAGAAGAACGAACUUCACACGCUGCCUGUCGACUCAGAGAUCCACUCCACCGACACGACCUCGGUGGUGGUGAUCCCAGAGAGCAAACUGAACCACAGUGGCCGGUACAUCAUCAACGCAGAGAGCCCUGCUGGACACAAAGUGCUCAAGAUCAGAGUCAGCGUGCUCGACCUGCCUGGACCUCCCAGAGACCUGAAGGUGAGUGACGUGACAAGAGGUACCUGCAGACUCACCUGGAAGCCUCCAGCAUGCGAUGGAGGCGAGAGGGUGAAGAGCUACUUUAUCGAGAAGAAGACGGUGCUCGGCAAAGCCUGGACCAAAGUGAACCCGACCUGCGCUGCUCAGUCUCUGGUGGUUCCGGACCUGAUCGAUGGUCAGGAGUACCUGUUCCGCAUCCGUGCAGAGAACCGUUUCGGGUUUGGCCCAUAUGCUGAGACCACCGAGGGGACUAAAGCCAGAGAUCCCAUCCAUCCUCCUGAUCCUCCAACAAGGCUGAAGAUCCAGAGUGUCAGGAAGGGUACGGUGACUUUGACCUGGAAGGCUCCAAAGAACGAUGGUGGUUCCCCCGUCACCCACUACAGCGUUGACUUGCUCUGUUGGGAUGCCAGCGGCACCCAGAAGGAGUCAUGGAGGAGGUGUAACAGGAGAGACGUGGACACGACCACCUUCAAGGUGGAGGACCUGACCGAGGGAGACGAGUACGAGUUCAGAGUGGUGGCUUACAAUGAGGCUGGAGCCAGCCGACCUUCAACCACUGCUGGGCCCAUCCUUAUCCAGGACCAGACCUGCGCUCCGUCCAUUGAGCUGAAGGAGUUCAUGGAGGUCGAGCAGGGCUCCGACAUCAGCAUCGUGGCCAAGCUCCGCGGCUGUCCCUUCCCAACGCUCACCUGGUACAAGGCUCCGCCCCACAAGUCCGACAACAAGGUAGAGGUUCAAUAUGACGAGCACAUCAACAAGAUCGUGUCGGACGACAGCUGCACGCUGCUCAUUCAGCAAGGAAAACGUCCCGACACCGGCCUGUACACGCUGGUGGCCUCCAACAGCCUCGGCAAGGCGACCAAAGAGAUGAGGCUUAACGUGCUCGGCCGUCCUGGUCCUCCUUCUGCUCCUAUUAAGUUUGAGGAGAUCGGAGCAGACAAGAUUACGAUCUCCUGGCUGCCGCCGAAGGAUGACGGUGGCUCCAAAGUCACAAACUAUGUCAUCUGGAGGCGGGUGGCCAACAGGAAGACCUGGGUGCCUGUAACAAAUGAGCCCAAAGAUCGCAUCUGGACCGUGGAGAACCUGAUGGAAGGACACGAGUAUGUGUUCCGCAUAAUGGCGCAGAACAAGUACGGUGUCGGAGAACCACUGGACAGCGAGCCUGAGAUCGCUCGAAACCUCUGCACCGUCCCUGGUCAGUGUGAGAAGCCGACAGUCACCAACAUCACCAUGGACUCCAUGACCGUUGGGUGGGAGGAGCCAGAGGACGAUGGCGGCAGCCCGAUCACCGGCUAUUGGCUGGAGCGCAAAGAGACAACAGGCAAACGUUGGACCCGCGUUACCCGUGACCCCAUCCGUCCCAUGGGCCUGGGCGAGUCAUUCGUGGUAAGCGGGCUCAUCGAGGGCUCCCAGUACUUGUUCAGAGUCUGCGCCAUCAACGCCGCUGGGCCUGGACUCAGCAGCCCACCCACAGAUCCCAUCUUCGCCAGAGACCCCAUCUCCCCACCCUCUCCUCCUACUCCGAAGAUUUCUGAUUGGACGAGGUCUACAGUGGACCUGGAGUGGAUCCCACCACUGAAGGACGGAGGCUCCAAGAUCAUUGGCUACUGGGUGGAGUACAAGGAGGAGGGCACCGAGGCCUGGGUCAAGGCCAAGGACACAGAAACUCGUGGCACCCGGUUGGUGAUUGCUGGUUUAAAGACUGGUGGUCAGUACAGGUUCAGAGUGACUGCCUUCAACGCUGCCGGUAACGGUGAGCCUGGUGAAGUCCCAGAGGUGCUCGAGGUCAACGACAGAACCAUUGCUCCUGAAGUUGAUCUGGAUGCCUCUGUGAAGGAGAGAAUGGUGGUUCACGCUGGUGGCGUGAUCCGCAUUAUUGCCUAUGUAUCUGGCCAACCUACCCCUGAUGUCACCUGGAGCAGAGAUGGAGCUGCACUGCCUCCUGAGGCUAAAGUGGAAACAACGUCCAUCAGCUCGUCUCUGGUCAUCAAACCCUGCAUUAGGAGACACCUUGGAAUCUACACUUUGACUGCCAAAAAUGCCGGAGGGGAGAAGACGAAGAAUGUCACCGUGGAAGUUCUCGAUGUCCCUGGGCCUGUAGGCAUUCCCUUCAUCGCAGAGAACCUAACUAUCGACUCCUGCAAGCUCAACUGGUUCUUCCCUGAGAAUGAUGGCGGCUCUCCCAUCAGCAACUACAUUAUUGAGAAGCGUGAAGCUGAGCGCAAGGCCUGGACCUCGCUCUCCUUCACUGCCAGCAGGCAGAACGCUGUGGCUCAUGGCCUCACUCCCGGAAAGGCCUACUUCUUUAGAGUGGCCGCUGAGAAUGCCAUCGGCAUUGGACCCUUCAUGGAAACUGCAGCCGAGAUCAUCAUCAAGGAACCAAUCGGUGUACCAGACCGCCCAGAGGAGCUCGAGGUCACCAAGGUUACCAAGGAUUUGAUCAGCGUCACCUGGAAGGCACCCAAGUUCGAUGGUGGCUCCGAGAUCACAAUGUACAUCCUGGAGGCACGCAUGAUCGGCAAAGACAAGUUCACCAGGCUGACGAAGGAGAGGCUGAUGGAGAGGAAGUACACGUACGAUGGCCUGAGGGAGGGCGACACCUAUGAGUUCAGGGUCAUUGCCGUCAACGAGGUUGGACCCGGAAAACCAUCAUUCUGCACCAAACCAAUCACCUGCAAGGAUGAACUGGAGCCACCAACCAUCGAGCUGGACUUCCGCGAUAAGAUCAUCAUUCGUGUGGGCGAGAGCUGCCUGCUGCAGGGCCGCUACACCGGCAAACCCUCUCCGUCCAUUGUGUGGUACCGAGAUGAUGAAGAGCUUAAGGCCGACAAACACAUCAUGUUCAAGAACACGCUGACUACCAUGUCGCUGGGCCUGAUGAAGGCUCAGCGUGAGCACAGCGGCAGAUAUGUUGUGGUUGUGGAGAACAGUACUGGAUCCAGGAAGGGCGUCUGUAAUGUCACGGUUGUAGAUCGCCCGACUCCUCCUGUUGGCCCCGUGGUGUUUGAGGAGGUGCACAGGGAGUACAUGGUAAUCUCCUGGAAGCCUCCUUUGGACAGCGGUGGCGUUGAUGUCUCCAACUACAUCAUCGAGAAGAGAGACACCAACAGAGAUGCCUGGACCACAGUAACAUCCGCCACAACCAAGACCACCUGCAAGAUCCCCAAGCUGACGGAGGGCAGGGAGUACAUCAUGAGAAUCUCUGCUGAGAACAUGUAUGGCAUCAGUGACCCUCUGGAGUCUGAGGAGAUGAGAGCCAAAGAUCUCUUUAGAGUCCCUGAGGCCCCUGAGAUGCCAACAGUCAGGGAGGUGUACGCCACCAACGCUCUGGUGCUCUGGACUCGGCCUCGUGAUGGUGGGAAGCCCAUCACCAACUAUAUCCUGGAGAAGAAGGAGACUGGAGCCAAAAGGUGGUCCAGAGCUACCAGAGACCCACUGUACCCGGCCACUCAGUACCGAGUCCAGGACCUGGUAGAGGGCUGCGAGUACGAGUUCAGGGUGAUGGCUGAGAAUGAACUGGGAACUGGAGAUCCCAGUGUCCCCUCCAAACCCAUCCUUGCCAAGGAUCCCAUUGUGCAGCCCAGCCCUCCAGUUACACCUGAGGCCUACGAUAAGACCAAGGACUCUGUCAGCCUGAAGUGGCAGAUGCCACGCCACGAUGGAAAGGGCAGAAUCUUUGGUUACAUAGUUGAGUACCAGAAGCCUGGUGGUGUGGAGUGGACUCAGGCCAACGAAACCCCAGAGCAGUGCCCUGACCUCCACUAUGUGGUGAAGGGUUUGGCUGAUGGACAGGACUACAACUUCAGGAUCUUUACCGUCAAUGCUGCUGGCAGAUCUGACCCGUCCUAUGUUAAACAGACCGUCAAAGUCCACGACAGACAUGAGGAGCCAGAGUUGCUGCUGGAUGCCAACAUGGCACGUGACCACCUGGCAAUGCUAGGCACUGACAUUACCCUCAGUGCCACCAUUAAGGGCGUACCAACUCCCACUGUCAGCUGGAAGAAGAACGAUGGAGAUGUUCCUUCUCAUAUCACUGUCGCCGUUACCGCCUCUGGCAGCAAGGUGUUCAUCCCCAAGUGCGUCCGUGCAGACUCUGGCAAUUACACCAUCACUGUGGAGAACUCUGCUGGAAAGAAAUCAGCAACCGUUGCUGUUCUCGUGCUGAAUAAGCCCUCUCCUCCCAGAGACUUGAUGAUCUCUGAGGUGACCAGCGAGUCUGCCUACCUGACAUGGAAAGCUCCAGAGGACAACGGCGGUGCUGUCAUCUCCCACUAUGUUGUGCAGAAGAAGGAUGUUGCUGCAGAGCAGUGGGUGCCUGUUGCUCCAGCCAAUAAGAAGCUGAGUCUGAUGGCCAUGUACCUGAUGGAGGGAAUUCAGUACCUGUUCAGGGUGGCUGCUGAGAACCAGUUUGGCAGGAGUGAUUUUGUUAUGACCAAGACACCCAUCAAGGCUAUGGAUCCUCUCUAUCCUCCUGGCCCACCCAAGAACCUGCAUCAUACUGAUGCAGAUAAGACAGAGGUGUGGUUAGCAUGGGAAUGGCCUGACCGCACUGGAGGAAGUGAAAUUACCGGCUUCAUCGUGGAGCACCAGGAAGAAGGACAGACUGACUGGGUCACCUUCAAGACCGUGAGCAAUAACCACAGCCACGUCACUGGUCUUGUGGAGGGCAAGACUUACCGCUUCAGGGUCAAAGCUCAGAACGCAAUUGGUGUGAGCCGUCCUGACACCAGUGUUCCCGUCACUUGCCAGGAGAAGACAUUGCCACCUACUAUUGAAGUUGAUGUGAAACUUAUCGAAGGUCUUGUUGUCAAAGCUGGCAGCACUAUUGCUCUUCCAGCCAAAAUGACAGGUAUCCCCAUUCCCUCUGCCAAAUGGAUGAGCGAUGGCAAGGAGCUCGCAUCUGAGGGCCGCUAUCAUAUUGAGACUGCUGGAUCCUCAACCAUCCUCAGUAUCCCUGAGAGCCAGAGAGGAGACACUGGAGAGUACAUCCUCACUGUGUCCAAUCCUGCAGGCAGCAAGACCGUUGCCCUUCAUGUCACCGUGUUGGAUCUUCCAGGUCCCCCCAUUGGACCUAUCAACAUCUUGGAGGUCACCCCUGAUCACAUGAUGAUCCAAUGGAGGGCACCCAAGGAUGAUGGUGGCACGCCCCUCACCAACUAUGUGGUGGAGAAGAAGGAUGUGAAGAAGCCAUGGGAGCCCUGGUCUGUUGUGAGCUCCGGUGGCAUCAGCACCAAGGCCAAAGUGUCCAGACUGGAGAAGGGCCGUGAAUACAUCGUCCGUGUUCGUGCAGAAAACAAGAUUGGCAUUGGUGCUGGGCUUGAAAGUCCUCCAACUAUUGCCAAACACAUGUUCAACCCUCCUGGUCCACCAGGCCCACCAGAGUGUUCAGAUAUCACAGAGAAUGCUGUAACAGUGGAAUGGGCCUUGCCUGAGUACGAUGGAGGAAGCCCCAUCAGUGGCUACGUGAUUGAACGCAGAGAAAUGACCGGAAAGUGGAUCAGAGUCAACAAAACUCCUGUACUGGACCUCAGAUACAGAGUCUCUGGCCUGUUUGAAGGCAAUAGUUAUGAGUUCAGAGUGUUUGCUGAAAACAUUGCUGGCAUCAGUGAGCCUUCUCUCACCUCUGACCCCAUUAAGGCCACUCGUGCCAUCACAAAACCUGGACCCCCAGGCAAUCCAAAGCUUAAGGACUGGAGUAAAUCCUAUGCAGACAUCUGCUGGACCAAGCCUACCAGAGACGGAGGCAGUCCCAUUCUAGGCUAUGUCGUGGAGGCUCAGAAGUCAGGAAGUGCCCAGUGGGACAGAAUCAACAAGGACCUCAUCAAGAUGUGUGCCUACAGAGUGCCAGGCCUCAUUGAAGGACUGGAGUACAGAAUACGCAUCAGAGCCACCAACAAGGUCGGAGACAGUGAACCCAGGGAGCUGGCUGAGACCAUCCUCGCAAAGGACAUCCUGGUGCCCCCUGAAGUUGUUGUGGAUGUGUCCUGCCGUGACUCUCUGACACUGAGGGCCGGUCAGAUCAUCAGUCUGAUUACUAGAGUGAAAGGCAGACCGGAUCCAGAGAUCACAUGGACCAAGGAUGCCAGAGCCUUGUCCCGAGACAAGCGCACAGAGAUGAACAACAACUACCCUCUGUGUGAGCUCGUCAUCAAUGAUGCAGUCAGGUCAGACUAUGGUAAAUAUGCCAUUGUUGCCAAGAAUAGCAGUGGGCAGGCACAGGCUACUAUUAUUGUCAAUGUCCUGGACACACCAGGAGCCUGCCAGAACCUCAAAGUGGCCUAUGUGACCAAAAACUCCUGUAUGGUGUCCUGGGAGAACCCUGAGGACAAUGGUGGUACUGAGAUUACACAAUACAUAAUUGAGUGCCGUCAGCCCAGCCAGAGAGGAUGGACAGUGGUGUCGAGUGACUGCACAAAGCGUCUGAUGAAGGCUCCUCUUUCUGAGGGUUGUGAGUACUUCUUCCGUGUCAGCGCUGAAAACAAGAUUGGUGCUGGUCCACCCACUGAGACCAAGGCACCAGUGCUGGCAGUCGAUCCCAUUGAGAAGCCUGGUGAACCUAUUGACUUCCAAAUCUCUGAGAUUGGCAAGACCUUCUGCUUCCUCAAGUGGAAGAAACCUGACUAUGAUGGUGGCAGUCGUAACCUGGCUUAUCACGUUGAAAAGAAACCGAAGGAGGCUGAGGAGUGGGAGCGAAUUCACAAGGGAGCCAUCAAAGAGACCUACUUCAUGGCUGACAGGUGCAUCGAAAACCAGAUAUACCAGUUCAGAGUUCAGACAAAGAAUGAGGGAGGUGAGAGCAACUGGGUUACCACAGCUGAAGUCCUGGUUAAGGAACAGCUGGUGGAGCCUGAGGUCAAGAUUAAGCUGGAUGGAACCCUUGUGGUGAAGGCAGGCGAUUCCAUUCCUAUCGAGGCAAUGGUGAAGGGCAAACCCCAGCCUGAUGUCAAAUGGACCAAGGAUGAGGGCACAGAGGAGAUCAGAAAGGGUCCCAGGCUUCAGAUUGAAACUGGUGCAGACUUCUCUAAGCUGCUUGUUACUGGCGCCAGGCGCACUGACAGCGGCAAAUACGUUGUUACUGCCUCCAACAGUGCAGGAACCUGUGCUGCUCAUGCUACAGUCAAUGUACUGGAUAGACCUGGCCCCAUCAGGGAUCUUAAAGUGUCUGGUAUCACCAUUGACAGGUGCAUUCUGACCUGGGAAGUCCCAGAAGACAAUGGUGGCUGUGAUAUUUACAACUACAUCAUUGAGAAAUGUGAGACCAAGAGGGGAGUCUGGUCAGUCCACUCCAAUGCUGUCAUCACCAACAAGGCUAAUGUCACUCGUCUGAUUGAGGGCAAUGAGUAUAUCUUCAGAGUCCGUGCUGAAAAUAAGAUGGGUCCUGGACCUGCAGUACAAAGUGAGGCCAUUGUUGCUGGCACCCAGUUCAGCGUACCUGAUGCUCCUGAAACACCAGAAGUCACCAAGAUCACCAAGGAGGAAAUGACUGUGCAGUGGUCAGAGCCAGAAAAAGAUGGCGGAAAGCCCAUUAUAGGAUAUCUGCUGGAGAAGAGAGAGGAGCACGGAGUCAGGUGGUCUCCUGUCAACAAAGAUCCGAUCCCUUCAACUCGUUUCACAGUUACUGGACUGCUGCCCCUCCACGACUACCAGUACAGAGUCAAGGCCGUGAAUGAAAUUGGCACUGGCAGCCCCAGCAAAGCUUCACGUGCCAUCACUGCAAAGGAUGCUAUUGAGCCUCCUGCACCUCCCACUAACCUGAAGGUGUUGGACAGCACCAAAUCCACCUUCACUCUGGGCUGGACUAAGCCGGUGUCUGAUGGUGGAGCUCCGCUCAUUGGCUACGUGGUGGAAAUGAGAGCACAGGGAACUGCCAAGAAGGGAGACGAUGGCUGGAAGAGAUGUAAUGUGGCAGCUCAGCUUGUCGUGUGCGAGUUUACAGUCACAAGUCUGGAUGAGAAGCUUGUGUAUGAAUUCAGAGUGUCUGCCCAGAACCAGGUGGGCAUGAGCCUGCCUUGCGACUUGGAGGGUGCUGUGAUCCCCAAGGAGAUUCUAGAGGCGCCGGAGAUUGAUUUGGAUGCCAAUCUAAAACAGGGACUGACUGUAAGAGCUGGUUGUCCCAUCAGACUCUGUGCCACCAUCAGAGGCAGACCUCCUCCCAAGGUCACUUGGAGGAGGAUGGGUAUCGAUAACGUGGUGAGGAAGGGUAAAGUGGACAUUAUCGACACUAUGACCUUCCUGGUCAUUCCUGACAGCACCCGUGACGACUCUGGAAAAUACUGCCUGACUCUGCGGAGCCCUGCGGGAGAGAAAGCUGUGUUUGUCACUGUCAAGGUUUUAGACACUCCUGGACCUGUGAUGAGCCUGGAAGCUACAGACAUCAAACAGACAUCCGCCAAGCUGUCCUGGAGUCCACCAGAGAACAACGGUGGCAGCGAGGUCACACACUACAUCGUUGAGAAGCGUGAGGUCGACCGCAAGACAUGGGCAACUGUGAAGGCCGAAGUUGCGGUGGAUAAGGUUCCUUUCAAAGUCAGCAACCUAAUGCCAGGCACUGAGUACUACUUCAGAGUCACAGCGGUCAAUGAGUACGGCACUGGAGUUCCCAGAGUGUCCCCUACAUCCUACCUGGCCUCGGAUCCUGUCAGUAAACCGGAUCCUUGUCAGAAGAUCGACGUUCUCGAGAUCACUAAGAACAGCGCCCUGGUUGGCUGGGUGAAGCCCUUAAGUGACGGUGGUGCCAAGAUCGAUGGUUAUGUGAUUGAAUACAUUGAGGUCAAACCUCCUCCAGAGCCACCAGCACCUGUGGAGGUUCCUGAAGGAGAAGAAGCUCCUCCACCACCUCCACCUCCUCCUCCGGUAGAGGAGGAAGAGGACGCAGAACCUGAGAAAGAAGUGUGGAAUGGCUACACCACAGUUAAAGGUUUGACAAUCAGUGUCAGUGGUCUGAAGGAGGGCAAGAGGUACAGGUUCAGAGUGGCUGCCAAGAACAUGAUGGGCCAGAGCUCGUUCACUGAGACCAGAGAGCCGGUGGAGAUCAAGGAGCAAAUGUUGGAGCCAAAGAUUGUCAUGACAGAGAUGGCAAGCGCCAAAGCUGGAGCCAAGCUCAGAGUUGAGGCACUGGUUUCAGGAAAACCUGCCCCGACCUGCAAAUGGAUGCGUGGUGAGGAUGCCGUGGUCCCAUCCAGCCGUCUGGCUGUGCAUCAGUCCGGAAACAUGUGUGUCCUGAUCAUCAAAGACGUGUCAAGGACUGACAGUGGAGAGUACAGCCUGGUGGCUGAGAACAGCUCUGCAAAGGUGUCCCAGGCUCUGAAGAUCAUCAUCAGAGACAUCCCUGGUCCUCCUGAGGGCCCUGUGGAGAUCAGUGACAUUGACUCUGAUGCCUGCUCCCUGUCCUGGAACAAACCACUGGAGGAUGGAGGCAGCAAUAUCACCAACUACGUGGUGGAAAAAUGCGAUGUGAGCAGGGGCGACUGGGUGACUGCUGUAUCUUCUUGCUCAAAGAUCGGUUGCAGGCUGGGAAAGCUUAUCCCAGGGAAGGAGUAUGUGUUCCGCAUACGUGCUGAGAACCGCUUUGGUGUGUCAGACCCCAUUCAGUCUGACCGGAUGGUCGCCAAGUUCCCCUUCGAUGUUCCCAGCGAGCCGCUCAACUGUCGCAUCAACAAGACCAACAAGGAUUGCAUGUUCGUGGCGUGGGAUAAGCCCGAGAGUGACGGCGGCAGCCCCAUCACAGGUUACUACAUUGAGCGUAAGGAGAGGAACAGCCUGCUGUGGGUGAAGGCCAACGACACUGUCGUCCGCACCACCGAGUAUCCAUGUGCUGGUCUCAUUGAGGGCCUGGAAUACACUUUCAGAGUGUCUGCCAUCAACCGUGCUGGCCAGGGCAAACCAAGCAAGAAGACUGACUUUGUCACUGCUAGAACACCAGUCGACACUCCAGGCAAACCUGAUAUCCUGGAUGUAACCAAGAAUUCUGUCACUCUGGUUUGGACACGUCCCAAGAACGAUGGUGGAAGCAAGAUCAUUGGCUACUAUGUUGAGGCUAUGCGAGUGCCAGGAGACACUUGGAUACGCUGCAACACCAGCAGCCAGAAUGUGCCAAGGGAGGAGUACACAGUGACCGGCUUGGAGAGAGACCUGCAGUACCAGUUCAGAGUAAUUGCCAAGACUGCUGUGAACAUGAGCAAACCCUCAGAGCCCACAGACCCAGUCCUGGUCUGUGCUGAGAACGUUCCUCCACGGGUAGAGGUCAAUGCCAGGAUGCAGAAGGGUUUCAAAGUUAAGGCUGGAACAACACUCCUCCUGGAGGCUGAGGUUUUCGGUAAGCCCAUGCCCAGAGUGACCUGGAAGAGAGGAGAUGACAGCCUGAAGUCAGGUGAGGGCCAGGUAAUCACCCAGCAAAGGAAUCACUUCCAGCUGGAGAUGACAGCUAUUACCAAGGAGCACACAGCAACCUACACCAUCGUGGCUGAGAACGCCAGCGGCUCCAAGACAGCUGAGAUCCAAGUCACCGUCCUUGAUGUGCCCGGUCCUCCUGCCAGUGCCAAAUAUGUCGAGGUGUUGGCAACCAGCAUUAAGCUAUCCUGGGAGCCUCCUCUGAAGGAUGGUGGUGCCCCUAUCACUAACUAUAUUAUUGACAAGCGUGAGACCAGCAGAGCUGAGUGGGCCCAGGUCUCCUCCAAGGUCAAGGGCGAUGUCCUUGAGUUCAACGUAGGGAAACUAAUUGAAGGUCGUGAGUACCAGUUCCGAAUCCGUGCUGAAAGCAUGUGGGGAGUUGGAGACCCCCUGAUCACCAACCCUGUCAUCGCCAAGAACCCAUUCACUGUCCCUGGCCCAUGUGAGGCCCCAGUCAUCACCAACGUGUCCAAAGACCGUAUGACAGUGAGCUGGAAGGAGCCUGCUGAUGAUGGAAAGUCCACCAUCCUGGGCUACAUGCUGGAAAAGAAAGAGAGCAAGGAGAUGAACUGGACCAAGAUGAACAGGAAGCCGAUGACAGAAAGGACUCUGGAAGUUACUGGCCUCACAGAGGGAGCCGAGUAUGAGUUCAGAGUCACUGCCGUUAAUGUUGCCGGGCUCGGCAAACCCAGCGAGCCCUCUGCUGGUGCCACUGCAAUGAAUCCCAUCACUCCUCCUGGACCUGUAGUGAAUCCCACUGUAACUGAUACCACCCAUAGCACCAUCAGUCUCACCUGGACCACACCGGCCAACAAUGGUGGAAGCCCCAUUAUUGGAUACCUGGUGGAGUGCAAGAGGACCGACACCACAGACUGGAUCCGCUGCAAUGUCCCCAGGAACCUGCAGGAGACCAGCUAUGUCAUCCAGAACCUCAUCCACAAGUCGGAGUACCAGUGCCGCAUCACUGCUGUCAAUAAGAUUGGCUUCGGCGAGCCAGUUGAAGUACCCGGCAAACAUGUUGCCAAGGACAUCAUCGUUGCUCCUGAGGCAGAGCUGAGUGCCGAGUUGAAGCAAGUUUUGGAGCUGCAAGCUGGCGCUGUCAUGAAGCUGCAGGCCACCAUCAAGGGCCGUCCCGUUCCCAAGAUCACCUGGGCAAAGAUGAACACCAACAUCAAGGACCGGCAGGGCAUCGUCAUCAAAUCCAGCAACGUCGACACUAUGGUGAUGGUGGAGAAUGUCAACCGUUAUGAUGCCGGCAAAUACAUUCUGAACCUGGAGAGCACGGCUGGCAUGAAGAUGUACACCAUCAUUGUAAAAGUGUUUGACACUCCUGGACCGCCAGUCAACCUGAUGGUGAAGGAUGCAACUAAGGACAGUUCCUCCAUUUACUGGGAUGCUCCUCUGAUUGAUGGUGGCUCUGAAAUCACCCACUACAUUGUGGAGAAGCGUGACACUGAGAGGAAGGCUUGGUCCCUCGUCUCCAACAACUGCACCAAGACGUCAUUCAAGGUUCCAGACCUGGAUGCUGGAAGGUCCUACUGCUUCAGGGUGUCAGCUGUUAACCAGCUUGGUGCUGGAGAGUGUUGCGAGACAGCUGACUCAGUCAGAGCAUCAGAGGAGCCUGGGCCUGUCAUGGACUUCAAAACUCUGCUGGUUACCAGGGAUUCUUGCACUCUGAGCUGGAAGAAACCCCUCACGGACGGCGGCAGCCGCAUCAUCUGCUAUGUGCUGGAGGUUCUCAAUGGUGAGGAUAAGUACAAGGAGCUAAUGAGAUCCAAGAAUAUGCAGUACAGCGCCAAGGACCUGGUGGAGGGCAGAGAGUACAACUACAGAGUCAAAGCUGUGAACGACUCAGGAGAGAGUGCUGCCAAGGAACUGACAGUGGUCGCCAAAGACCAGAUCAUUCAUCCCAGUUGUGACUUGAGGGAGUUGCCCAACAUGUGCUACAUUGCCAAAGAGGGCACCACCGUCCGUCUGAAGAUCCCACUUAUUGGCAAACCUACGCCUAAGGUCUCUUGGAAGAAGGGAGAUGAUGAAGACCUGACAGACACCGGUCGGGUGUGUGCCGAGUCCUCUGCAGUCAACACCACCCUCCUGAUCAGGGACUGCCAGAGGACUGAUGCUUCAAAGUACACUAUCACCCUGAGAAACAGUGCUGGAUCCAAGGAGUCCACCAUCUUCAUCAGGGUUGUGGGUAAACCUGGCAUCCCUGUCGGACCAAUUAAGUUCAAAGAUGUCACUGCUGAUGGUGCUACGCUGAGGUGGGGUGCUCCCAAGGAUGAUGGUGGCUCUGAGAUUACCAACUACAUCCUGGACAAGAGGGACUCAAUCACCAACAUGUGGGUGACUGUGUCCUCCACUGUGGAGACCAACAGCAUGAGGGUGACCGGCCUUCAUGAGGGUACUGAAUACAUCUUCAGAGUGUGUGCUGAGAACAAAUACGGCGUUGGAGAGGGGCUGAAGUCUGAUCCCAUCGUAGCUAAACAUCCAUUCAAUGUUCCUGAUGCUCCUGCUCCUCCGGAGAUCAUGAGCAUGCGCCAUGACUCAGCUUACCUGGCCUGGUCUGACCCCAGGAAAACAGGAGGAUCCCCCAUCACAGGCUACCAUGUUGAGUUCAAGGAGAGGAACAGUAUGUUGUGGAAGAGGGCAAGCCCAGCUGCCCUAAGGAUGAAGGAACACAAAGUAACCGGACUGACUGAAGGUCUGGAGUAUGAGUUCAGAGUCAUGGCAAUCAACCUGGCUGGUAUCGGCAGACCGAGUGUUCCCACCGAUCCACAGGUGGCUUUGGAUCCCAUUGAUGCACCUGGUAAACCCGAUGUUAUCAGCAUCAGCAGGAGCACUGUGACCCUGCAGUGGACUGAGCCUCAGUUUGAUGGUGGCCACAGGCUGACCGGCUACAUCGUUGAAAGGCGAGACCUGCCUUCUAAGAUCUGGGUGAAGGCCAACAACGUGAAUGUUGUGGAACCUGCAUACACUGUCACAGAUUUGCAGGAGGGCUGCAAAUAUGAGUUCAGGAUCAGGGCGAAGAAUUCAGCCGGUGCUCUCAGCCCACCUUCAGAGCAGACAGAUACUAUUAUUUGCAGAGAUGAAUAUGCGGCACCAACUAUUACUAUCGAUGCCCAGGUGAUGGAGGGUCUGACCGUCCGAGCAGGCGAUACUAUUGUCAUCACUGCCACAAGUAUUUUGGGUCAACCUGCACCGACUUCUUGCUGGUCAAAGGGAGGGAAGUACUUUAAACCCUCUGACAUUGUUCACAUUGAGACCACUGCCACAUCCUCCACUCUGUCCGUCAAAUAUGCCAGCAGAAAAGACUCCGGAGAGUACAUAAUCACUGCCAGCAACCCCUUCGGUGUAAAAGAGGAAACUGUCAAGGUCAAAGUUCUUGAUGUACCUGGUGCACCUGGACCUAUUGAAUGCAGUGGUGUCUCCUCUGAAAAGGUGACUCUUACCUGGACAGCUCCUACUGAGGAUGGAGGUUCUCCCAUCAAGUAUUACACACUGGAGAAGAGAGAGACUAGCCGGCUGCUCUGGACUGUGCUGGAAGAGAAGGUUAUCGACUGUCAUUAUGUGGCCCACAAGCUCAUCCAAGGCAAUGAGUACUUCUUCAGAGUGUCUGCUGUUAACCAGUACGGUGCCAGCGAGCCAUCUCACUCUGAGGCAGUCAAGAUGGUGGAUAGAUUUGGUCCUCCUGGUCCCCCAUCUAAACCAGAGGUGGAGAAGGUCAACGGACAUUCGGCCACUGUGACUUGGAGAAGACCGACUGAGGAUGGAGGCAGUGACAUCAUAGGUUAUUGUGUUGAGAAGAAGGAGAAGAAGGGUAUGAGGUGGCUCCGGGCAUCGAAGAAAUCCAUUUCUGAGCUCAGCUAUGAAGUCACAGGUCUCACUGAGGAUGUCGAGUAUGAGUUCCGUGUUCUUGCUGAGAACAUAGCUGGUUUUGGAGAGCCAAGUGAACCAUCGAUGCCAGUCAGAACAAUAGUUGUUGCCUAUCCACCUGGACCGCCGGUCAAUCCAAGAGUUACAGACACAACCAAAACCACAGCCACUCUGAACUGGGGAAAACCUCUUGAUAAUGGUGGACUUAAAGUCACUGGAUAUGUGAUUGAGCACAAGAAAGAAGGAGCAGAAGAAUGGGUUAAGGAUACCCCUUCAUCUCCACUGAGGAUCACAGAGUUUGUUGUUCCUGAGCUGGAAGCUGGUGCAAAAUACCACUUCAGAAUUAGUGCUGUGAAUGCAAAGGGAGCAGGCGAGCCUGCAGAAACCAAGGAGCUGGUUGAGAUUGUCGAGCGUGCGGCUGAACCUGACUUGGAGCUGGAUGUUGAGCUGAGAAGAACCCUUGUUGUGAGAGCUGGCUGCUCCAUCCGCCUCUUUGUGCCAAUCAAGGGACGUCCUACACCAACAGUCACCUGGACUAAGGAGGGUGGCCCUGUCCCACGGGCAGUCAUCGACAGCACUGAAUCCUUUACAAUGCUGCUCAUUCCUGAGAGUUCAAGGAUUGAUGCAGGUAAAUAUGAGCUUACCCUCGAAAACUCAGCUGGAAAGAAGAGUGCUGAUAUACAUGUGAGAGUUCUGGAUUCACCUGGACCUCCGCUUAACCUGAAACCAGUCAAGAUUGACAAGGAAAGCAUCACACUUCAAUGGGAGAUGCCUCUCAUUGAUGGUGGAGCUAAGAUCACAAACUAUAUCGUUGAGAAGAGAGAAUCAACUCGCAAGGCUUUUGCUACUGCUAUUACACAUUGCCCAACCACUUCAGUCAAAAUUGCCGAGCUGGGUGAAGGCUGUGAGUAUUAUUUCAGAGUGUCUGCUGAGAACGAAUAUGGCAUUGGUGAGGCGGUAGAGACUUCUGAUCCAGUUCGUGCAUCUCAGGCACCAACUCAACCAGAAAGCAUUAUUCCUACUGAUAUCACCAAGAGCUCUGUGAGCCUCGCUUGGACCAAACCCAAGCAUGAUGGUGGAAGCAGAAUUACAGGAUAUGUCCUGGAAGCUCAGAAGAAGGGAACUGAUCAGUGGGCCCAUGUAACAACAGUCAAAACCAUGGAUUUCACAGUGAAGAAUCUCAAUGAGAAUGAAGAGUACAUUUUCCGUGUAAUGGCUGCCAACCAGUCUGGUAGAAGUGUUCCACGUGAGAGCAAACCCAUUGUUGUCAGGGAUUCUACUUCUCUGCCUGAAUUUGACCUGCGUGGUGUCUGUCAGAAGACUGUCAUCGCAAAGGCAGGAGAUGACAUCAAGGUUGAAAUUCCAGUUACGGGACGUCCUAGACCAACUGUCUCUUGGCAAAAGGACGGAGCAGCUCUGAAGGUCACACAGAGAACUAAUGUGGAAACUACUGCUGCUACUGCUAUUAUCAGCAUCAACGAAUGCAAUAGAGCUGACAGUGGUGUAUACACCAUGACAGGAAAGAACAUAGUAGGAUCUGUAACAGACAACAUCAUUGUCAAAGUGCAUGAUGUACCUGGGCCACCAAAAGGACCAGUUACCAUUGUGGAGAAAUCUCGUACCUAUUGCGUCUUUGCAUGGGAAACUCCUGAGAAUGACGGAGGUGUUCCCAUUAACAAUUAUGUGGUGGAGAUGAGAGACACCACCACCCAAACAUGGACUGAACUGUCUUCCACCAUCAUCCGCACAAUGUUCAAAGCCAUUCGGUUAACGACUGGCUCAGAGUACCAGUUCAGAAUAAAGGCUAAGAACAGAUAUGGUGUUGGACCUCCCAUCACCUCAGAGGCAGUUGUGGCUGCCUAUCCAUUCAAAGCACCUGGACCUCCAGGUACUCCUGGUGUUGUUGCAUUUACCAAGGACUCCAUAACAAUUGGCUGGAAUGAGCCUGUGUCUGACGGUGGAAAUGAAGUCAUUGGUUAUCAUGUUGAGAGGAAGGAAAGAAGCAGUAUCAUGUGGCAUAAGAUCAGCAAGGGUAUUGUGAAAGGAAACAUCUUUAAAUCCACUGGGCUUGAAGAUGGUGCUGCGUAUGAGUUCCGUGUCAUGGCUGAAAACAUGGCUGGAAUUGGUAAACCCAGCAAAGCUUCCGAAGCAAUUCUGGCCUUGGACCCUGUUGACCCACCGGGUCAGCCUGUGCCAAUAUUUGUCAACAAGAAUGUCAUCACUAUUCAGUGGACAAAGCCUGAGUAUGAUGGUGGCUUCAAAAUCACUGGCUACACGGUGGAGAAGAGAGAACUGCCUACUGGUCGCUGGAUGAGAGCCAAUUUCACCAACAUCAUUGAGACAGCAUUUACUGUCAGCGGGCUGACUCAGGAUGCCUCCUAUGAAUUCCGUGUUAAUGCCAGAAACUCAGCCGGUGCAGUGAGUGUGCCCUCUGAGCCGUCAGACCCAAUUAUCUGCAAAGACGACAUUAUCGAACCCCGCAUUAUGGUUGAUGCCAUCUUUAAGGAUGUUGUUCUGCUAAAGGCAGGUGAGUCCUUCAGGCUUGAUGCUGACAUUGCUGGCCAACCAAUCCCAUCUAUGGUUUGGACCAAGAAUGGAAAGGAGGUGGAGAACACAAUGAAACUGGAAGUUAGGUUCACUGAAUUGACAACCACCCUGACCAACAAGGACUCAAUCAGAUUAGAUGGAGGAGAGUUUGUUCUGACUGCCACUAAUGUAGGUGGAUUUGCAAAGCACAUCUUUAAUGUUAAAGUCCUUGACAGGCCUGGACCCCCAGUUGGACCUCUUAGGGUGUCUAAUAUCACAGCUGACAAUUGUGUUCUUACCUGGGCUCCACCUGCAGAUGACGGUGGUGCCAAGAUUGAAGGAUAUGUGAUAGAGAAGCGUGAAUCAAGCAGACUGGUUUGGACCAAUGUGGCUUCAGACUUGCAAGUUACACAACUCAAGGUGACCAAGCUGCUCAAAGGAAAUGAAUACAUCUUCCGAGUUAUGGCAGUGAACAAAUAUGGACUUGGCGAGGCCCUUGAAUCGGAACCCACUAUUGCAGACAACCCAUAUGUGAUUCCAGAUCCUCCAGAGAAUCCUGAGGUGACAGCUAUUACUAAAGAUUCAAUGGUUCUUAUGUGGCAAGUGCCUAAGAGUGAUGGUGGAACUCCCAUCACCAAUUACCAUAUUGAAAGAAAAGACAGAAUAGGCCUGCGGUGGGUUAAAUGCAACAAGAGAAAGGUCAAAGAUCUACAAUUCAAGGCAACAGGCCUAGUUGUUGGACAUGAAUAUGAAUUCAGAAUAACUGCUGAGAAUGCUGCCGGAGUUAGUGCACCAAGUGUCUCCAGUCCAUUCUACAAGGCCACUGAUGGACUCUACAAGCCUGGUGCUCCAUGCAACCCCAGAAUCUUGGACACAACCAAGUCCUCAGUUACUGUUGCCUGGAACAAACCAGUGUAUGAUGGUGGCUCUGAAGUCACUGGCUAUAUUGUGGAGACAUGCAUUCCAUCUGAAAAGGAGGAAGAAGAGGAAUGGACCAUUGUUACACCCAAAGAAGGUCUCCUCGCCACCUCCUUCACCAUUGUUAAUCUGAAGGAGAACCAAGAGUACAAGAUCAACAUCUCUGCUGUCAACAGUGAAGGAAUUGGAGAGGCAGCAUCUGUACCUGACAAUCCCAAGGCAGAGGACAGGCUCCUUCCACCUGAGUUUGAUUUGGAUGCGGAGCUCCGCAAAGUGGUCAGUCUUAGAGCUUGUUGCUCACUUAGACUGUUUGUUCCUAUCAGAGGCAGACCAGCUCCUCAGGCUAAAUGGACCAAAGGUGAUGGUGAGCCUGUUGAGAGGGCAACUAUUGACAGCACAACAUCAUACACCUCACUUGUAAUUGAAAAUGUCAACAGAUUUGACAGUGGAAAGUAUAAUCUUACUGUUGAAAAUAGUUCUGGCUCCAAGACAGUUACAGUUCAAGUCAGGGUGCUUGAUACACCAAGUGCCCCACAGAAUUUGAAGAUUACUGCUGUAACCAAUGAAGCUGUCACUCUGACUUGGGAUCCACCAGUGAAUGAUGGAGGAGUUAAGAUUAAGAACUACAUAGUUGAAAAACGUGAGUCUACAAGGAAAGCAUAUGCCACAGUCAGUGCGAAUUGCCAUCAUACCACCUUCACAGUUGAUCAGCUCCUGGAAGGAUGCAACUAUUACUUCAGAGUUUUAGCUGAGAAUGAAUAUGGCAUUGGCUUGCCCAUUGAGACUGGUGAGUCAGUUAAAGUGUCGGAGAAACCACAGCCACCUGGUAAAAUUAGUCUCAAGGAUGUCACCAAAAACAGUGUCACCCUCUCCUGGGAGAAGCCAGAGCAUGACGGUGGCAGCAGAGUAGGCUGUUAUGUUGUUGAGAUCCAGCCUAAGGGUGUUGAUAAGUGGUCCCAGGCUCUGAUUGUAAAAGAAACAGAAGCUACUAUUAGUGGACUAAAUGCAGGUGAAGAAUACAUGUUCCGUGUAGCAGCUAGAAAUGAGAAGGGAACAAGUGACCCACGUCAAAUCGGUGUUCCUGUGAUUGUCAAAGAUCUUGUGAUUGCGCCCGUUGCCAAAAUGUUGUUCAACACAUUUAGUGUGUUAGCAGGAGAAGACCUGACAGUGGAGGUUCCAUAUGUUGCACGUCCCAAAGCGACUGUGUCCUGGGUAAAGGAUGGUCAGCCUCUGAAGAGAACCACAAGAGUAAACUUUAGUGCAACAGCCACAAUGCUGAACCUCAACAUUAAAGAGGCUACUAAAGAUGAUGUUGGACACUACCUUAUUACUCUUACCAACACAGCAGGAGAGACAACUGCAGCUGUUGGCAUUGUUGUUCUUGACAAACCAGGCCAGCCAAGCGGUCCAGUUAAGGUAGAGGAGGUCACUUCUGACAGUGUAACCAUUUCCUGGAGUCCACCAGAGUAUGAUGGUGGUUGCACUAUCAAACACUACAUUGUGGAAAAGAGAGACACAUCUACAACUAACUGGAUGACUGUAUCUCCCAACCUAGCACGGACCAAAAUUAAGGCAGGCAGGCUGAAGACUGGCUCUGAGUAUCAGUUUAGAAUCACAGCCGAAAACAGAUAUGGAAAAGGCCCAACUCUCCUAUCAGAGUGUAUUGUGGCUCAAUACCCGUAUAAGCUUCCAGGACCCCCAGGAACACCAUCCAUUGCAGCCUGCACCAAAGACAGCAUGGUGGUGGCCUGGAAUGAGCCUGUGAAUGAUGGUGGAAGCACUAUCUUGGGCUACCAUCUUGAACGCAAGGAGAGAAACAGCAUCCUGUGGGUGAAACUCAACAAGUCCCUAAUUACUGACCAAACCUUCAAGACCACUGGUCUGGAACCAGGAAUGGAGUAUGAAUACAGAGUUUAUGCUGAAAAUAUUGUUGGAAUAGGUAAAGUGAGCAAAGUGUCUGAGGGGCACGUUGCGAGAGAUCCUUGCGAUCCUCCUGGCACUCCAGAGGCAACAAAGAUCACUAAGGACUCUGUGACCAUCGUUUGGACCAAGCCUGAGUAUGAUGGUGGUGCAAAGGUUACAGGCUACAUUGUGGAAAAGAAGGAGCUUCCUGAGGGUCGUUGGCUAAAGGCAAACUUCACCAAUGUUAUUGAGACAGAAUAUGUAGCAACUGGACUUGUACAGGAUAAUCAGUAUGAGUUCCGUGUUAUUGCCAGAAAUGCUGCUGGUGUUUUCAGUCUGCCCUCUUUCAGCACUGGCGCGAUCACUGCCAGGGAUGAAAUUGAACCACCACACCUCAGCAUUGACCCAGAGUACACACAGUCUGUUGUAGUUAAUGCUGGAGACAACUUCAAAAUUGACGCAGAUGUUCAUGGUAAACCACUGCCCACUAUCCACUGGAUGAAGGGAGACCUGGAACUGGGUAACACUAUUCAUAGAGAAAUUAAGAACACACCCACCAAAGCUUUUAUAUCUGUCAAAGAAGCUAAACUUUCUGAUGGAGGCGAAUACACGCUGCUGCUGAAAAAUCCUGGUGGAGAAAAGGCUGUACAGGUCAAUGUGGUUGUUCUAGAUAAACCUGGGGAACCACAAGGACCUCUUGUUGUUACAGGAAUAACCAAAGACCGAUGCUGCCUUGCAUGGAAGCCACCACUGCAAGAUGGUGGCAGCAAGAUCUCUCACUAUGUUGUGGAGAGAAGAGAGACAAGCAGACUUGUCUGGACUGUCGUUGACCCAAAAGUGGAAAAUAUUUGUCUAAAAGUGACAAAGCUCCUUGAAGGAAAUGAGUACAUCUUUAGAGUCCAUGCUGUCAACCAGUUUGGAAUGGGUGCAGCACUUGAGUCUGCUGCUAUCAUCAUCAAGGAUCCAUACAUGCCACCUGGAUCACCAAAGAGCUUAGAAAUUUCAGAUAUUAAAAAGGAUUCAAUGCUGCUAACCUGGGAGGCUCCUUCUGAAGAUGGGGGCAGCCCUAUAACUGGAUACAUAAUUGAGAAACAUGACAAAGAAGGAGUAAGAUGGACAAGAUGCAACAGGCAAACUGUCACUGAUUUGACUUUCAAGGUCACUGGACUCCUGGAAAGCCAUAGUUAUGAAUUUAGAGUUGUAGCUGAGAAUGCUGUUGGUGUAGGUGAGCCAAGCUCCCCAACUGUAUUCUACAAAGCUCUUGAUCCCAUCUUCAGACCUGGCCCACCACACAAUCCAAGAGUCACUGACACAACGAAAACAUCAGUGUUCCUGUCAUGGGGAAAGCCGGUCUGUGAUGGAGGCUGUGAAAUUCAGGGAUAUAUUGUUGAGUGCUGUACUACCACAGAGACAGCAGAGCCAACAGAAGAGCCAGCUACAGAGACAGAAGUCACAGAUGCACCAGCUGUGGAAUGGAUAAUGUGCACGCCACCAACAGGUGUGAAGAAGACUAAGUUUGAGGCUACAAAUCUGAAGGAAAACCAGGCAUACAAGUUUAGAGUAUGUGCUAUUAACAAAGUGGGAGUUGGUGAGCAUGCUGAUGUCUCUGGAGCUGUUGUUGCCCAGGACAGGGCAGAGGAGCCAGACCUUGACAUUGACCCAGAACUGAGAAAGAUUGUGACCAUUAAAGCUGGAGCCUCCCUUAGACUGUUUAUCCCCAUCAAAGGAAGGCCCACUCCUACCAUCAAGUGGGACAAAGAUGAAGCUGCCCUUAAAGAGACUGCUCAGGUUGAGAUUACCAGCAGUUACACAUCCCUUGUAAUUGAUAAUAUGAGCAGGAACGACAGUGGAAAGUACACGGUCACCGCAGAGAAUUCCAGUGGAACAAAAUCUGCUUUUGUCGUCGUCCGUGUUCUCGACACACCCAGCGCCCCUGUUAAUCUUAAGGUGAAAGAAAUCACAAACCAAUCAGUAACGCUGGUAUGGGAACCACCUCUGUUGGAUGGUGGGUCCAAGAUCAAGAAUUACGUUAUUGAAAAGAGAGAAAGCACACGUAAAACAUAUGCAGCUGUUGUAACAAAUUGUCAUGCUCUGUCAUGGAAGAUUGAGCCACUCCAGGAGGGCUGCAGCUACUACUUCAGAGUCCUCGCUGAGAAUGCUCAUGGUGUUGGCCUGCCUGCGGCAACUGUUGAUGCUCUUAAAGUUUCAGAGGUGCCCCAGACUCCUAAGAAUCUGAGUGUUACAGAUCAGACCAAAACAAGCAUCUCUUUGGCCUGGGAGAAGCCUGAGUAUGACGGUGGUAGCAGAGUCAUGCAGUAUCUACUCGAAGUGCAGCUGAAGGGCCAGGAGAAAUGGUCUGGUGUGAACACAUUUAAGACAAUGGAGGCCACUGUCACAAAUCUGAACCCAGGAGAGGAGUAUCUGUUCAGAGUUACAGCAAUCAAUGAUAAGGGAAAGAGUGAGCCUAAAGUCCUUGCAGGUCCAGUGAUGACCAAAGACUUAGUCUUUGAGCCAGAUGUCCGUCCAGCAUUUAGCAGUUACAGUGUCCAUGUGGGCAAAGACAUGAACAUUGACAUUCCCAUCUUUGGACGUCCUAAACCUGCAGUUACAUGGACUAAAGAUGGAGCUCCUCUGAAGUUCACUACCAGAGUCAACAUUCUCAAAACACCAACACAUACAACACUGAGCAUUAAGGAGGCAGCAGGUGAUGAUGGUGGCAUGUAUGGUAUAAAUGUUGCUAACUCAGCUGGGAAGAAAGACACAACAGUUGAAAUCAUUGUACUAGACAAGCCUGGCCCUCCAUCUGGCCCUGUAAGGUUCGAUGAAAUCACAACACAGAGUGUCACUAUUUCAUGGGACCCACCAAAACACAAUGGUGGAUGCCAAAUUUCAAACUACAUUGUACAGAAGAGAGAUACUACUACUACAACAUGGGAAAAUGUGAGCAUCAACUGUGCCAGAACUAGCAUCAAAGUGAGUAGACUGAAGACUGGAGCUGAGUACCAGUUCAGGAUCAUUGCCCAGAACCGCUAUGGCAAGAGUCAUGGCCUGGAUUCAUCUGCUGUAGUAGCUCAGUACCCAUACAGAGAGCCAGGCCCUCCAGGAACUCCUUUCAUCUCAUCUCUCUCAAGGGACCACCAGAUUGUCGAGUGGCACGAGCCUGUAUCAGAUGGAGGCAGCCCUGUUCUUGGCUACCAUCUUGAAAGGAAGGAGAGAAACAGUAUUCUCUGGGUCAAGAUCAACAAGACACUUAUUCAAGAGACAAGUUUCAAGAGUCAACCAUUAGAGGAGGGUGUUGAGUAUGAAUACAAGGUUUAUGCUGAAAAUAUUGUUGGCAUUGGCAGGAGCAGUAAGGUCUCAGAGGGCUGUGUUGCUCGUGACCCAUGUGAUCCCCCUGGCACACCAGAGGCCAUUCAUGUGACUAAAGAUACUAUUGUCAUUCAGUGGACUAAACCAGAGUAUGAUGGUGGCAGCAAUAUCACUGGCUAUACUGUAGAGAAGCGUGAUCUACCAGAGGGCAGGUGGGUUAGGGCAAACUUCACCAAUGUGAUUGAGACAAAGUUUACUGUCACUGGUCUGACUGAAAAUGCACAGUAUGACUUCAGAGUCAUUGCUAAGAAUGCUGUGGGCACUGUCAGCAAGCCAUCAUACAACAGCGGACCGAUCACUGCAAGUGACAAGCUGGAGGCACCCAAAUUCUCCAUUGACCCUGCAUUUACAAAGACCAUUAUCACUAAUGCUGGAGAAACAUUCAAGAUAGAUGCUGAUGUCCAUGGCAAGCCACUGCCUACAAUCCAGUGGUUCAAGGAUGAGAAACCCAUCGAGAAUACACUUAGACUUGAGGUCAGAAACACAGAAAACCAUGCCAUGAUUAUCAUUAAAGACUCUGUUAGAGUUGAUGGUGGGGUUUACACACUGCAGCUGACAAACGAGGCUGGCAGUGAAACUGUUCCUUUCAAAGUUGUGGUCCUGGAUAGACCCAGCCAAUGUGAAGGACCCCUCCACAUCACUGGAGUCUCUGAAGAUAGAUGCACACUGGUAUGGCGUGCUCCUCUACAUGAUGGUGGUAGUCCUAUUAGUCAUUACAUCAUUGAAAGAAGAGAGACCAGCCGUCUAGCCUGGACUGUUGUUUCCAGCACCUGUGACACCACAUGUUACAAAGUCACCAAACUACUAGAAGGAAAUGAAUACAUGUUCCGUGUCAUGGCAGUGAACAGUUAUGGUGUCAGUGAGUCACUGGAGUCUGGUGGAGUGAUCAUGAAGACUCCAUUUGUUCCUCCUGGUUCACCUCACAUCGAGGAUGUAUCCAACAUUGCCCAUGAUGGUAUGACAAUCACUUGGUCUGCCCCUGAGACUGAUGGUGGCAGUGAGAUUAUUAGUUACAUCAUUGAAAAGAAGGACAGAACUGGAAUCAAGUGGACCAGAUGCAACAGGCAGAAGGUCACUGAUCUCUCCUUCAGAGUUACAGGCCUCACCACAGGUCACGAGUAUGAGUUCAGAGUGGCUGCUGAGAACACAGUUGGAGCUGGAGAGCCAAGUCUUCCAAGUUCUUACUACAAGGCCUGUGAUCCCAAGUACAAACCUAGUGCCCCAGCAUAUGUACAUGUGAUUGACUCCACAAAGAGUUCGAUUACAGUCUCAUGGGGUAAGCCCCUCUCUGAUGGCGGCAGCACCAUUCAAGGAUACAUUGUUGAAGUCUGCAAGGCUGAAGAGGAGCAAUGGACAAUGGUUACUCCGCCCACUGGCCUGCGUGUCAACAAAUAUGAAAUCACCAAACUUACUGAAGGCCAGGAGUACAAGAUCCAGGUUUGUGGUUUGAACAAACUGGGAGUUGGUGAGCCUGCAGCUCUUUCUGGAACAGCUAAGCCAGAGGAAAGGGUAGACCCACCGGAGAUCCAUCUUGACUCUGAGCUGAGGAAGGGCAUCACAGUGAAAGCAGGUGGAUCUGUCAGAAUCCAUGUUCCAUUCAAGGGCAGGCCAACACCUGAGAUUAAGUGGACCAAGGAUGAGGGAGACCUGAAUGAAAAGGCAGUGGUUGAGAAAGCUCUCAACUUCACACAGCUGUCUCUUGACUCAUGUGACAGGAGUGACUCUGGAAAAUAUGCCCUGAGCCUGACCAACAGCAGUGGCACUGUGUCAGAGGUUGUUUCAGUUAAAGUCCUUGACACACCUGGGGCUCCUCAAAACCUUGUAGUUAAAGAAGUCAAAAGGGAGUCUGUCACUCUUGUAUGGGAUGCCCCACUGAUUGAUGGAGGUUCCAAAAUCAAGAACUAUGUCAUUGACAAACGGGAAUCCACCAGAAAAGCAUAUGCAAAUGUGUCUACAAAAUGCACCAAGACUACAUUCAAAGUUGAAAACUUGAUUGAAGGUGCUAUGUAUUACUUCAGAGUCAUGGCUGAGAACGAAUAUGGAAUUGGUCAGGGUGUUGAAACAAAGACCGCCUCCAAGGCCUCUGAGGUACCCCUGCCUGUUGGUAAGGUCUUCCUCACUGAUGUCACUAAGGUCACUGCUUCACUGGCCUGGGAAAAACCUGAGCAUGAUGGAGGCAGUAGAAUUGGCGGAUAUCUAAUUGAGAUGCUGCCUAAGGGUACAGAUAAGUGGGGAGUUGCGGCAAAUACAAAAACAUGCGAGGGAACUGUCAAAGGCCUCACAGCUGGAACGGAAUACCUUUUCCGUAUCAUUGCUUACAAUGAAAAGGGAAAGAGUGAGCCAAAGGCAUUGGCUGCACCAGUUAUUGCAAGCGACAUGACUAUGGAGCCAAGCAUUAAGAUGCAAUUCAACACUUACAGUGUACUAGCUGGAAAAGAUCUGAAGUUGGAGUUUCCUGUGCUUGGCAGGCCCAAACCUAGAGUUACCUGGACUAAAGAAGGUCAGGCUCUGAAAGUGACAUCCAGAGUCAAUGUAUUAAACACACCAGAAACAACUGUAAUUCAAAUUGCUGAGGCCUGCAAGGAAGACUUUGGUAAAUACUCAAUUACAGCCACCAAUAGUGCUGGCACAGUCACUGAGGAUGUGGCUGUCAUUAUUCUUGACAAACCUGGUCCACCAACAGGUCCAGUCAGAGUUGUUGAAGUGAGCAACACUUUUGUACAUCUGUCCUGGGAACCUCCAGAGUACACCGGUGGAUGCCAAGUAAAGAACUAUAUCGUGGAAAAGAGAGACACCACCACCACAACAUGGCAGUCAGUCACCACACAGUUAGCUAGAACAGCUUUAAAGGUCACCAAGCUGAAGACUGGUGCAGAAUAUCAGUUCAGAAUCAUUGCUGAAAACAGAUAUGGAAAGGGCGUGCCUCUGGACUCCAAAGCCAUUGUGGUGCAAUAUCCAUAUAAACCACCAGGACCUCCUGGAACACCAUAUGUCAAAUCUGCAACUAAGGAAAUGAUGAUCAUUGAAUGGAACGAGCCAGUAAAUGACGGCGGAAGUGCAGUUAUCGGUUACCAUCUGGAAAGCAAGGAGAGAAGCAGCAUUCUGUGGAACAAACUGAACAAGACUCUCAUCACUGAUACCCAGUUCAAGAUCUGCAAUCUUGAGGAGGGUAUUGGAUAUGAAUUUAGAGUUUACGCAGAAAAUAUUGUCGGCAUUGGCAGAUGCAGUAAAGUGUCUGAUUCCUUCGUUGCUCGCGACCCAUGUGAUCCUCCUGGCGCUCCAGAAGCUACAUCUAUUUCUAAGAACCUUAUCAAGAUUCAGUGGACGAAGCCUGAGUAUGAUGGUGGCAGCAAAGUAAAUGGAUAUAUUGUGGAAAGGAAAGAUCUAUCCUCUCCUGAUGGGCGCUGGGUAAGAGCUAACUUUACCAAUAUAAUUGAGACUGAGUAUACAGUCACUGGUUUGACAGAGAAUGAGCAAUAUGAAUUCAGAGUUAUUGCAAGAAAUGCAGCUGGAGUCUUCAGUGAGCCAUCUGACAGCUCUGGACCUAUUACUGCUACUGAUGAAAUUGAACCACCAAGGGCUUCAAUGGAUCCAAAAUACACGGAUGUUAUCGUUGUCAAUGCUGGAGAACAUUUGCUUCUUGAUGCAGAUAUCUAUGGAAAACCUAUUCCUGAUGUUGCCUGGCUAAAAGAGGGCAAGGAAAUGGACAAAGCCUUGCGCAUUGAAGUGAAAACUACACAGAAACGUGCAGCCAUGACCAUUAAGGAUGUAACCAAGCUUGAUGGUGGCCACUAUGACCUUGUCCUCAAAAAUCUCGGUGGUACAAAAGUCUUCCCUAUCACUGUGAAAGUCCUUGAUAAACCAGGUCCACCCACUGGACCCAUGAAAGUGACAGGAGUCAUGUCUGACAGGUGCAUCCUUGCCUGGUCUGAGCCAGCUCUGAAUGGUGGGGCCAGCAUCAGUCACUAUGUCCUGGAGAAGAGAGAAACUAGCAGGUUGUCCUGGACAGUGGUUGCACCAAACAUCAAGGGUCUGUUCCACAAAGUAACAAAUCUGCUUCCUGGAAAUGAAUACAUCUUCAGAGUCAGGGCAAUCAACAAAUAUGGUGUUGGUGAUCACCUCGAAAGUGAACCCAUCAUUGCACGCAAUCCUUACAAACCACCUAGUGCUCCUGGAACUCCAGAAGCAAGUGAGAUCACAAAGGAAUCUAUGGUUCUGUCAUGGACUGCUCCAGAACAGACUGGUGGAGCCGACAUUGAAGGCUACCACCUGGAGAAACGUGACAAAGAUAGUGUAAGGUGGACAAAGUGCAACAGACAGAAGCUGACUGACACCUACUUCAGGGUCACUGGUCUGAUGACAGAUCACUUCUAUGAGUUCCGUGUUGCUGCUGAGAAUGAGGCUGGAAUGGGAGACCUCAGUGAACUGUCCCUGUUCUACAGAGCAUGUGAUGCUGCAACACCACCCAGACCUCCACACCAUCCGAAGGUGACAGACUACUCAAAGUCAUCAGUGUCUCUAUCCUGGGGCAAACCUGACUUUGAUGGUGGGGCCUACAUCAAGGGCUACAUUGUUGAAAUGAGGGAGUAUACACCAUUGCCAGAGUCAACAGAGGAGACAGAAGUAGCACCAGCAGUAGAACCACCAGUUGAAAAGGAAUGGAACAUGUGCACUCCACCCACUGGUAUUCAAGGCACUAAACUCACCAUCACAGACCUGAAGGAGGGUGGAGAGUACCAGUUCCGUGUCUGCGCUAUCAACUCAGAGGGAGUGGGAGAGGCUGCUAAUGUCCACGGCACAGUGGUUACAUCUGACAGGGCAGAAGCACCAGAGAUCGAGCUGGAUGCAGAUCUCAGAAAGGUGGUAUCAGUCCGUGCUGGGGGAACUCUGCGUCUGUUCGUCGCCAUCAGAGGAAGGCCUGAGCCUGCUGUGAAAUGGGAGAAAGUUGAGGGCACACUCACGGAGCGUGCUGCAGUUGACACCACCAGUUCGUACACCAUGCUUGUCAUUGACAAUGUUAACCGCUUUGACAGUGGCAAAUACUCGCUAACACUGGAGAACAGCAGUGGCACAAAGUCUGCAAUUGUUGCAGUAAGAAUUUUGGAUACGCCAAGUGCACCACAGAAACUUGCUGUGAAGGAGCUUAAGAGGGAUUCAGUGACUCUUGGCUGGGAAACCCCACUGACUGAUGGUGGUUCUAAAAUCACAAACUAUAUUGUGGAGAAGAGAGAGUCUGUCAGGAAGGUCUAUACUACUGUCACCAGCAACUGCACGGCCAACUCAUUCAAGAUUGAAGACUUGCCUGAGGGUGGAAUGUUCUACUUUAGAGUCUGUGCUGUUAAUGAAUAUGGCCAGGGACAGAUGGUUGCAACCAAAGAAAUCAAAGUGUCUGAGGUGCCUCUGCCACCAAACAAGGUGACUCUUGUAGAUUUGACCAAGACCAGUGUGUCACUGGCUUGGGAAAAACCUGCUCAUGAUGGUGGAAGCAAAGUAAUGUGCUACAAUGUAGAAUUUAAGCCUAAAACCGGGGAUAAGUGGGGCACAGCAUGCACAGUCAAAGUCCCAGAAGCAACUAUUCCUAAUCUGACUCCUAAUGAAGCCUAUUUAUUCAGAGUUGUUGCAAUCAAUGAGAAGGGAAAGAGUGAGCCAAAGGAUCUUGGCUUGCCUGUGGUUGCAAAGGAUGUCGGAAUAGAACCAUCGGUCAAUUUACUGUUUACCACAUACAGUGUUAAAGCUGGAGAUGAUCUCACUCUUGAGGUUCCAGUAAGAGGCAGACCAAAACCUGUUGUUUCCUGGAAGAAGGAUGGCCUUCCUCUGAAGCAGACAUCAUCAGUGACGAUUCUAAACACUGCAACCUCAUCCAAAAUUGUCAUCAAAGAGGCCACCAGAGAACACGUUGGCAAGUUUGAAAUCACCCUGGCCAACGCAGCAGGAACUGUCACAGCAGAUAUUGGAGUUGUCGUCCUUGAUAAACCAGGUCCACCAAAAGCAAUUAAGGUGGAUGCUGUGACCUCAGACAGCAUCACACUCUCCUGGUCCCCACCAGAAUACAAUGGUGGAUGCUCCAUCAGCAAUUACAUUGUGGAGAAGAGAGACACAAACUCACAGGAAUGGCAGAUGGCGGCAAGUAAUGUUGCUAGAACAGCUUUUAAGGCUGGCCGCCUGACACAUGGAGCAGAGUACCAAUUCCGUAUCUACGCAGUUAACCGUUAUGGAAAGAGUACAUAUCUUGAUUCACCUGGAAUCACUGCUAUGUAUAACUUCAAACAACCUGGACCUCCUUCCACACCUGUUGUAAAACUGGCCACCAAGUCUUACAUGUUAGUGACCUGGAAUGAACCAGUCAGUGAUGGUGGCAGUCCUGUUUUGGGCUACCAUCUUGAGAGGAAGGAACGUUCUAGCAUUCUUUGGACAAAGAUGAACAGGGGAAUGAUCAAAGAUACAGAAUACAAAGUCAAUGGAAUUGAAGAGGGCAUGAUGUAUGAAUACCGAGUCUAUGCUGAAAAUAUUGCUGGUAUUGGUAAAUGCAGCAAGGCCUGUGAAGCUGUAGCAGCCAGAGAUCCAUGCGAUCCCCCAGGCACACCUGUGGUAACUGCAGUUACCAGAACAUCUGUGUCCUUAUCUUGGGAUAAACCAGAGUAUGAUGGUGGAGCAAAAGUUUCUGGCUACAUAAUUGAGCGCAGAGACCUUCCCGAAGGACGCUGGACGAGGUGCAACUUCACAAAUGUGCCUGAGACCCACUAUGAUGUGACAGGCCUUACAGAGAACAGCCAGUAUGAUUUCCGUGUGAUUGCAAAGAAUGCAGCUGGAUUGUUCAGCAUACCAUCAGACAACACAGGCCCCAUCACUGUGAAGGAUGAUGUGGAUCCACCUCGCAUCAUGAUGGAUGUGAAGUUCAGAGAGACAGUGCAUGUGAAAGCAGGAGAAACUCUGAAAAUCAAUGCUGACCUGGCUGGACGUCCUGCCCCUGUCAUUUCCUGGACCAAGGACGGCAAAGAGAUUGAGCUGAGAGCCCGAAUCCAGAUUAUUUCAACAGAUACUAGCACAUGUGUUAUCGUGAAGGACUGCAUCAGAAGAGAUUCUGGACAGUAUGCCCUAACUCUUCAGAAUAUUGGUGGAACAGUUACCAUGCCAAUAAACUGUGUAAUUCUGGAUAAGCCAGGAGCCUCAGCAGGACCCCUGCAGAUCACUGGUCUCACAGCUGAGGAGUGCACUCUUUCAUGGGGUCCUCCUCAGGAGGCUGGUGGUGCUAAAAUUACUCAUUACGUUGUUGAGAGGCGUGAGACCAGCCGCUUGGCAUGGACAUUGGUGAAGGGAGACGUCACAAAGACAUACUUCAAAGUCACCGGCCUGCUGAAGGGCAAUGAAUAUAUCUUCAGAGUUCUUGCUGUCAACAAGCAUGGACUUGGCGAGGCACUGGAGAGUGAUGCUGUAAAGAUCACAGAUCCCUACACAUUCCCCUCUGCUCCAGCAAGUGUUGAUGUAACUACUAUAACUGGUGAUUCCAUGACCCUCACCUGGUGCAAGCCAGCUAGUGAUGGCGGCAAUUCCAUCACUGGAUAUGUGAUUGAGCGCCGUGAGAAGACAGGCAUGCGGUGGGUCCGUGUGAACAGAGAUCCAGUUGUUGAAUGUACUGCAGUAGCAACCAAACUGCGCAAGGGGUGUGAGUAUGAUUUCAGGGUCUAUGCUGAAAAUGCAGCUGGUUUAAGUCCCCCCAGUGAACCAUCUGCAACAUUCAGAGCAUUGGAUCCUCUGGUUGUUCCCUCUCGCCCAACCAAGCCAAAGAUCAUCAGUUCAACCAUAGAUACUGUGUCCAUUGUCUGGAAACCACCAGCAGAUGAUGGUGGUGCUCCCAUCCUUGGGUACAGUGUAGAAUACAGAGACUACAUCCGCAAACCAGAGCAGGAGGUUGAGGAAGAGGAGGAAGAGUAUGAGGAGGAGGAAGAGGAGGAACCGGAAUCACCUGAAGAACUCGCAAGAUGGGUUGAGGCUAUCCCUCUUACCAAGAGCUUGGAGUUCACAGUCACUGGAUUAAAGACGGAUUCAGAAUAUGAAUUCUGUGUAAAGGCAAUCAACAAAGUUGGCAGCAGUGUGCGUAGCGCAUAUUCAGAUGCAGCUGCAGCAAUGGACAGAACUUCAGAGCCAUCAUUUGACGUUGACAUUGAGAUGCGUAAAGUACUUAUUGUUAAGCAUGGCACGGCAUUUACACUCAAUGUGCCAAUUAAAGGAAAACCUGUGCCAUCAGUAGCUUGGGCCAAGGAGGGUGUUGACCUAAAAGUCAGAGGAACCAUUGAAUCAACAGAAUCCAGCACUUCACUCACUAUCGAGAAAUCAAACAGAAAUGAUUCUGGAGAGUACCAUGUCACUAUUGAAUCUCCACUGGGAAAAGCAACCCUGCCCAUCGUUGUCAAGGUGCUUGAUUCUCCUGGACCCCCAGUCAACGUUAAAGUUUCAGCGGUGACCAGGGAUUCUGCCACCCUCACUUGGGAGGCUCCAGAGAAUGAUGGAGGUGAUGCAGUAAAGGCCUACCAUGUUGAAAAACGUGAGGCCAGUAAGAAGGCCUGGGUGUCUGUGACCAGCAACUGCCAUGCUCUGACUUACAAGGUGGAAGACUUGCAGGAGGGAGCCAUCUACUACUUCAGAGUUAUUGGAGAAAAUGAGUAUGGAGUGGGCGAGCCUCAGGAGGCCAAGGCUGGAACAAAGAUUACAGAGGUACCAAGUCCACCUAUGAAACUUGGAGUUGUAAAUGUUACCAAGGACUGCGUUGUGAUUGCCUGGACAAGACCAGAGUAUGACGGCGGCAGCAGAGUCACUGGUUACCUUAUUGAUGCCGUGGAGAAGGGACAGACCAAGUGGGUGAAGUGUGCUACUGUGAGGACGAUGAACCACACCAUCAAGAGCCUGAGGGAAGGUGCCGAGUACUUCUUCAGAGUCAGAGCGGAGAACCACGCCGGCCUUAGUGAACCCAAGGAGAUGAUUGUCCCUGUUAUUGUCAAGGAAAUACAAGAGGCUCCUGAGUUUGACCUGACAAACUACCCCAAGAGUACAGUUUAUGUGAAAGCAGGAUCCGACCUGACCUUUGAGAUUCCUCUCUCUGGCAGACCCAUGCCAAAGGUGACCAUGUCCAAGAACAAUGUCGCUAUCAAGGGAUCCAAGAGGCUGUUGACAGAAGUGACUCCAGACAGCUUAGUCAUUACCCUAACCGAAAGCAUUUCAAGUGAUGCUGGCAAAUAUGAAAUCACCGCCUCAAAUGCAGGAGGUACCACCAAGAUCUUCAUCAUCUUUGUUGUGCUGGACAGACCCGGACCUCCUGUUGGUCCUGUUGAGAUUGGAGAGGUUGGAGAGACCACAGUGUGUCUGAAAUGGGCUCUUCCAGAGUAUGAUGGCGGCAGUCCUGUUAGCAACUACAUUGUCCUGAAGCGUGAAACCAGCACUCCUACGUGGUCAGAGGUGUCCACUAACAUUGCCAGAAGCUCAAUCAAGGCGACUAAACUGACCAAGGGAGAGGAGUAUCAGUUCAGGAUCAAGGCUCAGAAUCGCUAUGGUGUUAGUGACCAUAUUGACAGCAAGCCAGUCAUGAUAAAGCUUCCCUACACCAUCCCUGGACCUCCAUCCACACCAUGGGUUGGCUAUGUAUCUCGAGAGACCCUGACAGUGUGCUGGAACGAGCCUGUCAAUGAUGGUGGAAACCCUGUGUUUGGAUAUCAUCUCCAGAUGAAGGAGAGAAGCAGCAUCCUCUGGCAGAAGAUCAAUAAAACAGCAAUCCCAGCAAACCAGUGGCGUGUCACAAACAUCUGCCCUGGCCUCAUCUAUGAAUUCAAGGUUGCGGCUGAAAAUGCUGCUGGUAUUGGAAAGAUGAGCAAGACUUCUGAAGAGGUGCUUGCUAUUGAUGCCUGUGAGCCCCCAGCAAACGUCCGCAUCACAGAAGUGACCAAGAACUCCGUCAGUCUGGCCUGGCAGAGGCCUCCAUACGAUGGCGGCAGCAAAAUCACUGGCUACAGUGUGGAGAGGAGGGAAGCUGCCAGUGGCAGAUGGGUGAAAGCCAACUUUACAAACAUCAUUGAGAUGGGCUUCACUGUGUCUGGACUGAACCAGGAUGAGUCUUAUGAGUUCAGAGUGUACGCCAAGAAUGCUGUCGGAUCCGUCAGCAACCCGUCUCUCAUUGCUGGCCCUGUCACUUGCGUCGAUGCAUGUGGUGCCCCAGCCAUUGAUCUUCCUCCAGAGUAUCUGGAUGUGGUUCAGUAUAAAGCUGGAGCCUCAGUUAAGCUCAGAGUAGGAAUUGUUGCCAAGCCUCUGCCAACCAUUGAGUGGCUCAAAGAUGGAAAGGAGCUGGUGGCAACCUCCAAAGUGUCUGUUGAAAGCACAAGUGACUCUUCAGCUGUUCUGGUCAAGGAUGCAACUCGCCUUGACACAGGCUCAUAUGAGAUCAAGAUUAAAAACGUUCUUGGAUCAGCAUCUGCAACCAUCAGGAUGGAAAUUCUCGACAAACCUGGUCCCCCACCUGGCGCCAUUAACUUCAACUCAGUCACAGCAGACAAGAUCAUCUUCAGCUGGGAACCUGUCCCAGAGUCUGACCAGGGCGGUUCUAAAGUGACCCACUACAUUGUUGAGAGGCGUGAAACCAGCCGAGUGGUCUGGUCGACAGUUUCAGACAAGUAUGAACAGACACACAUCACAGUCUGCAAACUGGUGCGUGGAAAUGAGUAUGUGUUCCGCGUCAUGGGUGUUAACAAGUUUGGAGCGGGGGAGCCACUGGAGUCGGAGCCUGUCAUCGCUAAGAACGCCUUUGUAACUCCUGGCCAGCCCCAUACUCCUGAGGUGAACAUCAUCACUAAGACCACCAUGGUGGUAGAAUGGGACAAACCAGGUGUGGAUGGAGGUAGCACCGUGACCGGCUACUACCUGGAGAGGCGAGACAAAAAGAGUCUGCGCUGGAUCAGAGUUUACAAAGAUCCUGUCACUGACAUCAAACAAACAGUUUAUCACUUGACUGAAGGAAAUGAAUAUCAAUAUCGCGUCUGUGCCAUUAACAAGGCUGGAGAAGGGCCAUUCUCUGAUGCAUCAGAUUACUAUAAGGCUGCCGAUCCAGUCGAUCCACCAGAUGAACCUUGCAAGUUGAAGGUGGUGGACUCCACCAAGACAUCAAUCACUUUGGGCUGGUCCAAACCUGAAUGGGAUGGAGGCAGUGAGGUCAUCAGCUACAUGGUGGAGAAGCUUGUUGAGGGAGAGCAAGAGUGGGCCAUGAUUACCUCCAAGGGAGAGGUCAAGACAACAGAGUACAUAGUUCAUGACUUAAAACCAGAUGCCAACUACUUCUUCAGAGUCUCUGCCGUCAACUGUUCCGGCCGUGGAGAGCCUCUGGAGAUGACUGAACCUGUGCAGGCCAAGGACAUCCUAGAGGAGGCCCAGAUUGACUCAGAUGUUGCCAUGAGAACUCACUACAUUGUAAAGGCGGGAAAGGAUGUGGAGCUGUCUGUUCCUUUGAAGGGCCGACCUGCUCCCACUGCCUCCUGGAGCAAGGGAGAAGAAUGCAUCGACCGCAAUCCCCAAUACGAGUUCCACCACUCAGACACAACCACAGUCCUUGUUAUGCGUGAAGUGACCAGGCUCGACACUGGAAAGUACACAGUGAAGAUAGAGAAUGGUGUUGGAGAGCCCAAAACUCUGACUCUGUCUGUGAAGGUCCAGGACACUCCAGCUCAGUGCAGGAACCUGGUCCUUAAGGAUGUGACCCGUGGAAAGGUGACUCUCUGCUGGGAGCCUCCAAUCCUCGACGGUGGUGCUGAGAUCACAAAUUAUAUUGUUGAGAAGAGGGACUCCUCCAAGAGAUCAUACUCUGCAGUGACAAACAAAUGCACAGACACGACAUACACAAUCGAAGAUCUCUCCGAAAAGACAUCCUUCUUCUUCCGUGUCUUAGCAGAGAAUGAGAAUGGUGUUGGUGAUCCAUGUGAAACACAUGAUCCUGUAAAGGCUACUGAGACGCCGGGACCAGUCAAGGAGGUCUGUAUGAAGGAUUCAUCUAAGACCUCUGUCACUCUGCAGUGGCUGAAGCCUGAUUAUGAUGGCGGCAGCAUCAUCUCUGACUACGUUAUUGAGAAAAAGCUGAAGGAUGAGGAGUGGUCAUUGGGAGGAACCAGCAGGCAGUGUGAGUUUGAGGUCAAGAAACUCAAGGAGCACACAGACAUGUUCUUCAGAGUUGCUGCCAGGAAUGAAAAGGGACAGGGUGACUUUGUUGAGGUUGGACCUAUCAAGGUCAUUGAUUACAUUAUCACACCAGAGGCAGACCUUUCAGAGUACCCAGAUGGCCGCCUGAGCAUUCGCCUAGGUCAUAAUGUUCACAUUGAGCUACCAUACAAAGGCAAACCCAGACCUGCUGUCCUGUGGCUGAAGGACAAUUUGCCCCUAAAAGAGAGUGACCAGGUGCGCUUCAAAAAGACAGAAAACAAAGCCACUCUGAUGAUUAAGAAUGUGAAGAAGGAGAACGAUGGUAAAUACACCCUCACCCUUGACAAUAAGGUCAACAGAAGAUCUUUCCACAUCCAUGUCAUCACACUCGGACCACCAUCAAAGCCUGUCGGACCUAUCCGACUGGAUGAAGUGAGGGCGGAAAGCAUCAUGAUCUCCUGGGACGAACCCAAUGAUGAUGGCGGUGGAGAUAUCACCUGCUACACUGUGGAGAAGCGUGACACUUCCCAGCCUGACUGGAAGAUGGCCUGCUCCAGUGUGGUGGGCACUCAGUUCAAGGUCCCCAACCUGAUCAAAGGUAUCCAGUACCAGUUCAAAGUGUGUGCUGAGAACAGAUAUGGUGUCAGUGAGCCUCUGAUCUCACAGAUGGUCAUCGCCAAGCACCAGUUCAGGCCUCCAGGCCCACCAGGCAAGCCUGUGGUGUACAACGUCACAAAUGAUGGCAUGACCAUUCAGUGGGAAAAGCCCAUCUAUGACGGUGGAACCCCUAUCCAGGGUUACCAUGUGGAGAAGAAGGAGAAGAACAGCAUCAUGUGGCAAAAGGUGAACACCAUGCUGAUCAAGGACACAGACUUCAGGAUUUUGGAGCUCAUUGAAGGUCUGGAGUACUCCUUCAGAGUCUAUGCCCAGAAUGAUGCUGGCUUCAGUCGAAUGAGUGAUGAGAGCAAGCCAACCAUGGCUGUCAGUCCUGUUGAUCCUCCUGGCCAGCCUGACUAUACUGAUGUUACCAGUGACUCAGUGACAUUGAAAUGGGAUGCACCAAAACGUGAUGGUGGCAGCAAGAUUACCGGCUACAACAUUGAAAAACGCCAAGGAAAGGGCCGCUGGUUCAAGGCCAACUUGACAGAUGUACACGACUGUCAGUACACCGUCACUGGGCUGGCAACCAAUGAACGCUACGAGUUCAGAGUCAUUGCUAGAAAUGCCAUUGGUGUCGUCAGUCCCCCAUCCAACUCCUCUGGCUUGAUUGUAGUCAGAAGUGAGAACGCUACUCCAAAUAUUGAGUUUGGCCCUGAGUACUUUGAGGGUUUGACAGUCAAGGCAGGGGACAACAUCAGACUGAAGGUGACCAUCACUGGACGACCAGUUCCCAAGGUGGUCUGGUUCAGAGACGGUGUGGAGAUCACCAAAAAGAUGAUGGACAUCAUUACCGUAGCUGGAUCCAGCACUCUGUUCGUCAGGGAUGCCGACCGCACCUACCGCGGCCUCUACACUGUGGAGGCUACCAAUGGAUCUGGAAGCAGGAAGGAGAACAUCCUCGUCCAAGUCCAAGACACACCUGGGGAGCCGGUCGGCCCCAUCACCUUUAGCAACAUCUCAGAGGGCAUUUGCACUCUGUCAUGGAAUGCACCGGAGAAUGACGGCUGCUCUGACAUCUCACAUUACAUCAUCGAGAAGCGUGAGACUGCCAAGAUCUCCUGGGCCCUGGUGUCUGAUGAGUGUAAGGAGUGCACGUUCAACGCCACCAAGCUUAUUAAGACCAAUGAAUACCAGUUCAGGGUCUCUGCUGUCAACAAGUUUGGAGUUGGCAGACCUUUGGAGUCCAGCCCCAUCAUUGCACAGAUGCAGUAUACUACUCCUGAUGCUCCAGGUACUCCUGAUGCCACAGAGGUGACUGGAGAGAGCAUCACCCUGUCCUGGACUCCUCCAACAUCUGAUGGAGGCAACCCUAUUCAGUACUACAUCCUGGAGAAACGAGAGAAGAAGACUAUCCGCUUCUACAAGGUGAUAACCAAGAAGCCUAUCAUUGAGUGUGCUCACAAGGUGCUCCACCUGACCGAAGACAUGGAAUACGAGUUCCGUGUUAUGGCCGUCAAUGACGCCGGCGUUGGAACUCCUAGCAACAUCUCUAUGCCCAUCAAAGCUGCUGAGCCAAAGGACAUUCCCUGUGCUCCAUCUGUCGUGUGUGUGUCCGACUCCACAAACACCUCCAUCAGCUUGGAAUGGACCAAGCCUGCGGACGAUGGUGGCAUGGAGAUCCUUGGCUACAUUAUCGAGAUGGUGAAGGGAGAGGAGACUGAAUGGAAGCGAGUGAAUGAGGAGCUUGUGGCUGAAACUAAUUACAUAGUGACAGGUCUACAGACAGGAGCUGAGUACAAGUUCCGUGUUGCAGCUGUCAAUCAUGUGGGUAGAGGUGAAGACAAGGAGAUCCCGGAGCCCGCUCAAGCAGUUGACAGGCUGACACCUCCACAGGUAGACAUCGAUGCCACCUUCAAGCAGACACACAUCGUAAAGGCUGGAGGUUCGGUGUGCCUGGGCAUCCACUUCAGAGGAAAACCCAUUCCCACUGCCACCUGGGUGAAGGAGGAGGGAGAACUUGGUGCCAUGUCAGAGGUCACAACUACCGAUGGUUACAGCUCUCUCACUAUUGAGAACUGCUCUAGAACCGAUACAGGCAAGUACACAGUUAACCUGGAAAAUGCCAGCGGCAGCAAGGCCAUUACCUUUGUUGUAAAGGUGAUGGACACUCCUGGGCCUCCGCAGACUGUGGCUUUCAAGGAGGUAUCCAGAGGCUCAGUCACACUGAUCUGGGAGCCUCCUCUCAAUGACGGUGGAGCCCGAAUCCAUCACUUCAUUGUUGAGAGGCGUGAGGCUAGCCGCCGCACUUGGCAGCAGUCUGGUGGUAAAUGCACACAGCACAUCCUGAAGAUCCAGGACCUGCUGGAGGGAGUACCAUACUUCUUUAGAGUCUCCGCUGAGAACCAGCAUGGUAUAGGCGAGGCGUUUGAGGUGACCGAGCCUGUCAUUGCAACUGCAGAGCCAUCAGCUCCAAAGAGAAUGGACAUCCUGGACACCACAGACAGCACUGUUGUGCUGGGCUGGCUGAAACCAGAGCACGAUGGUGGCAGUCGCAUCCAGCAUUAUGUCAUUGAAGCUAAGGCAAAGGGUACAGACAAAUGGAUGGUGGUUGGCAACACCAAGAAUCUCACCUAUGUGGUUGAAAAGCUCAACAAGGGUGACGAGUACGACUUCCGCGUGAAGGCUAAGAAUGAAUCUGGUUACAGCACCCCCAAGGAAACUCUGGCUCCUGUACUGGUCAAAGAGCCUCACAUUGAACCUGCUGCUGACCUCAGCGAAAUAGCCAACCAGCUUGUCACAUGCAGGUCUAACAGCACCUUCACCAUCGAUGUUCCCAUCAGUGGUAGACCUGCACCUAAAGUCACAUGGAAGCUGGAGGAGAUGAGGCUGAAGAGCUCAGACAGGGUAUCCAUCAAAGUAACCAAGGACAGAACCAGCAUCUCAGUAAAGGAGGCCAUGAGAGGAGAUGGCGGCAAAUACUACUUGACUCUGGAGAACGUGGCAGGAACCAGAACCUUUACUAUUGAUGUGAAUGUCACAGGCAGACCCAGUCCUCCAACUGGACCCAUUGAAAUCUCUUCCAUCACCUCUGAGUCAUGUGUCGUUAACUGGCAACCACCAGAAGACGAUGGUGGCACCGUCAUCACCAACUACAUUGUGGAAAAGCGAGAGUCUGGUUCAACAGCCUGGCAGCUGAUCAACUCCAGCGUGAAGCGCACGUCUCUCCACGUCAGUCACCUGACCAAAUACAUGCAGUACACAUUCAGGGUCUCUGCUGAGAACAGAUUUGGUGUCAGCAAGCCCACAGAGUCUGAGACCAUCGUUGCAGAGCAUCCUUUCACACCUCCAGGUCCACCAACAAAGCCUUCGGUCUUUAAUGUCACCGCUAACACAAUGACCCUGAAAUGGGAGGAGCCUUACAAUGAUGGUGGCAGCAAGGUCACAGGCUACUGGAUUGAGAAGAAAGAAAGGAACAACAUCUUGUGGGUGAGGGAGAACAAGAUCCCGUGCUUCGAAUGCUACUACAAGGUGGAAGGUCUGGUGGAGGGUCUGGAGUACCAGUUCAGGGUUUAUGCAAUGAACAGCGCUGGGCUGAGCAAAGCCAGUGAGGCCUCCAAGGGAGCAAUCGCACAGAACCCAGUUGAUCCACCAGGCAAACCUGAAGUCACAAAUGUGACAAGAACCACUGUGUCCCUCAAAUGGUCGUCUCCACUGAAUGAUGGUGGCAGUCCUAUUGUGGGCUACAUCAUUGAGCGUAAGCCGUACACUCUGACCGGCGAAGGCCGCUGGCUCAAGUGUAACUACACCAAUGUGACCGACAACUUCUACACUGUUACUGCACUGGGAGAGGGAGAGCCCUAUGAGUUCAGAGUCAUCGCCAAGAAUGCCAACCAGGUCUUCAGCAUACCUUCCGAAUCCACCGGAUCUGUUCAGUGCAAGACUGACUUUGAACCUCCAAAGGCCCAGUUGGACAGCAAACUUCUGUCUGAAACUGUGAUGGUCAGAGCCGGUUCAGACCUGGUUCUUGAUGCUGCAGUUGGCGGAAGGCCUGACCCUAAGACUUCCUGGUCCAAGGGCAACAGGGAGUUGGAUUUGUGUGAGAAGUACCACCUGCAGUACACCCCCACCAGGGCCAUGGCCAUCAUCAAAUUCUGUGACAGAGAUGACACUGGAAAAUACAUUCUUACCGUCAGGAAUGUAAGCGGAACCAAGACUGCUGAGGUCAAUGUCAAAGUGCUCGACACACCUGGAGUUUGUGAAGGCAGCAUUGAGAUCAGUAAGAUAACAGAGGAGUCAUGCACCCUGAGCUGGAAACCACCUCUGGAGGACGGCGGCGAUGACAUCGCUUACUACAUUGUGGAAAGGCGGGACACCAAUAGACUCAACUGGGUCAUCAUGCAUGCUGAGUGCAAGGAGGUGACCUGCAACAUCACUGGACUGUUCAAGAACACAGAAUACCUGUUCAGAGUCCGUGGAGUCAACAAGUAUGGGGCUGGAGUCUACCUCCAGUCAGAGCUCAUGGUUGCCAGGAACACAUUCACUGUGCCAACGCCUCCUGGUGCUCCAGAAAUUCUGGCAUCAGGAAAGGACUUUGCUACCAUUGAGUGGCUGAAGCCAGAGAGUGACGGCGGCAGCCCGUUAAUCCACUACCUGGUGGAGAGACGUGAGAGAAAGAGUGCCCGCUGGGUGAAGGUGAACAGAGAUGGCGCUCAGCUGGACACCACUCUGAAGGUGUCCGGAUUGACCGAAGGCAACAUCUACCAGUUCAGAGUGACAGCCAUUAACAAGGCCGGGGAGAGUGAGGCCAGCGAGGUGUCUCUGUACGUUGUAUGCAGAGUGCCCACAUGCACACCUGCUCCACCUUCUAUCCCUCGUAUCACCGACACCCAUGCCGAUAGCAUCAGCCUGGCCUGGUCCCGCCCCGUGGAGGAUGGAGGAGCUGAUGUGAUUGGUUACAUUCUGGAAAUGCAGGAGGCUGGAGCAGAGGAAUGGAAGAAGGCCCAUGAAAAGACUCUGCGUGCCACAGAGUACGUGGUGGCUGGACUCACUGCAGGCAAAAAGUACUGCUUCAGAGUGGCUGGCAUCAACAUCAACGGCACAGGCGACUUCAGUGAACCCUGUGCUGAGACUGAGCCAGUGGAGAGGAUCGAAACUCCUGACUUCGAGCUCCAUGACGACCUGAAGAAGACUAUCUGCCUGCGCGCUGGUGGCUCACUCCGCCUCUUCGUCAAUGUCACUGGUCGUCCUGCUCCUGCUAUCACUUGGAGCAAGCCUGGCGUCGACCUCCAAAAUAGAGGCUUCAUUGAGGUCACCAACACCUCCACUACUCUCAUCAUUGACAAGGUCCAUCGUUACGAUGCUGGAAAGUACACACUGGUGGCUGAGAACUCUGCUGGGAAGCAGGAAGUCAACAUUCUGGUCAAGGUCUAUGAUACUCCUGGACCAACUGGGCCACUCAAGAUCAAGGAGCUGACCAAGGAGUCUGCGACCAUUUCUUGGGAAGCCCCAACCGUAGAUGGUGGUGCUCCUGUCAAUAACUACAUCAUUGAGAGGCGUGAGGCCUCCAUGAGAGCCUACAAAACUGUCACCUCUAAGUGCAGCAAAACAUCAUACAAGAUUGAUGGCCUAAUGGAAGGCAUGCUCUAUUACUUCCGGGUACUCCCUGAGAACAUUUACGGUAUCGGCGAGCCCUGCGAGACUCCUGAUGUCAUCCUGGUUUGUGAUGUGCCCCUGCCACCACACAAGCUGGAGGUGAUUGAUGUCACCAAGACCACCGUCAUGCUUGGCUGGGAGAAACCUGAGCACGAUGGCGGCAGCAGGCUGACAGGAUACGUCAUCGAAGCCUGCAGGUUCGGCACUGACAAGUGGAUGAAGGUGGCCACACUGAAGCUCACAGACUUUGAGCACACCAUCGAGAAGCUCAAUGAGAAAGAGCAGUACUUGUUUAGAAUCAAAGCCGUCAACAGCAGAGGAGCCAGUGAGCCCAAAGAGCUUGUUGCAGCUGUCACUGUACAGGAACAAAGAGUGAUGCCUGUGGUGGACUUCUCCAGUAUUCCUCAGAAGGUUGUCAAUGUACUAGCUGGUAAGACUCUGGAGCUGGACCUGCCCAUCAUUGGCAGGCCUCCUCCCAUCUGCUCCUGGUACUUCGCUGACAACAAGCUGAAAGUCACAGACCGUGUCAAAAUUAAGAGCACUGGCAAGUUCUCCAAGCUGACCAUGUCUGACACCACCAUUGACGAUACCGGUGAAUACACCUUGGAGGUGAAAAACGCUGUUGGUGUCAUCACUGAAAUCAUCAAAGUCAUCGUUCUCUCUAAACCUGACGAGCCCAUGGGACCAAUUAGGUUUGAUGAGAUUGAUGCCAACAGUGUCGCCUGCAGCUGGGAUCCUCCAGUCAGAAAUGGUGGUGCUCCCAUCAGUGGCUAUGUGGUAGAGCAACGUGAUGCUCACAGACCGGGCUGGGUGCCUGUCUGCGACUCUGUUAGCAGACCAUUGUUCAAGUUCAACAACCUGAUUGAAGGAGAUGAGUAUGUCUUCCGUGCAGCUGCUGUAAAUCGAUACGGCACUGGAGAGUUCCUGCAGUCAGAGAUUGUCACCUGCAGAAGCUUGAAGAAUGUGCCUGGACCUCCUGGCCGCCCGACUGUCUUUGAUGUUUCACGUGAUGGCAUGACCGUGGCAUGGAACCCACCAGAGGAAGAUGGUGGUCUUGAGGUUUCUGGAUACAUUAUUGAGCGCAAAGAAGUCAGGUCUGACAGAUGGGUGCGUGCCAACAAGAACCCCGUCACCAUGACCAGAUACAGGUCAACCGAGCUGAUUGAGGGCCUUGAGUAUGAGCACAGAAUCACUGCCAUCAAUGCCAGAGGACUGAGCAAACCCAGUUUGCUAUCCAAACCAGCUGUGGCAACAGAUCCCAUUGAUCCACCAGGGUGUCCACAAAAUCCAAGAAUUACCGACACUACCAAGUCCUCUGUUUCACUGGCUUGGAGUCCCCCUGAUGAUGAGGGAGAUGCUCGGGUGGAUGGUUACCUGAUUGAAAUGCAGAAGGCAGGCACCAUGGCCUGGAUCAAGUGCAACACCACACCAUCUCUGAUAUGCGAGUACACUCUGACCAAAAUGCCACAAGGAGAGGAGUUCAAAUUUCGUGUGAUGGCCUGCAAUGCUGGCGGCUCUGGAGAACCUGCUGAAGUGCCAGGAACAGUGAUUGUUACGGAGAUGCUUGAAUCUCCUGACUAUGACCUGGAGCUGAAAUACAAAGAUGUGUACGUGGUUCGCUAUGGAGGAGUGGUCAGACUCUCAGUGCCCAUUAAGGGUAAACCUCACCCAACCUGCAAAUGGUCCAAGGAUGGUGGUGCUGUCUCCACCAAGGCUCUGAUCGCCUCCACCGAGGAUGCCUGUGAGCUGGUAAUCAAGGGAGCUGAGAGAAAUGACUCUGGUAUGUACGACCUCCUGCUUGAGAACAAGGUUGGUAAGAAGAGAGCCCAAAUCAAGGUGAAGGUCAUUGGCCGCCCUAGCGCCCCAGAGGGACCAAUGAUCUUUGAGGAGAUCCAGGCCAACUCUGUCAAGGUUACGUGGAAGGCUCCCACAGAUGAUGGUGGCUCACAGAUCCUCGGUUAUAUCGUAGAGAGACGUGAGGCAACAAGAAACGCCUGGUACACCGUGGACUCCAGAGUGACUGAAACUCAACUUGUUGUUAAGGGCCUGAAGGAAGGAACAGAGUACCACUUCAAGGUCACCGCUGAAAACUCCUUUGGUGUCAGUGCAUCUCUGAAGUCCGAGCAGCCACUGGUACCAAAGACUCCUCUCUGUCCCCCCGAGCCUUCAAGCACUCCACCAGAGAUCAUGGAUGUUACCAAGAGCUCAGUGGCACUGGCCUGGUCCAGACCAAAGGACGAUGGCGGUUCUGCUAUUACCGGCUACAUUGUUGAAUACAAGGUGGUGUCUGCUGAGGCAUGGUCCCGCCACGGCACAAAAAUAACCUCCACCAUGUUUACUCUACCUGGACUCAUCCCUGAUACAGAGUACCAGUUCCGCAUUGUUGCUGUCAAUGACAUAGGGGAGAGCGAGGCUGGUCCUGUGUCUGAUCCAGUCACAUGCAAAGAUCCAUUUGACAAGCCCAGUCAACCAGGUGAGAUUGACAUUGCGACUGUGACCAACAACUACAUCACCAUUCGCUGGAAAGCUCCAGAGUGCGAUGGUGGAAAAGAGGUCCUGGGCUACUGGGUGGAGUACAGGAAGUCCAUCGAGAGCACUUGGAAGAAGUGCAACAAGCAGCGGCUGAAGGAGAAGGAGUUCACCAUGCCAGGACUGGCCGAGGCCACAGAGUACGAGUUCAGAGUGUUUGCUGAGAAUGAGACAGGAAUGAGCAGACCUCGUAGGACUGCCACAUGCAUCAAGACCAAACUCAGUGUUGAAACUAAACCAAGCCUGAGGAAGGAAAUGGAUGAAGUAACCAUCAAAUUUGGACAGCCUGGUGUAAUGAAGUGCCAGAUUAUUGGCAGACCUGUCCCUGAAAUUAAGUGGUAUCAUGCUGGCAAGGAGGUUGUCGAGUCCCGCAAGUACGAAAUGAGCUCCGACGGCCGCAACCACUCCCUGUCUAUCAUGACUGACCAGCAGGAGGAUGAAGGAGAAUACACCUGCAAGGCCAUCAAUGAUGCCGGAGAAGCAGAGACUACAGGCGUCCUGGUGUUGGAGGCUGCUCCAUCCUUCCACCCCGACUACCCUCUGAAGGAAACCUACUACGCUGGCUUGGGAACUACUCUACGCGUCCACGUUGUCUACAUUGGCCGCCCUGAGCCCAAGAUCAUGUGGUUGCAUGGGGCAAAGACCUUGGAGAACUCAGAGGACAUUAGCAUUGAGACCACAGAGCACUACACGCAUCUUGUCCUUAAGAACGUGCAGCGCAGAGUCCAUGGAGGCAAAUACAGAAUCAGACUGCACAACCACUUCGGCAGGGCUGACACUGCCUUCAAUGUUGAGAUCUAUGACAAACCGGACAUGCCUGAGGGUCCCAUCAUUCUGGAUGCUCUCCUGAAGAACUCAGUGAUCAUCAGCUGGAAGCCUCCCAAGGACGAUGGUGGCUGCAUGAUCACCAACUACAUUGUGGAGAAGCGCGAGGACAAGGAGGGCACUGAGUGGGAACUGGUGUCAUCAUCCAUCAAUGGCACAUCUUGCCGUGUGCCCAACCUCAUCGACAGCGCUGGAUACUUCUUCCGUGUCUAUGCCCAGAAUCGCUAUGGCAACAGUGAGCCACUGGAGCUCACUUCCCCCAUCCUCAUCAAGAGCCAACUGGAGAAACCAUCACCACCUCUGUCACCAGUUGUUUCUGGAAUUACCAAGGACUCCUGCGUGGUUUCCUGGAAGCCUCCACUCAGCGAUGGUGGAUCUAAGAUCAAGAGCUACUGCCUUGAGAAGAAACACAAGAAGGACAAGAAGGAAUGGACUGAAUGGACUCCAGUGACCACUGAUGAAAUCAAACAGACGGUGUUCUCUGUCAAGCGUCUGACAGAGGGCGUUGAGUACAUCUUCCGUGUUAACUGCGAGAACCUUGGAGGACAGAGUGACUACAGUGAGGAGACUGCGCCCGUUGUUCCAGCUACAGCUGUAGAGGUCCGUGCUCCAGCCUUCAAGGAGGAGCUGAGGAACAUGAGUGUCAAGUUUAAGAGCAAUGCUACCCUCGUCUGCAAGAUCCUCGGACAGCCCAAACCUGUGAUUAAAUGGUUCAGACGAGGAAAGGAGAUCCACUCUGAUGGAAAGAAAAUCAAGAUCCAGGAGUUUAAGGGAGGUUACCACCAGCUGGUCAUCACUGAGGCUGAUGAGGAAGACUCUACUGUUUACCAGAUUAGGGCCACCAACCAGGGAGGCUCCAUCUGUGCUACAGUCUCUCUGGAUGUUGAAAUUCCUGCCAAGAUCAACCUGCCAAAGAACCUGAAGGACAAGGAAGCCAUCCCCGCUCUGCGUGGAGAGGUGGUUAACAUCAAGAUUCCUUUUGGUGGAAAACCAGAUCCUGUCAUUACAUGGCAGAAGGGUCAAGAUCUCAUUGACAGCAAUGGCCACUACCAAGUCAUUGUCACCAGAUCCUUCACCUCGUUGGUGUUCCCCAAUGGUGUUGAGAAGAAGGAUGCUGGUUUCUACAUCGUCUGUGCCAAGAACAGAUUUGGCAUUGACCAGCAAACAGUUGAGCUGGACGUAGCUGAUGUGCCUGAUCCUCCACGUGGUGUCAAAGCCAGUGACGUCUCCAGAGACUCGGUCACGCUGAACUGGGUGGCCCCAGCCAAUGAUGGCGGCAGCAAGGUUGUCAGCUACAUUAUUGAGAAGUGUCCCACUACAGCUGAGAGGUGGGAACGUGUUGCACAGUCCCGUGACACCCGCUACACUGUUAUCAACCUGUUUGGAGGAACAAGCUAUCAGUUCAGAGUCAUUGCUGAAAACAAGUUUGGACAGAGUGCCCCGUCUGAGUCCAGCGGACCUGUCAUGACCAAAGAGGACAAAUCUAGAGUCCUGCUGUAUGACAGGGAGGUGGACGAUACUGGACGUGUUCCCAAGGGCAAAGCUCCGCACAGCGACGCCAAGAAUGUGCACAACAAAUACUCCAUUGCUGAAGAACUCGGCAGAGGUCAGUUUGGUAUUGUCCAUCGCUGUGUUGAAACCAGCUCCGAGAAGACUUACAUGGCUAAAUUCAUUAAAGUGAGAGGUGCUGAUCAAGCAAUUGUCAAGAAGGAAAUUGCAACACUGAAUCUGGCCAAACAAACAAACUUCCUCCUCCUUCACGAGUCCUUCGACAGCCCUGAGGAACUGGUGAUGAUCUAUGACUUCAUCUCUGGUGUGGACAUAUUUGAGCGCCUUAGCACAGCUGAGUUUGAGCUGAGUGAGCGUGAGAUUGUAAACUACAUCAGGCAGGUCUGCUCAGCUCUUGAGUUCCUUCAUGCUGAGAGCUAUGGACACUUUGAUAUCAGACCUGAGAACAUUGUGUACACCACCAGAAGCAGCUCUAAUGUGAAAAUUAUUGAGCUAGGACAGUCCAGACACCUGACUCCUGGGGACCAGAUCAAGGUUCAGUACACCACUGCAGAGUACGCUGCCCCUGAGAUCCACCAGUGUGACAUGGUUAGCACAGUCACUGACAUGUGGUCAGUUGGUGUCCUCGCUUACGUGCUGCUCAGUGGACUUAAUCCAUUCACAGCUGAAACCAACCAACAGAUGAUCGACAACAUCUCCAACGCAGCCUAUAGCUACGAUGAUGAGUCAUUCAAGCAGGUCAGUGUGGAAGCAUUAGACUUCACUGAUCGUCUCAUGACAAAAGAACGUAAACACCGUAUGAAAGCAGCUGAGGCUCUGGUGCAUCCUUGGCUCACCAAGCCCACCGAGGAGAUCAGUGCCAGAGCGAUCCCAACUGGCAGGCAUAAGAGAUACUACCAGACAAUGGUGAAAAAGGAGUGGAGCACUGUUGUAUCUGCUGCCCGUAUAGCCAGUGGUGGCUCCAUCAGAUCCCAGCGUGGCGUCUUUAUUGCCAAGGUGAAGAUUGCUCCAUUUGAACAUGGCCCUCUCGCAGGCCAGGUUAGCCAUGCUGUGGUGAAUGAGGGAGACAGUGUGAAGUUCAUCUGCAAUAUCGACAAUUAUGACAGCACCACUGAGGUGACAUGGUACUGUGGCGUCAGACAACUCGAAGCUGGUGACAAAUAUGAAAUUGAGUAUGAGGAUGGUCUGGCUAUAAUCACUGUCAACAAGGUUACGAGAGCAGAUGAUGGCACAUACAGGUGCAAGGUUGUGAAUGAGUAUGGUGAGGACAGUGCUUAUGCAGAGAUGUUUGUCAACACUGUUAGAUCGUACCGUGACUUCUUCACCACGCGAGUGGUGAAGAAAACAAAGCGCAGAGUGGACACUGCCAGAAUGUUGCAGAAGCCACCAGAGUUCACCCUGCCUCUGGUCAACCGCACAGCCUACAUUGGUGAGGAUUUGCGCUUUGGUGUCACCAUCACCGUUCAUCCUGAGCCUCGUGUCAUCUGGCACAAGUCUGGACAAAAGCUCAUCCCUGGACAUGAUGACAGAAAAUAUACUUUCAUCAGUGACAAGGGGUUGUACCAGCUGAUCAUCCACAAUCUCGACAAUGAGGAUGAUGCUGAGUACAGCGUUGUGGCCCGUAACAGGUAUGGUGAUGACAGCUGCAAGGCUCGUCUCACUGUUGUUCCUCGACCUAAACCAGCAGACCUCACCCUGAGGCCCAUGUUUAAACGCCUCCUCGCUAACGUUGAGUGCAAAGAGGGCCAGAAUGUGCGCUUUGAGAUCAGAGUAUCUGGCCAUCCCACGCUGAAGUGGGAGAAGGAUGGCACGCCAUUAGCCUUUGGACCUUCCAUCGAGGUCAUCCAUGAGGGCCUGGAUUACUUCAUCCUUCAUGUGAGAGACACUCUUCCCGAGGACUCUGGUGUUUACAGAGUUACUGCUACCAACUCUGCCGGAUCUGCCAGCUGCCAGGCCACACUCAAGGUGGAGCGUGUUGCACAUGUAAAGAAGGAAGUUGAAAUCAGUGAUAAGGAGAAGGAAAAGCUUGCUGGAAAAGAGAAGUUGGAUAAAAAGGUGAGACUGUCUCAGAUCAUGGCUGGCACUGUUGUUACACCUCUACCACCCGCAGCAGUGCAGGCUGUGAGAGAGGCCGCCACCAUGUUCAAACCUGCUGUCACCACUAAGAAGGGUGAGAAGACUGAGGCAGAGAUCCAGAAAGAACAGGAGGAGAGGAAGAAGAGGGCUGAUGAGAAGAGACUGCGUAUGCCCUACGUUGUCCCCACACCUCGUGUCAUUAACCCUGCUGUCCUGGAGGAGGAUGUGGAAAUUAAACACUUUAAGCCACUCUCUGACAUGAAGUGGUACAAGAAGCUACGGGACCAGUAUGAGUUCCCUGAGCCGAUGGACAAAAUCAAGCAGAAGAGGAUGAAGCGUAUCCGCCUCUCCAGGUGGGAGCAGUUCUACGAGGUGCCCAUCAGGAUCAAGGACCAGUACAAGCCCAAGUGGCGAAUCUCAUCUAUGACUCAGGAUGACUUAGAGACGGUGAGGCCUGCAAGGCAUCGUACUCCCUCCCCUGAAAUGGAGGCUUACCACAGGAUCAGGAGGAGGUCUCUGGGCGACUUGUCAGAUGAAGAGCUGCUGCUGCCAGUGGAUGAGUAUCUGUCCAUGAAGAGAACUGAGGAAGAGAGGCUGCGUCUGGAGGAGGAGCUGGAGCUUGGCUACUCUGCCUCUCCACCAAGCCUCAGCCCAGUUCGCUUCGAGCUGUCUGCACUGCGUCCCUCUUCUCCAAGAAGAGUCUAUAGCGACGAUGAAGAAGGGGAAGAAAUCCACAGGUAUGACUCUUACCGAAUUCCAUCUAAAUACGAGGCUGGCCCAAGCUUUGUUGAUCUCCGCCAGCGUCACGACAAAGCCACACACAAACCUCCAAGACAGAAGCAGAGGGUGUAUGAAGAGAGAGAAGAUCAGGAGCUGCUGCGUCCUCACACUACUGCCCAGAGAAUCUCUUCUUACAAGAGCGAACUCAAACGCAUGGAGUUUGAGGAGAAGACCCGAGCCUCGAAAAAGGAAACAACAGUUACUGUUUCAACAGUCUCUGAGGCCAUAGAGUCUGAACACCUGACAACUUUCGCCUCAGAAUAUAUUCCUAAACCAAUCAAGAAGCUCCCAAUGCCUGAACCUGUAAGGAGGAGAUCUCCAACCCCUGAGAAAGCUGCAAAGACAGAUGUUAGCCUUCCUAAAGUUGACUUUAUGUCCAGGUACGAAGAGAGAAAGCAGGCUCUGAGAUCAGAGAGAAGAUCUGUGGAGAGGAAAGUGGAGGUGGUGACACAGGCUCCCUUUAGCCUUGACCAUGCCCCUCGUAUCACCAUUAGGAUGCGAUCUCACCGCGUGCCCUAUGGCUCCAACACUAGGUUCACCCUGAACAUUCAGGCCAAACCUGAGCCUGAGGUCAAAUGGUUCCACAACGGCAAAGAAAUUCAUCAGAGCAGCAAAUACCACAUCACCAACAUCAGUGGAGUUCUGACUCUCCAGAUCAUCAAAUGUGUGACUGAAGACUCUGGAACUUACCGUGUGGUCUGCAGGAGUACCAAAGGAGAGACUUCUGACUAUGCCACACUGGAUGUAGCUGGAGAAGAGUAUGCUGCCUUCUCUUCACUCCGCAAAGACGAGGAGCCUCCAUCUGCCCAUCUGCCCGAGAUGACCAGAACAGAGGUGUAUCACGUCUCCUCCUCUAAAACAACUGUGAAGGAAACAGAAACAGUUAAAGAGACCACCACUGUUGUUGAGAAGCCGAGGGAGAAGCCCAGUGUUCCCGCUAAGAUCCUGACGAAGCCACAGUCACUAACGGUGGAGGAGGGAGACAACGCCAGGUUUGACUGUGAUGUGGAUGGAGAACCAGCACCUGCUAUCACUUGGCUGCAUGAAGGAACUGUUGUCGGUCCCUCCGCCCGCCACCACAUUGUCUCCACUCAGUACAACUCCUCCUUUGAGAUCUCUGCUGUGGAGAUGUCAGACGAAGGCAGCUACACUCUACUGGUGGAAAAUGCUGGAGGCAAACAAGAAGCCCAUUUCACUCUGAAGAUCCGCAAGUCUGAGUCAAAGGACAAAGUGGUCGCCUCAACUAGAGUCACCUCUCCAGAGGCUAAAUCCCCUCUUGCCAAGUCCCCUGAGCCAAUCAAAUCUCCACAAAGAGUCAAAUCCCCUGAGCCAAUCAAGUCACCACAGAGAGUGAAGUCUCCAGUCUCACCAAAGUCCCCAACACCAAAGUCGCCUACUCCCAAAUCCCCAACUCCAUCUGAGAAGGAACGAGUGAUUUCUCCAACAAAGUCGCCAAACAAGAAGCCGUCUUUCUCUGCUGUGCUAAACGACGUCUCUGCAGCCUCCGACUCAAUUGUGAAGUUGUCAGUGAAGCUGACAGGAGAGCCCAAACCUGCAGUCUCAUGGACAAAAGAUGCAAAGGUUCUGUCUCAGGGUGGGAAGUAUGAAAUGUUUGAGGAUUCUGGCUCUGCCUAUCUUGAGAUCUAUGAAUCUGAGGUGUCUGAUAGUGGGGUGUACAAGUGCACUGCUACCAAUGCUGCUGGAGUGGCCUCAACAACCUGCACUGUCACUGUACGAGGCUCAAAGAGCUCCAAAAUAAAAGUCCGUGAGGAUGUCGUUAAAAAGGAAACAGUCCUCGAGGAAGUCUCGUCCUCUUUGAAGGAGGUCAGUUCCUCCCACAGCCAGAUGUCUGUCACAGAGGGCCAGUCUCUGACUCUGAGGGCCAACAUCCCCAAGGCCUCCAACAUCAGAUGGAUCUUGAACGGAGUGGAAGUGGCAAACUCAGAGCAGUACAAGUACGGCGUUUCUGGAAACGACCAAACUUUGACCAUCAGGUCGGUCAGCCAGCACGAGCAGGGGAUCAUCACGUGUCGGGCUGAAACACCGCGAGGCCUCGUCCGAUGUCAGUUCGACACCACCGUCACGGCCAAGCGUUCAGACGCACCACACUUUGUGGUGCAGCCCCGGUCUCAGAACGUAGACGAGGGACAAAAUGUUAAAUUCACAUGUGAAGUAGCAGGAGAGCCUUCUCCUGAAGUGGAGUGGCUAAAAGACAACAUGAUGAUAUGUGUCACAUCAAACAUUAGACUGAGCUGCUCUAAGAAUGUGUACACUUUGGAGAUAUGUGAAGCCACGGUUGCAGACAGCGGGAAAUACACAAUAAAAGCCAAAAACAAGUUUGGACAGUGCUCUGCAACAUCAUCCCUCAACGUCCUCACUCUUAUUGAAGAACCAACAAAAAUGACUAUUGUGGAGCAAAGAGCUUCUACUGACUCUGCAAGCAUGCACGGAGGUUUCAUGGCCUCGUCGGUCCGUAUGGAAGCAGCUUCCAUGCAGGCCAGCAGUUACAGCAGCAGCUCUCGCUCUGCUGCUGCUGACUGUUCGUUUGAGAGCAUGUCCGCGACUAGCAUGUCUGCCAUGAUGGCAAAGUCAGUGGUUUCCAUGAGCUCCAGCAGCCACACGAUGGAAAUGUCUGCACUCUCGCAUGCCGAGGCCUCCUCCUCACUGAGGGCUCUUACCACAGGGGCCAAAAGAGGCCUUCCACCAAAGAUCGAAGCUCUUCCGCAGAACGUCAGCGCUGAGCCGGGGAAGUCUCUGACCGUGGCGGGGGUGUUCUCCGGAGACCCCGCCCCGUCUGUCCAGUGGCUCCGUUCGGGUCGAACCCUUCCCAACGGGGACGAGCGGUACCACGUGGAGAACUCGGCCGACCUGUCCACCCUCCUGAUCUGUGCGGUGAAGGAGGCUGACGCCGGAGCUUACACCCUCCGACUGUCCAACGAGUUCGGCUCCGACUCUGCAAUCGUCAACGUUCACAUUCGGUCCAUGUAAAAAAGGAAAAAAAAAGUUAAUUUCUAUCCCCCCUUUCCCUCGUCCAGAACCUUUUUAUUUAGUGAAUGAGCAACAAUAAUCUGCUGGAUAAAGAUCUGGAUUUCUGUUCUUGUAAAUAUGAACUAUUUUUGUACCAAACUUGACAUUAAUUUAUGCCAAACUAGACUAAAGUCUAAAGUUGUUAUAAAAUGUGCCAUAUUGGACAAUUAUGACUUAGGAUUUUUGAACCACUUUUCUGUGACAUGUACAUAAUGUAUAUAGCCGAGUUUACCGGUUAUGGGAAAUGUAUGCAUUGUUAUUUAUGACAAUAAUAUUAACUGAAACAAAAGAACAACUGCAGUUUAACAGGAGAAAGUUCCAGCAGGAACGAAUACCCUGUUGAACUGAGAAACUAAACUGUGCCUCAACGAUAAGUUGAAGUCUUAAGAUUGCCUCAGCAGGUAGAGAGGCUCCCUGCUGACGUUAUGAACCGCUAACAGAAAGACAAUUUUGUUGUUUUGGACACGCAUCUGUGCGUGCGAUAAUACACUUUCCUAUGAGUUGUACCAUGAGUGUAAGACCCUGAGUGCUGUUUGCAUCACCCUCAUGUAAGCAGCAUGAACGGCCUUGUGCUCAGACUGACUGUGUCAUACCACCGUGACUUGAUGACCAGCUCAGAGUGCGAGCGGCCUGCACUCUCAGCGUUUAGAUCAUUUUAACAGAGCGCUGUUUCUGGCACAGCACGGCCGGAUUGGCUUUUUAAAGCGAAACAUCUCCUGGCCAUGAACGAACAGAAAGCCGACGCCGGCUCUGCUGUGCAGAAGCAGCGCCGUCUCUCGGAGGAUAGUUAGGUUUGUUUGUUUGAGUGCGAGUGUUUGUAGCUUUUAGUCAUUUCACCUGUCGGUAGUCAGAGUCUGCUUCAGCCACCAGCGACUCCAUCUGCUGUGGACAGAGAGAGAAGCAGUUCUGUUUCACCCUCACUUUGAUUUAAUUGAUCUGUUGAUGUAGAACUAUAUCUCAUCCUCCUUGAGUUUGAUGCAUUACUGAUUUAAUAAAGCAUGAUUUCAGCACUACA